AAAAACAAACAGAACAAAAAACACAUAACUAUACACCGAUAAAAAAAUGUCUGUAGAUUAAGACUAAGUACUGCUUAUCUUUUUAUAACAAUAGCUUAUUCCUAGGCAGCAUUAGUUAAGAGUGUGAAAUAAAAGUAAUAUGCCUAUAUUUCAAUUUUUAAUACAUUUUAAAUGCAUUUUUAGCUGCUAAAAAUAACCCUGAAUAAAUUUAAUUAUCAUUUAAAUGAACUUUACUUUGAAAGUCAAGUCCGGAUGUAGUAUCUGUUUCCAAUGGUCCCUUGACGUUGUGCAGAGAGGCGGGGGAUUGCGAACAGACCGACUUGACUGGAGGUCUGCUGCGGACUCAGUCGGAGCCGCCGACACUGAAUUAGGUGGGAAAAGUUCUCGCUAACUACCUCCACGGUUUUCACGGGGCUCGGAUAGGCAGCUGCAGAGUAUUUCAAGGUGAGUAUGUUUCAUGUUUGUGUGAGGGUUUCUGCUGGUGUGGUCAGCGCCAGGCUAUUGGCUUCUGCCGGAGUUACUUUGUUGCUAUGCACGCUGUUGCAGAUCGGAGGGUUUGUGAACCUGCAGUGCUUUUGUCCAAGCACGAAGCAGCUGUAAAAUGUCACAAAAAUGUCUCCAAGUGGCAUUUAGUCACAAUUUAAAACAUAGAUUUUUCGUGUAGGAUAUCUAACAGACUUGUAAAAUAACAUAACGUGAUCGCAUCAGCUUGUGGGGCUCGCACCUUCUGCUUUCUGGGGCUUAUUUCCUCGCGGUGUGUUUGGCUGUGCGUCCCCGUCAAAGGGGGGCUUUCUCCGGCAGUCACGUCCCUGCCCCUUCCUCAGUCCUGGGAAUUUCUGAUACCGAGUCAGAGCCCUUUGUUGUGAAUGCAUAUGGAUUAAACUCCUUUGUGUUGUAUUUCUGCAGUCUGAGGAUGGCUGGGGGGGACCCUGCCCCCACCUAUGCCCCCCCCCUUCAUCAGCACUACCCGCCCCAGGCAUGCUUUGGCCACUCAGUGCCCACAGUUUAUAGACCCAGUGUGCUUGUUUGGGGUGCAUAAUUACAAAAGCACACUGUUUUCAUGCACUGCAGAUCCACAUAUGCCGCAUAUAACCCGCAGAGAUGGAGUGAAAUGCAGCAGCAGCAGCAGCAGGAGCAGCAGCACAUGUUGGAGUGGAUGCUGCUCGGCCACAUCUGUUUUGAAUGAAGCUCAGGGACAAAGGCAGUUCCAGUCUCAGGGUGUUUUGCUGCUACAGUGGCUGGUCUGCAGAUGUAUGCAGACAAAAGCACAGGUCGUGAUCUCUGCGCUGGUGCAUGAUUUUCAUCCAGCUGCACCCAUGAUUGAGUGCUCCUUUUGAGUCACAUGUUGGAGUGUUUUUACAAAAGCACAUUUUCAAGUGACCCUGAUAUCUAUGUAUUGCUGUUACACAACAGAGUCAGCAUCAAAGCUAUGCCUGUAAGAGGAUUUCACGUGAGUUUUUUUUUUAUCUCCCACCUAUAUGGUAAUUUUUUUUCAGGGGGUCAUUCCUGUCUUCAGUUGUUGUUAUGCAUUUGAACCUUUUUGAGAAAAAUGGACCUAGACACCUGUUUAAAGAAAGGACAGAGUCAAAUUCCCUUUGCCGUUGAGUCUGAAAACAGAGGCAACACAAUGAACAUAAUCAGUGUGACGACCGCCAUACAUGUAGAGAUUUUAAACCACUGCUUUAUGAGUGAGUACAUGUAAAAACAAACAUUUAUGGGCAAAAACCAAACCCAAAAAAGAUGGCCAGACUCUGUUUCUUCUGUAUAGAUUCUAGUCUCUAAAUCACAGCUGUUGAGCCAACAUGUUUCUAAAGAUGAGCAGCAUUAUUUGGGCACUGAGCAACAAGUUGGCCAGCAGCAGACUCCCCCUGAGGCUUUACUUUGCUCCAACACCGUGCACUGACUGGGUUUCAGUUCCAGUGAAAUUUACUCAGUCUGGUCCUCUGCCAGAACAACACAGAAGCAGUCUAGAGAGAGGGAGAGUGGGGGAGUGUGGUUGUAAAUUUUUGGCGUAUUGUGACUCAAGAGUCAGGUUGAAUCCACGGUUAAAUAUCAGUGGAAGGGCCUCACAAACCAGCAGGGCUUCAGGUUUCUAAUACGUACACUGUUGGUCCACAUUUGAUUGUUCUCUUUCUUUAAACUCCUUCACUUUUUCUGCCCAGAGUAUAUUGUCUGUUUAUAUCAGCUGACCAAUUUAUUCAGACUAUAUCGGGCACCAGAUAUGAGCAUAAUUGUGUAUGUUUUCUGAAAUUGUUCGAACUUUUUCAACAGAACAUUUAAUGUUGAUUCAGUUCAGUUCUUGUUGAUUCAGAAAUAGUGUGUAGUUUUCUUAGAUUGGUGCUCUCUGACUUUAUAUUUUACAAUCCUUGCAUUUAAAUGUAGCAGCGCAUUGCAGCUGGGCAGAUGGCAGUCCACUGCAGCAUUGGGAUAAAUCAUGUAAAAUAAUGUGAAUGCUCCUCUUGUGAUUUACUUUCUUUAGUUAUGUGCAUCUUCAUAUAAGUGUGUCUCCAAAAAUCAGUGUGUCCCAAAGACUAACCCCCAAAAAAAUCUAAUUGAAGAGAAUUAUCUUGAUAAAACCAGUACUUCUUUCAAAUCUCCCAGAUUAAUGAGGCUCUGUUAUUUAGCGCUUUGACCUGGAUUUGGUUAUACUGGGGAAAAUAUUUGGCAGCUAAAGGGCCUGUGUCCACUGGCAUUUGCCAGAGAAAAUGUAAAAAUAAUUGACAGAAAUUUGUCGGUAGCAUUAGCAACAGCUCUCAACAUGCAAAUUUUACUCUGAAAAACAAGUGUUGGUAGUUUCUCUUCCAAAUGACCUCUGCCACUGUUGUUGACAAAGUAGAAGUCAGAAGUCUGACUCCCUCAUAAUACAGAUAAGUCAAUGCAUGAAGAGUUACACCGAUAGAUGGCUACGUUCCUAUAGUUGAACUAUUUAAAUUUCGAGUGCUGAGAGCGCAGCAACAAAACAUCCAGAUUCUGGGAGUGUUCGUGUUUAUGGUUUAAUUCUGAGCUUCAGUGCCUUUAUUGAGAGGACAGGUCAGUUGGUAGAGAGAAAACUAGAAGAGAGAGUUGGGUAUGACAUGCUAAAAAAGGAGCACAGGUUGGUGCUGAACCUGGGCUUCCUGCUUUUUGCACUGUUGCCUAUGACAACAGAGUUUGCAAUUUCAUAACUACACCAAACUGGUGCUCCCUUGGAGGGUUUUUUGUUAUUGUAUUUAGGAGGCUGAGUGCUAAGAACGGUGGUUUGUUUUCUGUUGAAAAUUGGCACUGCCGGCACAAAAAUGCCAUUGGUGGACACAGGCCCUUAAUAUUUUUUUUUAUUUUUGCAAUGUUAACAACAAAGGAUCAGCACAGCAAACACAGAAGAAUAGAGAAAAAAUGAGUGGGGAAAUAAAGUCCAAAUGAAAUAAAACUAAACUAUAAUGAAAAAUCCAAAACUAUUGUAACCUAGCUGCCAGGUGCUAACUGUAGGUAAAUUAUCUUUUUGGCAAGUAAUUCUCUGAGGUCUUUAUGUCAUGUGUUUGGUAAUUGUUUUUUUUACCAUAUGCAUAAAUAGUAUUUAUGUUAUUAAAGGAAAAUCAGAGCUGAAUUUUGAUCAUGUUUUGGUGUAGUUAAAAUAUCUGUCUCCUGCUCCUCUGCUGUCUGCAUGUCAGAGCUUCACAGGGUUGGGAGAUUCAUAAACUUAAGUAUAUAUGCUUCAGCUUUUGCUCUGGCUCUCUUCAAGUUUGUAUUCAACAUAAUAUAUCAUAUUAAGUGCACUGAAACAUACACACUAUGGCUGUCUGGUGGACUGUUGCCACACUAUGAGCAUACUUUCAAGUGACUGGACAAUCAUGUGUUAACUGGCUGAUGAAGUUGUGUUGUCAUUUUGCUUGGCACUGUGUGUUGAUUUAUUUUAGUCACCAAGAUAGCUGCCAGGUAUGAUGCCAUCACAGUCUGUACAUUGGUUAUUAUUUCCUGAUUGAAAAAGGAAAGAGUUUCUUUUCAGUCAUGACGUAAUUAUUUUAUUUUUUGCACAUCAUGAUGAGAGCAGUUGGCAGCACCCUCUUUUUCCCACUUUAGUAUACGAUCCUUAUGUUGGGUAUCUGAAGUUCAUCUCACUUCAUGAAACCUCUCAUUGUUUCUCACCAUUUUACUUAUUGCAGGUUUGAUGUUAUAAAUCAGUACACUAAGAUAAAACUGACAUCUGAUUGAGUGCAGUUUGAAAGUACGCUGUGAACUCAGUGUGCGGAGGCUGGGACGGUCGCGGUCAUGUAACAUCACUGAUUGUCCUGUUAUCAUGUGCGUGACUCCAUGUUCUGACAGACGCCUGACUGCAUCUCUGGCACCUCUACCAUGGUGUGACUGCAGAUAGUGUGUGAGUGGCGUUAGAGCUCGGGUUACACGAGGAUGAGUCCAGUGCUCACACAAACACUCACACAAACUAUAACAGAACGUGUCUGUUCCUUGAGAGGCAGUCAUUCAUAAAGACUUGGAUGUGUGUGACGUCAUGGCUGGAGUGUGUGUUUGGGACUCUGCUGCUGUCAGGCACACACUAAAAGCCUGGUAUGAUGUAACAAGUGUGCGUGUGCAUCAUGGUGAUAAAACAAAAACUAUUUUAGCCUGUAAUGAACAUGCGCCUCAUCUCUCACGGGCUUUAACUCAAGCCCAGACGGCUCUCACCGCCGUAAAUCUAUUCUUGGAGUGUAGCUGUCAGUCUGAACGCCAGGGCCUGUGUACAUAUUCCUUUACAUAAGGACGGGCCCCUUAUGGACUCAGCCUCGUGUUCUCACGCCUCACUAAAAGCACCUGCUUUUGCUGCCAGCGCAACCAGGAUGUCAGGCCAAGGCGACUUCUAUUUUAAGGAAGAAGAAGGAGAAUCUGAUAUGAGAGGAGCAGCGGCUCAGGAGCAGCUCCUCCGCUGUGGGAGCGUCCCGGUUAUUUAUUUAGGUUGACCGAUGCAGGGAGACUCUCUGACAGACAGAUCAAUGACAUGCCUCAUCCCAAAACAAACCGUGCAGGAGAGGAGAGGGCCCAGCUGUCCUCUGGCUCACACUGACUGUGUUUGAUAUAUCUGGAACAUCCCCCUAAGCUUUUCAAAGAUUUCUGACUGGGAGCUGUAACUGAAUAAAUGUGCUGCAGAGCUUGGUGAUAAAACAUCCACAGAAACCCUGCUACUAAAUCAUGAUGAAAUGUAGCCAGUGAUGAACUUCAGACAUUUUUCAAAUAGAAUUACACUGAUUUAGUCGUAAACGACAGUGGGAAGAAAUGCAACAACAGCCGGCGAACCCACAGCUAUUAAACCUUACAAUAUUUACAACAGACCACAUCCUAGCUGUUACAAGUUGUGUCUCUUGUGUAUCUUGGUUUUUAACAGCUUGAUUUAACUUAGCUGUUUUAGUCACUUAAGGUUGGGAAGUGAAGAGAGAAAAUGCUGAACAGAAGUUGGCAGCAGCUAAGCUAGCAGCCCCCAAAACAUUCAUGGUACAUGUGCCUAAAUUGAAGAGUAGUUGGUGUUUUCAUUUUUUACGGGUAUGAAUGAGAGCUAGGUGUUGAUUGAAUUUCUGUUUCAAUUACAAAUCUGGCUCCUCAAAAUCAUGAAAAACAAGAUAAUUAAGAUAAAACAACUACUUUACCACCUGCUGUGUUGUGCUAAUUUGGUCUUAUGUGGUGAAUGGAGUGCUCUCUCUCUCCCUCGUUUCCUUCACAGGAGAGCAUGUGGUCUACCCCUCCUCCCUUCAAACAGUUCAAACUCCAACUAUGGAGAGUGAGAAGGAGAGGGUGCUACAUCCAAGGCUGGACUGGCAAUCUGGCAUACUGGGCAUUUUUCCGGUGGGCCAACGCACCAGGAGCUGGCAGGCUGAAAUAGGUCAUUCACAGAAGCUCAGAUCAGUGUGCAAAGUUUGAGACAAGUUGUGGAUGGGGAAACUGUGUGAAGUGGAAACAGUAGUACAAACAAUCAUGCAGCCACAAGUAAGGAGAGAUGUAUAUGUGUAGCACUGCUAAGGAGCGGAGCUAGAAGAGCAGGUGUGUAUUAGUAAAUCAGAGGAACAGUACAAGCAUGCUGUACCAAACAGGAGCGUAUUCGAGAUAUUCUGAGGCACAGUCUAUGCAACUUUGCUAAAGACAGGAUAAAAGUCUGAAGGUAACUGAUGUCAGAGUGUUUGUCAAGUAUAUGCAGGUAAAUAACCACAUGUCUUUGCUGAAUACACACUGCUCUGGUUAGGUGGUUAUAUGCCAGUUUGAGCAGACACAGCGAACAGCACAACUUGAAGGGAUAUUCCAACAUAAAUUUAAAUUAUGGUCAAACACAUGGUAACACUGAGUAAGACACCCCCACGAGAGAUGAAUGUUGCUGACUGCUUGCUUAUGUAGUUAUACCAACUUCAGCAACGACCUCAACCCUCAACCAAAAAGCCACUCUAUAGCCACAAAUAAUGCUCAGAACAGCACCUAACUUCAUCAACAGUACAUAUAGGGUCCUAGCCAUAGUACUAGCCACCAAACAUCUUUUUAGCGUUGCCUGGUUUCUUAAGCAAAGAGAUUAAACACAACUCACCCUAGUGCUGGACGAUAAUUCGAUAACAAUAUAUAUCGAUCGAUAGACGUGUGGUGCGAUAGAAAAAAAACGGGUCGAUAAAAAGUUCGAUAGAAAAACACAGUUUCCCUUUCUUUUUCAUCAUAGCCUAUCAUGUAGCUUUUACUACAGUCAUUACUUCCUCCCAACCAAUCACAAACGCAGACCCAGGUACGCUACGGCACCAAGCCCAGCCCCUCUCAAACAACAACAGACAGCACGUGUAUUAGAAAAAAUGAUACAGCAAGGAGAAGCGGAGGACAUUGUCCCGAAAAAAGGUUUCAGUAGUUCACCAGCAUGGCAAUGUUUUGGUUUUUAGAAGUCUGACAAAAAGCGAACAGCGGUCGUUUGCAAAAUUUGCAGAGAAUUAGUAAAAACGAAGUCUGGUAACACAACCAACUUGUUUUACCAUCUAAACCGAUCGCACCCGCAGGAGUACGAGCUGUGUCGGCCGCGCCGCGGCUCCACGUCAUCGUCGGAGGAAUCCUCUGGAACCGCUGCCAGCACCAGCACGAAGCAUGUGAAGCAGACCAAACUGGACUUCGUUUCUUGCCAAAAUACGACAAAGCGUCCGAGUGGCAUAAGGACAUCACCCAUGCAGUAACAUGCUCCAUAGCGAGGUACAUACUGCCAAUAACUACCGUUGAAAAGCCUGGCUUCAACCAGCUUCUAGCCACUCUCGACCCGCGAUAUGAAGUGUCCGGCCGCAAGUAUUUUUCUGAUUGCAUUCCAAGUCUAACUCGGUGUUACUGUGUGUUCAACCAUAGCUUAAAUUUAUGCCGGAAUAUCCCUUUAAUGCCCACUUUCUGUAUCAGAGUACUGCCAAAAUGCGUCCUGCAUUGACUCGUCAUCUGUCAUCUAUGUUUGUUUACAUCUGAGUGGAGCUUCAUGGCUUCAUGGCAUUAGUUUCCACCAGUGUUGGGUGGCUGCAGACCUAACAUAAGACCAUCAUUUUGGGCCUAAAGUAUUAAGAAUGUAUUAUUAAUUUGUUUAACUGACUUGUAUUUCUGCUGCUGCUGACUUGGCAUGGCGUUAUUUAGUCAGAUAAAUGCAUGCAUCCUUAGCUUGUUUUGUUUUACGUUUCACGCUGAAGUCCUUUCAUUAUAAAGGUGAAGGCUGGAAAAGUUUGUAUGAUCUUCGGAUAAAAUGCCAAAAUGAAUGUGAAGGAAAAGUUUAGAUACUUUUGCACAGUGUCAAAAUACUCAACAGUAAGAUUAUGAUGUUUAGACAGUAUUAUCAAAAUGAAGUCAAAGAAAAGAAAGAAAGUAUGCGGUGGUUUCAAACGUCAGAGCUGGACUCUAUAAAAUAAGAUACUUUAUUUUUGGAUGCAGUCUCUGAGGGAAUGUGAGCUUCAGGGAGUCAUUGUAGUCACCGGAUCGCCUGCAGGAUGAGUGUACAGGGUCAUGUUGUCAUCGCCCUCAGCUCUGCAGAGGGUGAUCAGGUUACCAGGCUGGAUACCCCGACCUGUGGUAUCGGUUAGCAGAGCAAUCAGUGUAGACAGUCUGUUGUGGUUUUUGAUGAUUACAGGGGGUGGAUACUCUGUGGUGUUAUUUACCCGACUCACCCAUGGAGUAUGUCUGUCUGGCCCCUGUCAGAGUGUGAGUGUGUUACAGUGGUAGCUCUUUGUGGUUUGGGUAGUCAGGUGACUAAGAAGUUUGGUUGUGACAGGAUCGGAGGUUUGUGAAAUGUGAGCCUGUUUUUGUGGUCUGGUUGGUGUAUUUUCAUUUGUCUCUGUUAUGUCUGGAGGGGUUUCCAAAAAUAUGAUCAUAUUUUUUUGCUGUAUCUAUAACCUAAAUUAUCAUGAUAAAUGAUAUAAACUCUCUAGAACGGACCAGUGAUUAAUUUUAUUACUUGCAAUUAUUACAUUUUUCACCCACUAUUUGAAAACUACAUGUCAGGUUCAGUGAUCCCAUCUUUUAGGAGUUCAGGUUUAUUUUCCUCUGCAGCCAGUCGCUCAUUUAGUGAGUGCAGUGGUUCACCUCUUUGAUUUAGAUUUAGUUUCUUCCAAAGGUUGGUGUUGAUUUUCAGACUCAGAAUAAACGUUUUGUCAGCGUUGGUGAUGCGGUUACCCCCUGACAUCAGUCUGAUUAGCUGCGCCUGCCUGCUCAGCUCAUUUGCAGUAACUGUAUCUCAAAGUACCGCAGUGAUAUAUCGAUUCUGCCUGACACCAAAGUGCAUAUUUUGACUUAUGGGCAAUAUCAUCCUGGACUUCCAUGAAGUGAAAUGUGCCAUUCAAAAAGUGCUGUGAUGUUGCUUUUCAUUAUAGCAGCAAGACACUGCAGCAGCUUGGCUACGGUGUGCAGAAAGAGUCAAAAUAGUGCAUGAUUCGAUAAAAUAAUGCAUUAAUUUUUGGCUUUUAUUGCAUUGUGAAUAGGAGUCAAUUGCUGACAGCAAUAAAUUGCAUAAUGCUGCAAAUCUGCAAGUGUCCAGAAAAUAAUGGACUCCUGGAAAACCUGAUGCUACAUAAGUAUUUCUAAGUUUAAUGCAAAGUUUAUUGACCUGUAAUUAAUUUUUUUCUAGCAUGUAUUUUUAAGGUAGUCUUUUUUCUUAUAUGUGUAUUUUUUUGUUAAUGCUCUAAAGACGAGAAAGAACCAAAUCAUCAGCCAGUUAAUGUCAUUUUCACAUGAUCAACCCUCCGGAGGUUGAUAUUUACUAGGGGUUAGAGAAAAAAUUCGAUCCAGCAUAGUAUUGCAGUAUUUUGUCUGGUGAUAUAAAUAUUGUAUUGUCUCAUUUAUCAAGUAUCGAUUAUUUCAAAUUACUUGCUAAUAUGAAGCCAAAUCUAUGAUAAUGGAAAAAUAAAAUCAACUGUUUGUCCAGUGAGGUUGGCAGAGGUGAUAUCAUAGAGCAGGAGAAAGUUAGUACAACAAAUAUAGCAGCACCUGGGGAGAGACAGUAGGAAUGCAAGCAGGGCACAAAUGAGAUGGACCUGACUCAUAGGGUUUGCAAGAUGUGCUACAUGAAAAUAAAAUACUGUGUAAAUAAGACACACAUAAAGGAAAGACAAAUGCUAAAUCAGCUAAACAAUUGAAAAAAAUGUAAUUGCAGUAUAUUGUAUCACAAUACUCACUGUAUUGCAAAAUGUUAGAAAUCGCAAUAAUAUCGUAUCGUGGCCCAAAUAUCUUCAUAAUGUUGAAAUAUGGGGCCACCAGUGAUUCCAACCCCUAAUAUUUACCCUGUAAUUUUUUUCUCAAUAGGAAAUCCCAAAGUCCUUUGAGGUGGUACUUUACUGAAUGAAAACAUCACUCAUGUUCAGCUGUUAUGUUUUUUAUUUGUUAGUAUCAAUAAACUGUUACAUUUUGUCAAUGUUGUGCAACCUGCUCCCUCAUUACCGGCAUCAGCCGUUGAAAACUGAUACUGGUCUGAUGUGAGUCAACCACUGCUGAAGACUGAAUAGAACAGUUUGAGAUUUAAAAUAAGGGUCUUUUGGGUUGCUGAAGGCCCGGUGGUCCAAAUACUCUACAUAGAAGCUGUUGUCCUUGUUGCAGUGGUUUCUUGUGUGAAUGACUCUUUGCUGCACGUUUUCCUCCAUCUUGAUCCCUCAUCAGCUAUCCUAGUUAAUGCUUGGUCAUGUACUUCAGCAUGUACCAUGAACGAUAGCAAAAACUUCAAGACUUUCCCCAGACCUGGAUAUGUGACAUUUGACUGCCUUUCUGUGGGUCUUAUCUCUUGCAGGUCAGCAGUUCCUCCACUCAGACAUGAGGAGCCCCCCAGGCCUGGGUUGCUGAGCAGCUAAGGUCAGAGUUCAAGCGCUUGUUCCGGUAGUCAUGGCUGACAGAGAGGGGGUGCCCGUUGCCCCGGGCCAGGUCUACAUCGAGGUGGAGUAUGACUAUGAGUACAAGGCCAAAGACAAGAUGGUGACCAUCCGCCAGGGAGAGUGGUACCUGCUGGUGAAGAAGACCAAUGAGGACUGGUGGCAGGUGAGAAAGGAGGAGGGCACAAAGGCGUUUUAUGUGCCGGCGCAGUACGUCAGGGAGGUUCGUCGGGCCCUCAUGCCUCCCCUGAAGCCCACUGUCAGGGCCAAACCCACUGUUCUGGAUAUAUGUCGGGCCUCUAAUGAAAACCUCAACAGACCUCAGCUGGAAAUGUCCAGUUUUGGGCGUCCAUCACCCUCCUCCACCCCGUCUCCAUCCUCAGAUCGGGUCACUCCACCGGCUCUGCCCAGGGAUACAAACCAGAACCUGGGGAGCCCCCUUCACUGCAAGGUGGUAGCCGAACUGGUACUCCUUCACAACAACAAUAACCAUCAGCAUGCCAACAACUCCACAUUGCCAAGGACACGGGCAGACUCGCCUCCACUAAAAGGGGGGAAUGACCACAACAAGAGUCCAGACAGCGAGAAGACGUCCCCACCGAGUGAGCUGCCAGUCGAGGGUCUGAACAAGCUCCACAAUGACUCUGAGUCUGGUGACGAGCUGAGCAGCAGCUCGACUGAACACAUGCAGGUAAGAUGCGACUAAACCCCUCUCAGAAACUUGGUCUGCUUUGUUAGAUGGUUUUUCGACUCUACUUUUGUGCAUUCUUUGGUUGUCACAAAGCCAAAGAGGAUGCUGCAGCUCCUUGAGUUCUGCAAACAGGAAAUUUGAAGCACUGACUCCUCUGGGCCGCCCUGGUUUUGUCCUUCUUUCUAAUCUCAUUGGUGUCCUCAGUUUUGCUCUUUUUCUCCCACUCCCUUUGCUUUAUUUCCCACCCUAUGUUCAUUUGUUCUCCCCGGCCGGCUGCAGAUAACCGCCCUUGUCCUCAUCUGAUUCUGUGAUAUUGGCUGCUCAGAGAUUGCGCGUUCGUCAUCCCCCUUCUCUUGCAGAGCCACAUUCAUCCAUCAGGCCCCUACACCGCCUGCCCUACCUCAAACAAUUUUGUGCCUCAUUUGCCAGAUUUGAAGAAAGCGGCAACAGUUGCAGGUGCUUAUUAAAUCUUCUGCUGUUGCCCAAGGAGUGUAAUUUGUCUGGCUUGUACAGAUGUGCGUUUUUUUUUUUGAAGGGCGGCUGUUGCAAUUGGGUCAUUGAAGACUAAAUGGCACGUUCACAGCUCACUGUUUAAUAGAGGACUCUGUAAUUGGCUGCCAUUAGCCACAUUUGGCACGGGUAGAUGCCAAACAUAGCUGAUAGGUUGUGUAUUUUGAGCUGUUUCCACUUCUGCUUUUCAAACUUACUGAUGAUCUUGUACAACCUUAGUGUUUGUUGAGGUAUUAUAUCGAAAACUAAUGCUUCACUACAGAUGAUCUGAAUGAGUUUGAUGUCUGUUCAAAGUGAAUGACUCCCAUCAAAAUUAUGAAAUUAAUUCUCAAACUCUAUCCACAAUAAAGGGAUGGGAAUUGAAAAGUGGACUAUAGAUUUUCACUGUGAACUCAAAAUUUUAUUGAGUCUCUGAUGACAGAAAAAGAUUUACGCCACCUUCAGUGAGAGUCUAAAAAUAAUCAAACAACGAACUAUUUGUAUAGCAUUUACUUCGGUCGAUAUUAAGUCAAAUACCUAAUAUGUUGUUAAGUCUGGCAUGCAUUGUGCUUAUGUCAUCAUAAGAGAUAUGUACCAUCCAUACCGUGCUGACAUGGAGCUGCAGCGGCUGAGGACCGGCAGAGAGCAUCUAAUACAUGUCACUCCUUAUAUUUGAUGCAGUGCCCAGUUGAAAAAUGCUUAAGCAUGUUGCUGGUGUUUCUACCUUUGCAUGUUAUCACUGCUAAACAAACGUAGCACAUGGUGCAGUUGUCAUCUUUCUUAGGAAAAUGAAGCCAUGCUUUAGAUCGUUUCUGCCUACUUUGACAGUUACCAUCUGCCAUAUUUUUUCCUUAAAGUCUCUGUUCUCGUUUGCGUAGACUGGCUCUCGUGAGACCAUUUUUCAAGGCAUCCAGAAGGAAGGAAUCGUUAAGAUAAAAUGUAAAUGAUGUCGAUGGAUUGAACCAUUUGGAUUCCAAUCCCUACCAAAAUAUGAAACUUUUAUCAACCAAACGAACCAAAACAAGAACUGUGCUUUCAAACCAAAAUCCACCUCAUUAGGAGCAGUGUUAUGGAGCGGUUGCACAUCCGGCCUGCCUUGAAAUUAACUUUAUUCACACCAUUGUGGGCACUCUGGUCCACUGGUCAUGCACACAGCAUUGUAACAGUCCCUUCACCAAAGCAGCUGUGUUUCAUAAAAGCUUAUUGUUGCUGCUAAAUGCAAACAUUGCUCUGCUUUUCCAUCCUGUUAAAGUAUGAAUGCACUGAUAUCAGCUGAAUUUUAUUUUUCUUUUUUUGAUCAACAAAUGAAAACAAAGUUAACUAAAAGAUGUUUCCGGCUUAUUUCAUAUAAGGGAAUCAAUCCAGUGUGCAAUGAGGGUCUGCAGCGACUACACUACCAUGAACACCAUGGUCCCAUUGUGUAUGAGUCAUUCAAACACCUUGUUUUGUUUGCAGUGACCCAAAUGAGAUCAUGUCCCAAGAACUACAAACUUGAAUAAGACCCCUUAUUCAUGCACCUGUAUUAGCCAAAAUAUAGGCUCAUUUAAGCACCUUGGUCAGGAAAUGCUUAACAGCAUGUUACUUAGUGUCUGCACAUGUUUAGUUAGCGAGGACUUGUAGAAAUUUGUUUGUUUUAAUCAUAAAAGAUGUUGAAAGAAGGGAAAUUCUUGAUUUUGUGGACACAACACAAGAAUUAUGUAGAAACAAAAGCAAACUUCAUUUUAGCAUAAUGACCCUGCAGCUGCUGUGACCACACACUGCUUUUUUUUUAGGAUAUGCUUCUUAACAUGUCAGGAAUAAUGCUGCAGCUGUAAACACCUUAUUUGGAGUACAGUCUGAACUAGGGCUGCACAGUUAAUCGAUUUGAAAUCGUAAUCAGAUCAUUUGAUUAUGAAGAUGUUAAAAAAGUUGAAAUCGUCAAACCGAUUUUCCUCUUGAUUAAGUCUCCUGCCUCCAGGCCACCGUCGGCUCCCCCUUCCUGCGGGAGCACUCCCCAGUUCCCACACACACCAGUGUAAACAAACAUGGCAUUUGCAAAAGAAGGCGAUAAUUUUGUGGCUAAGUAGGGCAAGAGCAAGUCAGUCUGGUGGAAUUGGUACAGCUACACAGUUUCGGAUGAAGAUCAAACCACUCCCCGCUGCAAAGUCUCUCUGAAGGCGGUAUCAACCCGUCCACACAGAAACGAAUUCAAGAGUAAACGCAAAAGUUUUUUGUCGCUAACAGCGUUUCAGGUGACUGUAAAUGGUACUUUUCGAAAUUGGGUCAGAGAGUACAUAAAUCCAUAAACAACUACCAUUUUAUCUCCGUGUGGAUGCCUAUCUGCAUCUCUCUUACAACAAUUAUGUGACACACAGCGUAACUCUUUUAUGAUGCCUGUGCGCGUCUGGCCAAAACAACCUUUAUACGCAUGCUCUGUACUCUUCUUCUGUCUUUUGUGCAGUUCCUCAGCAGCGUUACAGCACCACUUACUGGCUUGGCAUAUGCACGUCAUCAUUUUCAGUGGUUUCGUUUUAAGAGAUGAUUGAAAAACGUUUUAUUUUUCAAGUAAAGUUUGGUGAAGUUUUUACAAAAUAAAAAAACGAAAUUGAAAAUGGAGUUUCAGAGGAAAAAAAUCUGGAUUUUAUUUUUGGCCAAAAUCACGCAGCCCUAGUUUGUUCUCACAAACUUUGGUGCCAUUGUUAUUAAGGCGGAGUCUGAAAUGUUGUCCAAAGACAGCAGGACAUACCUAGAUCCUAAAUCUCCAAAAGAUAUCAUCAACCUACACACCUAACCACCAUCUCGUUUUUUACAAAGCAAUAAAUUCAGUCUCUUUUGCCUUUUUACUCUCUUGGGGAAAUUUACUCUUUCUGGUGUUUGCAGCUUCAGCAUAGCAGCUUAUUUCCCUCAGUGAGUUUACCUUAUUCCCUUGCGCAUAAAGUUGAAUACAGCUCUAUUACUACCACCACCUCAUUGCUACCAAUGCAAAGUUACUUGCAAGUUUGUUUUCUGCUGCAAACAGUGCUCAGCUGACUCAGGGUGGAUUGGCUUGUCAAGGCUGUUGUCAAUGCCUGCAAAUUCGCCAAGAACGGCCUGAUCCAAUAGCUAAGGUCAGGACAUCCCUCAAAUCAGCAAUUUAAAGAUAGUAGAGCAGUGAGCAUGAACUAUGACGACAGCCAGUCAUGUUAGUUUAUCAUGUUGAGUUCACAGCUGCAAGUCAGGACUGAUAUCCUUUGUCUCCAUUGAAAAAGAGUGAUGGGCUGGGGGGUGUGACAACUGAGGAAAGGGCAUGCAGGGAUGAAACUCAAUGCAGGCAAACCAAGGCAAGAAGAAUGUCUUCACCACCCCUUCAAAAGUAUCUGUUUUACUUUCAUAUUCAAACUUAACUACCUGAAACAAGCUUGGCAACAUCAUGAAAGUGCUGAUGAAUGUGGAUGUCAGGAGGAAACAGCACUGUCCCUCUCUGCAGUCCCUGCAUUGAUAACUCAGGCCUCUUCCCUUCUCCAUCAUUAUCUCUUUACUAUGUGCCAGGAGGACAGGAGAGCGAGUGCAAGGCAGCAGGAACUAGGACACAUCCUCCUUGGUCUGUAGUGGAGGUAGAUCAAAGUAGGAAAAGGAGGAGAUUUCCAGACAGUGGGAGUCCGAGCUGCUCUGCUCUUCUGAGCCAGUUUUUGGGGGUGGCUGUAUCCAGGCAGGGUCAGCGUGUUUGAAGGCUCCAAGUGCUGCUUGUGUUCUUUGUUCCACGGGCUGCAGCAGCCUCCUCCUCUGUGGAGUGAACAAAGAGAGACGGGCUUGAAUAGAAAGUAGGUCAUAUCAGCCGAGGAUCAGUCUGUUGCCCCUAGUCGCCCCGCCGUGGGGACGACUCUGCGAGGGAGUGUGAAUGCCAUGUGUGAUGCACCAUAGGAAAGAAGGGGAAGUGAGAAUGGAGGCAUGCUAACAUAGUUUACAACUUCAGAGUCACACUAACAGGAGGGCUAAAUGGUGUGUAGGUUGGAUGACAUACCUCAAAAGCCCCCAUCAAGGCGAGAAAAAGGCUGCCGCCGCCUGCCUUCACUAACCGUUUUGAAUUCAUUUCACGCUUGUCAAAUCACACGGGCCAAAAUAAACACACAUUUCACUCUCAGCCAUUUACAUUUGCAUGGGCAGCAGCUCUUUGCAGUGUUUUUGUGUGGGGCUACAGUAUGUUGGAAGGGCGGGUAAGAAACAGACGGCAGACAGGAAUCAGUGCUCAGAGCUGUCUGUGGUCACUGGGGCAGGUGGAACCCACUCCCUCACUCUCUGAGCCUUUGUAGUUGUUGUUUUAGUACGUCCUGUUUGGCCUGCUGCCAGCCAAAUGAAUGACCCUGCAGAAAAAAACCCAAUUCUUUCAACUCCGCCACUUCCACUGCUUCCUGUCAUUGCCGGGCCGCAGACAAAGUGGGCCUGAAAAAGAGAGAAAACAAGGGGAUCAUGUUGUACCUGAUGUAUUUUACACGUGAAUUCUGAGAACUGUCAAAAGUUUGACGAGGACCACCUAGAUUUGGCUGAGACAAAAUUAUGAAAAGGUCAAGUAUGCGCAGAGAAGGACACUUUAACAGCUGGGAAAAUGAAUUUAAACUAAUAAACUCCAUUUAUUUGAAAAGGCAGUGGGAUGAAAUCAUGAUGGAAAGGACACGGUGCUAACCAACACGCUGAGGCAUGACACACAGCUGCACUCCCAUCUCUGCUUGACACUACAAUGCUCUCAGCUCCAACAAGCACUGAAUGUGACGUCAACUACAGGAACAGCCAGACCAGAGCACACAUCAUCAUGCCUCAUUUUGAAGAUGCACAGCUUUUAAAAAGUUUGAUUGAGAAUAUCCAAACAGAAGAUACUGAUCACCUGCUCUGCAUUAAUGCUGCCCAAGACUGUGCCUGUAACAAACAUUUGUUUAAGGUCCUUGUUUUAAAUAGCUGAACUUGAGAGAGGUACUACUAAUUUAAACUUAUCCUCUAACUUUAGCAUAUGUAGGAAAAUAUUUUUAAUACACUCUAUUCUGGAGGUGUAACCCUGGGGGCAAAAUUAAAUCACAGAAAUCAAAAUUUGACCCUAAAAGAAUUAAAAAUGUCAAAUAGACCUCAGUAUUUGCAGAAUCAUGACAUUUGUAUUGGUACAAUCUACUGCAGAGAAACUAACUCAACUUGGAGUAGGGCUGCCGUUUAAAGUCGUUCAUUUUUCAUCAUUUUAUUGUUGCUUGAUUAUUGAAAACGCAUAUUCAGAAUCUCAUCUACUGCCAAAGCUGGACUGGUAAGAAGAAAAACUGCUCAUGGCAGCUUUAAAAAUUUAGUCAAAUAUUGAAUCAAAUCACAUUAAAUCACAUCAAGGCUUUACUUGUGCAAGAAAUUUGACUUGAUUCUGAUGAAUAACAAAGUUAGACACAAGACUUUUAUUUGUUAAAGAGUAUUUCUACAAUGUGAUGUUAAAUUUCUUUGCCUUUAUCCUACAGAUGAAAGAAUUGAGACUUAAUUUUAUGGAGUUAUUUUUAAGGGCUGUCAGUUCUUCAAAAAAAUCAACUUCAAUCGGAUAUUGAAAGUGUUUGUAUAUGUUUGAAUUUUACAAUCUUAUCCAUUAUGGCCUUUUUACAAGCCUCUGGUAAGGGCCCUGCUGUAAAAAGGCAGUCAUACAGCGCUGAAAGCUUGCCAUUGUGCUGCUCAAUGUAAGUCUGUUGCCACUUCAUCAGGGGUGGCAAGCCAUAAGGCGAGCCUGCAAAUUUGUAGUUGUUGACAGCUGCUCAAAGUUGACAUGCAGCCCUAUAUUUGUCUGUUAUUUUUCCAUCUAGAGUGUAGAUCCAUAAAUACUUCCAAACUACGCAUCUUAGAUAUUUUACUGUCACGAUUGUUUGCUCAGUGCAGCUUUGCUUGACCAUGUCCUCCAUUUUUGACAAAUAAAAUCAAUGUAUUAGUUUACUGAGGUCAAGAGUGCAUGGAUUGGCCAUGCUACAAUGUUGCAGCUUCACCGUCUGUGCUCACUCUGCUCCUCUGCUUUACUAACACACAUCUGCCCUAGGGAUGGGCGAUAAAUUAUCAUUCACGAUAUAUCGUCAGGAAAAUCCUCCAUGAUAAAUAUUUGCCACCUCAUGAUAAAUACGACGAACGCAAGUUGAUGGCGUAAGCGCGAGUGAUGGACUCACAGCUAUAGCCCACACAGAGCAGAAUAACAAACAAACAUGGCUGAAGGUCAUGAAGAAGACGUUUCUGAGCAGCUGGUUACUGAACGAGGCUCCACAUGGAAGGGAUUUCCUUCUAGCUUGGGGCUUAGAUGAGCGCAAUCAGGUAUGCCUGACAUCGGACAGUGGAUCUGCUGCUGUUCACUCUGUGCAAUAAGAGUUUUUAACAAAUGUUGAAAAUGUUUUCACAUUUGAGACUUGUUUGAUGUCAUUAGUUUUCUCCAUAACCUAAAACUCAAACUUGUGGUUAAGUAUCUGAUUCGACUACUCUAACUGGUGUUCUUGUUAUCUCUGGUGUAUCUUUGUUAUCAGCAAAUCUUAUCAUGGUAAUUUUUUUGCCUAUAUCGCCCAUCCCUUCCCACAGGUGAAACUUUUUAAUGCACAAGUGAUUAUUUGAAUAAAUUUACAAAAUGAAGUGUGAUAAUGUUGACAGAGGAGACCCCGACAGGAACUGAGCAGAUUGUUGUUUUUGUAGAAAUAUUGACAGAAAAUAGAAUACAGUCAUGCAUUUCCUGAUAAUCACUGUCAUACGUCAAGUUUUCUGACCAUGCAUUCAAAUGUCAACAUAAAUUCAAAUAUUGAUCAGUGUUGGAAUUUGAUAGACUUUGCAGCCCUAACUUGCAGAGUUUAAGUUAAACUGCUCCACAAACAGUGGCCCCUCUUAAACAUUUAGUUUGCAUAGGAGCCUCUGCAUGAACAGACAGACAGACAGUGGGAUGGAUGGAUUUGAAGCUGUCAUGCUCCUGCUCCAGUGCCAGCUGGCCACCUCUAAUUGAUUAGAUUUGAUCUCUGGGUGACGAUUAACGCCUGUGUGUGUCUGCAUGCUUUCCAUAUGUAAUUUGCUUAUCUCCGGGACUCUGGCGGCAGCGGCAGCAGAUCACUGCGGGCCUCUCCCCUCCUCUACUCCCCUCCUCUCCUCUCCUCUCCUCUCCUUUGGGGUUUGUUGACACCCCUCUUUGCUAAAAGCACAGCUCCCAUGCUCUUAAGGGAUUGAGAAAAUAAACCUCUUUUCCACACCUCUCAAGAGGCUGGCAGAGAGAUGACGAGUUUAUUUUCUUUAAAAAUGAAGAAAAGCAUAUGAGUUUAAGCCUUUUUUUUUCACACAAACAUGUUGGGUUUCUUUACGGCUGUUCUCUCUCAUAGAGAUGUUUUGUGUGUUUUUAAAAUUAAAGAUAAAAACAAGCCCACACAGUCCUCACAAAGAGAGUUGUUUUGAAUAAGGUUAUUUUGGAAUCCAUUUACUCAUAUCUUCCUAUAGAUGGGAAAGUCCUUUUGAUGGUUUUCCUCCCAAAACACGCGGCUGACUUAAUAAGCGGAUGAAGUUUUCUCUUUGGGUUUGUGUGAGAGCUUAGAUUGUUGUUUUCUUGAGAUGUGUCACGGAGGGGGAAGAUGCCGUGGCCCUGGAUGUGUUUGUGUCUGUGGCUUUGCAGCGUGGAGCCCUGUGCUCACUCACUGUCUGAUUAGACAGACCUUGAGAGUCCCCCACACACACCCCCACCCUUAUACCAUUUCACACACUCCAAAGAAGGCAUCCACAGUGACAGGCCCUCCCUCUCUUUCACAAUUCUGUCACAUUUAGCUGUUAGGCAACUCCCCAUAGUCUGUAAGAUGCGGCGCUUCAUGUUAACAAUAAAACCAGUAAUUCCCCCAGAUUACAAGCUGGAUCAGUCUUAAAAGAAGGCAUCCUCCAGUAAGGCAUGUCAUGUUUCAGAGAAGUCUUGUACGUUUCGAGGAUGCAUAAAUCCACAAUGACAUAACCGGCUUGUAAAUGUAUCCGGACAGAAUCUCAAAGGGUUUCUAGACAAAAGGAAACAGCUGAGUGGAGGCCAGAGUGUGUCUGUGAGCCUACUGUGUGGUCUUCCUGCUCGCUGGCGAUGCCUACAGGAAGGGGGGGGUGCGGGUGUCGAGGGUCGGGGACAAAGUGUGAGUGCCCUGAAGCCCUGACAGAGCUGCUGCAGCCUUCGUGAGACGGCAGAGACUCGUGGACAGAAGGCCAGACGUGUAUGUUUUCAUGUUUGGGUGAAUGCGGAGAUUAGCUGAAGCCUGUGAGCUGUAAACCUCUGAGCGACGUAUGCAACAUUACGAGGGCACCAUUAAAGAUGGAAGAGAGCAUUAAAAGUGGAUGUCCUGAAUGUCUGAGCGUGUGUUCGGAUGGAUUUGAAUGCAGGUGGCUUGUUCUUCCUAUGCUGUUGUAUGUUUACCGACUUGUGCAACAAAGCAAAGGCUGAGAGUGUAUCCGAGGUCGAAAUAUACUGAGAUGUGAGGGUGGCUGGGACUCCUUAAUGCACUUUUAUCAUUCGCUCCUUCAAAGGUUUGAUCAUUUUACUAUUACUCUUUUGGUGCAGUGAAGUUGGUCUGUAUUUCAGGGUGAUGUGAGUUUUCUUAGGGAACCUCAUCAGAUGACUGCGGCUGAUGAGGUUAGAGAGGUAAUAUCGAUACAUAUUCAGACACCUGUAAUAGCUGCAGUCAUAAUCUUUUUCAAACUUUUUCAAUCCGCUUCCCUUCCUUUGUAGCCUUCAGUAAAUCUUAUGCGGCCAUAUGGCGACAGCUUUAGGUUAAGGAUCACGUGUCAUGCUAGUUUGGAGCACUUAGGGAUACAUUUCUCAUUGCUUUCAAUCCAGCUGGAAGUAAUUAUUACGUACGACUUUGACUCACCUGUGAUCAUUAGAAGUCAGGUUGACAAACUUUCACUGCAGAUUGGGUUUCAUCUUUUUUCUCUUUCUUUUCUUUGGUUACAGAGGUGCCUCUCAUCUCUUACAUUUUGCUGUUAUCACCUUCCUCUGUUGGUGUUCAUGUUACCCUCAUUCAUGUCUUAGUGACAUCUCAAGCAGUCAUGAAGUAGUGACACCUUGAGUCGAACUGGCAGGGAAAUCAGGUCAUGGUGCCAUGCUAUCGAUUUCAAAUAUCCAUAUUUGAUCAUUGUAUUGCACAAGUUAGGAUCAAUAUUUUGCCCCAGCCAUAAAGGUGGUUCCCUGACUUGUAGGGGUGAAAACACAAGUGGCCCCACAAUAUGAUAUUAUUGCGAUACUUGGGCCACGAUACAAUAUUAUUGCGAUUUUUAACAUUUUGCAAUACAGUGAGUAUUGCAAUACCAUAUAUUGCAAUUUUUGCAAUCAACUGUUUAGCUAAUUUAGCAUUUGUCUUUUCUCUAUGUUUGUCUUAUUUACACAGUAUUUUAUUUUCAUUAUAUUUGUUGUACUUACUUUCUCCUGCUCUAUGAUGUCACCUCUGCCAACCUCACUGGACAAACAGUUGAUUUUAUUUUUCCAUUAUCAUAGAUUUGACUUAAUAUUAACAAUGCAUUUGUAAAAUCGAUACCUGAUGAAUGAGACGAUGUGAUAUAUCACCAGACAAAAUAUUGUGAUACUAUGCUGUAACGAUUUUUUCCCCCACCCCUACUGACUUGUCCUUUUCUUUGAGGAUCCAGUUUUAGAUUGGCAUGACUGUGCAAAUGUCUUCAGGUCAUAAACAAUCACUGUCAGCUCAUAUGUGAUGCUUUGUAGCAAACGUAGAAACUUGAUUUACUGUUUUGUCCUUAAUUCAGAAAAGCUCUAUAUAUCUGUUAUACAUGUAUUCUGAUACCAUGAAUGACAAUCAACCAAAUUUUAUCUGCCAGCUGAUAUGUCUGUCUAGUUCUGCUUCUCUCCCAUGUGAAGCAGAAAGCAUGCAUUGUUCUCAUAAAGGACAGCAUGCAGACUGAUUAGAGGGCCUUUUCUCUCACACACUUGAAGCUCCUGGGAAGCUCUUCAGUUUACCGUACAGAAACGACCUGUUUCUUGACAUCCUCACUCCAUAAUAACCUGCUAAUUACAUGUUAUGCUCACGGAUCCUUCGCCUGCAGAGUCUGAAAUUUGUUGCAGAGCUGUCUCUAUCACCAAUCUCCAAAGUUAGUUUAAAUCUUUUGAAGUCAGUACGAGAGAGCACAUGCUUUUAUUACAUAACGAGCUAGUAAAUACCACCACAUAUGAGAGCAGGCGCUGCUGUAAGGUAUAACCGUCUCCUGUCCGCUGUGCCCCGUAAUCUGGAGCUCCGCCGAGAGUCUUACUCCCGAUCAGGCUGAAAAGGAGGCCCCUGCUUGUUUUCCAGUGCAUACUUUGAAUUCCUGCCUCAGUGCCUACACACACAUACACAUAUUACACACACACACACUCACACACACUGAGGCUAAGUCAAUGAAGCUCACUGCUCAAAGCAAAGCGUUGGACUUUGCACUAAUUUAAUACUAAACCUGAGCCAAUAGUACAUCUGCUGUGUUCAUGUGAGCGUCUGUCUGCUCAUCCGCCCGCCCGCCUGCAUUCUUUCUACUUCUCCUCUCUUUCCUGUGUCUGGGCCUCUUAGUUUCUCUUCUCUCUGUCUCACUCGCUUCCUCCCUUGCUGUCAGUCUCCUAUUCCCCUCCGCUCACCUGUCUCUCUCUCUUCAACCUUUGUACUGAAUCAUGCUGUCAGAUGUGGUCUCAGUGAGGAAACUAAGAUCCCCUGGCCUGCACCUCAACCUGUGACCACCAUCCACCCCCCCUCCAGCAUCUCUCCUCAUCCAUGCUCCUGUGAUAUAACAAGAGGAUUAAACCCACAAACCCCCCUGAGCUUUCAAGAAGACCACAAGUACUAAUGUUGACAUCAGGCUCAGGGUUUAGUGGAGUUGUGUCUGUUGUGUAAGGUGACGGAUUACACCUUUGUAACUCUUUUCUAAGAAGCGGAUCAUGGUUAAAGGUGCAGGAAUCUAAUGGAAGUAAACCCAAUUGAAGCAGCAAGUGAUGCCUAAAAGAUGUGAUGAAAUAUUUAUGAUUGAACUUUAUUUUUGGAACAUGAGGAAAACCCUUUUGAAACAGAUCUGAUCUCAUUUCUCCCAUCAAGGCUUGAGUGACUCAUCUGCAUCAUUUAUCAUGGUGAUCCUUAACUUUGCAUAACGCACGCCGUCACCACAGUGCAGUGGCUGUGCCUGUUUUAAAUAUGGGUUCCCCCCCAAAUGAGCUGCAGCUAAAAAUACUCACGUUCCGUCAUCUUUCAUUAAACAGGAAGACUGUUUGAACGAUACUGAGUUGUGUAAGAUUUAUAAAGUCAAAAUGACUCAUCGUAGCAGGACAACGCCUACCUGUUUACCUGCUUCUGCACCUUUAAUUUUUGUGUUGGGUUGUUGAUUGGAUUAUCAGUUUGCAUUAGGGGUGCAAAAAAUUAUCAGCAUUGAUCAUAGCUUGAAAAAUGAACUGUUGUUAGAUAUGAAAAUCUCCACCAAUAUAUUUUGUGCCAAAAUAUCAAUAUAAUACAUUCAUAAAUGGUUGUAAAGGAGUAUUUGAAGUAGACAUAUAACGGUCUUUAUCUACAGGAGAGAAUAAAUCAUUCAUAGUAAAAAAAAAAAAUAUAUAUAUAUAUACUGUAUUAUUUUACAAUGACAAAAAGGUGUGUAAUUAUCAGAAUUGAUAUUGGUAUUGGCUAAUUUAAAGGGAUAUUCCGGCGUAAAAUUAAGUUAGGGUCAAACCCACUGUAACACCAAGUAAAACACCCACUCGAGAGAUGAAUGUUGCUGACUGCUUGCUUCUCUAGUUAUACCACUUUUAGAAACAACCGAACAAUAGCAAUACACAGCGGUCUAUGGAUCCACGCGCAAACCUCAACCAAAAAGCCACUCUAUAGCCACAAAUAAUGCUCAGAACAGCACUUAACCAAGCAGUCGGCAAUGAUCAUCUCUUAAGGGGAUGUCUAACUCUUCGUUAUGGCGUGUUUGACCCUAACUUAAUUUUACACCAGAAUAUCCCUUUAAGGUUGAAAAUAUCGGCCAGCUGGAGAUGAGCAAAAACCCUAUGUUGUGCAUCUUUAAUGGGGAUGCUCUAGAACUAUUAACCACUGAAAGCAGCAUGAUCAAUAAAAUACACAAACUAUUAGUGUAAAAAAACAGUCAUCAUGAAGAUUUUGUUUGCUUUGACUAAGUUCCAAAGUUAAUUAUUUCUCAGUUAUUUGAACUGAAAGUUAAACUCUGACUUACUGACUAGUCUAAAUGUAAGAAAACACGAGCCAAACAGUAUGAUGGACAAUAUGUGUUGGCUUAAAAGGUUCCCACAUAUCUGAUAUUUAUUUUUCAGAGUCCAUCUUGCAGUCUGGAAAGAUAGAAUAGAGCUGGAGUUGAGUAUAGACAUAAACAUCUUUGUGCUUAAAGCCCCAAUGGGGAGUUUUUUGAUGUUUAUGAAAUAGGCUGAAAUUCAUGCUGUAGCAUUUUUAUGAUAUUAAAAAGAAAAGAAAACAGUGACUGGACCAAUAAUUUUAAUAUUGUUAUUUCUAAUGCGUGAAACUGUUGCUAGGAGGUAGGUAUCUGAAGACAGAGUUUAGUUUUAACUGUUUCCUCUUAAAAUUUGAACUCUAAAUAACAGAUCUGACUGUCUAAAGUUGGCAGGAUGAGAUUUUUUUGUAUCAGAAGACAUAGAGGCCAAGAUAAACCAAGGUGGAAAGUUCCUCACUGGGGCUUUAAAUGCAGUUUUUUGUUGACAAAGCUUGAGAAAGGUCUUGAUUAUAGUUUAGUUUUAUAGUUCUGGGCUUGUACCUGAACCAAUGCAGCAGCCAGUUUGAUAUACACCAAACCAAUGCUGGCUUAAACAUCAUAUCUGGGACAAUAAAUGAGGAUCAUAAUACUUACUUAUAAUAUUAAAUAUCUCACUGUAGGCCUUUAGAUGUCUACAUUUGAGUAUCUGCUUUAAGAGAAAACUGAACCAGUGAACAUGGAAAGUCUUGUUUAAAAAAAAAAAAAAGAAAUUCUCAGUUUGCUCCAUAAAGGACAAAGGGGGGGAUCAUGUAGCACAACAACACGAGCGACAGUAAAGGGUCUUUGUGAUUCAAGGUCUCCUCCCUCUGUCUCUCCGCUCCUGCAUCCAUAAAGCUGCUCUCCCUGUCAUCCUCUGACGCUGUGUGGCGUUUAUUCACAGAGCUGAUGACGGGGAUACAUCACCUAUUUAAUUUGCUCACUCUCACUCCCUCACUCUUCUUCUCUCACGGUGCUUUAUUGGGUCCCUCCCCUGUCGCUCACUGUCCCUCUCUCUGGGCCUGGCUCACUGCUGUAGCUCGGUUUGACUGGGACAGCAUGUACCCAGAAAAGGUAAGACCACCUAAGCUGGCCUGCUUUUGAUAGCGCAGUCAUUUAUUUCCUCUCACUCCCUCCCUCUGCUUCCCGGCAACAUAUCUGGAUCUCUCUGUGCCCCGGCUGUUUUUGGUUCCAGUGAGAUUUCCAGUGAGCCCCCUUCUGCUCGUGACAUUUCCACUUCAGACUGACAGCACCAACUGUUGUGUGAACUAUUAUGAGUUUGAUAUGGUGUCAGGGCACGUGUGGGUGUACUUGUGUGGGAUUUAUUUAGCUAGUAACUCGACCACCCCCCUGCUGUGUUAUCCACAGAGGUCUGUGUUUGCAUACAAGUGAUGGAGACUCUCUCAGUGCACCGUUACAUAACUGAUGCUGGCUGUAUCCAGAACCUUUUAAACAGCUGCUAGUCAUUUUUCCCCCUGCAGCCUCCUGCUUUGGAUGAGCAGACAGGUCAGACUGUGCUUACAUGCAAACCUCUGAGGACAGCAAGCACAGUCUGGGGAACCAUUUCUCUCAGUAUCUCUUACAAAUCCCUCUGUGUUAGAUGCAUGUGGCUGCCCUAAACUGAAGCCAUUUAGAUAUCGCUUUCCGUGUUUAAAAGCGUUUUUGGCCUCUGCAGUGUUACGCAGUGCUUUCUGUUGUGGUGCGCCCCAUUUCCGAUUUCUCUUAUUACCUCCGAAUCCACCUAAAGGGAUCAGAGUCAGCAGUGCGCUAAAGUGGAGCACUCGUCACUCCCCACAGUGCUCGGCUUUGUGUUUAUUUCCCUCUCCCUGUUUCCGCCCACACUGAUGUUUUGCCUGCAUGAGAACUGACAGAAAUUUGAAUGUUACAUGAAUCAGAAAAUGGAAAUUCAUGUCAAAAUGCCUCUCAUGUUUUCAAAGGUUUUUGUCUCUAGUUUCACAUCACAGACUGGUAAUGGGAUUAAGAAAAGUGUGUGCAACAUCAGACUGGACCAUGUGCAGCCAACUCUCAAUGAAAUCAAAUUAGAACUCUGAAAUAUGAUCUGUCGCCAGAAGAGAUGCAUUAUUGGUGCCCUCCUCUUACUUAGCUUGUACCGUUAAGAUAUCAUACAAAAACAGCACAUCGCCCAGAAAAUGUGAUAGCCACCUGUACUUUCUCUUGUUUCAAUGCCUUCCUCAGGAGAGGUGUAGCUCCUUCUGGCUACUGAUGUGUUCAAAGACCGGUGAAAGCGUCAGAGCGUAGGUGUCUCGAGCGUCAUGCGGCAUGUAUUGUCUCUGUCAUAUGCCACUGCUAUCCCUAAUUACCGAGUGUGUGCUGCCAGAGAGACAAAAGAUGAGCUGUGAAAAACUAUCAGCUUUGGGAUACUUGUGUUGCCAGAGGUCACUCACUUUGAAAAGGAGAGAGAAAUGAGUCUGCCACUGUAAUCUAGCAGAUGUAGGCUUCAAGAGCGCAGGGCUAUGGAGAGAUGUAGAGGAGGUACUGAGCUGUGAUAAGAGCAACAUUCCUCUGAUGACUCUGCGGUGCAUUCUUUUGUAUCCUUGCUUUCCUGCUGUAGGAUGUGCUUACAUGCUAUUUAUUACUAUUUAAUUGUUUGCAUUAUGUUUGAUACAGAGGUAUGCAUAACCUUAUAAAUCUGUAACCAGGUUCCUAUACAUUGUUACCAAAGCUUACAAAGAGGAACAAAAUUAGGGGUUGGAAUGAUAACUGCAAUUACUCAAGUGUCCAUCAGAGGCUGGCUGCAAAAGCUGAGCAAUCUCCUCCAGGUCCUGUGUAAAAAUUCCAAGUUUGACAGCAAAAUCAAACACUUUGUGGCCCAGUUUGCCCCUGUCUCAAGGUCCCUUUAAGCAGUUGUGGACUCUUGAGCUGAUGUUUAAAAAAUAGCUUGCAUAAUUUCUCAGUUUUUGAAGGUCUCAUGUGGCAGCCGUUUCAAGGUACCAUUAGCCUCUGUUAGAACAACCAUAAAUGACAGAUUAAAAAGUCCCCCCCUGGGUCUUUUAAGGUACCUGUAAGCAUUUUGGUCAAGCUACUUUCAAUGUGUUAUGGUAGGGCUGGGGGACAUGGCCUCAAAUCAAUAUCACGAUAUAUUGAGCAGUUCACCACGAUAAGGAUAAAUGGACAAUAACUACUCUACAAGCUUCUAACCCCCUCCCACAUUCACUCACACUUAAAGGGACAUGAGACCAUAGCCUACCAACACACAUCCAAAACCAACUUUUAUUUAUUUUGUUGACACCAAAUAUGUUGACAUGGGCAAAAUAACGUCGGUUAUUGUCGUAAAUUUUGGUAUCGGUAAAUUUUCGGUUUAUCGCCCAGCCCUAUGUUAUGGUACCAUUUUAUGCAACCUUUUAGCUCCAGUUUAACACCACUAUGAGUGGCUGUUUCAAGGUACCCCCUGGAAUUCAAUUCACUUUAAGGUACACUCAAGCUUUAGCUCCUGAUUAUAAUGAUUGUUACUGGCUGUUUAUAGGUUCUCCCCUGGGUUUGUUUCAAGUUACCUGAGAGUGUAUUGGUCAAGCUAUUCUUACUGUUUCAUUGGCACCAUUUCAAGGUACCCAUUAGCUUCUAUGUAAAAAAGCUACAAAUUGUUGUUCCAAGAUACCCCCUGAAGAUCUUACGAUCAUCUUUUUCAAGAUAUCCUUAAGUGCGUGGUUUCUAUAGAUUUAUUUGUCAAAACCUGUCAGGGUAUGUGUCAUUGACUUUUCUCUGCUGGCAAAAAAAAACCCCUAUGUUUGAUUGAUGGUUAAAAAUCAUAAACCUGCUUAUUUUCAUGUUUCUCAUGGUGCUCAAACACCAAAAAUCCUGAUGCCAAAGUGUACAGUACUCAAGCAUCUGCUUCCACUUUCAAACAGUACAGAAAAUGGCUCAAAACUCAUUCAGAGGGAUUAUGUAAUAAUGUAAAUUUGAGUGCAUUACUUUUUUUGGCCUAAAAAGGAGAUGAGAAUAGUGUGCAGAGGGAUAAGGAGAUGCCGCUCCUACACUCCAGUAACAGUCGUACUGUUUGUACCCCUGAACUGACUUUCCAGAAACCCUGUUUUUGUCCUGAGAACUUUCCACUAGCAGCUGUCACUGCACAGAGAUACUACAGUGGAAAACAAAGAGGUUACAGAGAGAGUGCACACUACACCGCUGUGGAUCAGUCUGGAUCCUUCUGCCAGCUUUACAGCUUUGUACCCAAACAGUCAUUUCAACAGCAAAUCCAAUUUUAACACAGCAUCAACACACAUCAUAUAAUUGCACUCUGAUGGGAUUUCUGCUCAGUAGGGAGUCUGCCAACCCAGCUCUGCCUUUUGGGAACGGAGUACAUGUCUCUGUGCAUUUCCUCAAAGCUGGUCAGAAAUAGCUCCGAGAUAAAACAGAGGCAGAAGGCUGAUCAGUGUUUUCUCUGCAGCUCGGAGGAGACUUUCCAAGGCCGGCAGCCUUUCAGUGCCCUUGUUUUUGAUUGGCAGAGAGGCACUCCCAGUGUCCAUUAAUGAAAUGGAUAUGCCAGAGGUAACGGAUGUCUCACUGUUCCCUUCAUGCUCUGUUGGCUCUGCAACACCAUUGGCUGGUUUGAUCACCUCAUUGUACACUUGAUUGACAGCCUGUUGAUUAUUCUGUCAAGGAAGGUUUAAAAAGUUUCAGACAUAAAUGUGAAGAACAGCUUGUGUUUAUAAGAGACCAGUUUGCUCCGAAACCGCACGGUUAAAAAAAAAGUGCUUAAAAAUCCAAGUGUAGCAUCGAUUUCAGGACAGGCUUCAUUUCCCUCUGAGCAAAUGCCUCUUUUCCUUGGACAUUGGUCAGGUCAGCGUUAUCUAUCUAGGCUGAACAGAAGAAAAACAAACACCUCUUAUUGUUGACGCAGUGAGUCAGGUUUGCUUUUCACCCAUUUAAAGCACGAACAUGUCAAUUCUCCAUGAACAGAUGAAUGAAAUCAAGCUGCAUUCAGUGGGUACACUCAUGCUGCAACAGUCUGUAAUUGCAUAAAUCUCCACAGGAGUCUGUUGUCGUUAUGAUCAGGAAAAAUUUGCUUCUUUUGAGCAUGUUGUUGGUCUCAUAUGAAACAUGUAACACUUAACCUGCUUCCAGAAGAACAACAAUGUAAUCAAGUGUAAGAGGUGAGGGAUAAUGUCUGGUGAACCACUUCAACACAGGGUCUUUCUAAUCCCAUUGGGUUUCUAAUUAGCAUAAACACAUGUACAUUUGUAAUUUUCCUGUGUAUUACCCAGCCACCAUCUAAAGACAUAGACACAUUCUGAUUGAAGGAAGAUGGUAUUGAUUUAAAAAUGAUUUAUUGGCACAGCUUUAAUAAAACUCCCCCUGACUCCUCAGCUUGUAACACUUACAUAAUAACAUUUUUUUUAAUCUGGCUUCUUGAAGGACAAAUCAACAUGAAAGGGUACACAUUGAAACAUUAGCCUGUUUGUGUGUUAUAAUUAUUGUUCACAUUUAAAGCUUCUGCUAAAAGAGAACAGGACAGGAUUUUUACAAGGAGCAGGUGAUAUCAGCAACAAUAAAAAGGGUUACCACUUUGUCCACAGGGGGCGCCAAAGUCAACACCACACAGAGUGAGCAGGGACUCCGCAAGAAAUAUCUAUGUUGACGCUUUUGUCUUCAUUCAGCCUUCUUACUUAUUAUAGCUCUGCAGUGGCAUCUUGAAACAUGAAUGCGAGAAGUCACAACUUUGAACAUUCUUACCUUGCUAACAUAUGUUAACAUGCACAGUUAAGUCAAGCUGCGGUAAAAGCUGGAUUAGGUGAUUUAACUAGAAUACAGUCCCUGUCUCUAUUUAGAAGUAUCAGGCAAACUUUAAUAUUAUCAGAUAUGGUGGAUGGUGACAUGCCUCAUUUUGGUCAUUAUUACUUGGUUGUCUCCCGGUUGACCUUCUGUGUUAUUUAACAAACUGUUGCUACAGCGAGCGGCUAACGGGAUGAAAUGAAGAAAACAGUGUCACUUUGACAGCUCUCUAGACCUUUUGUACAAACAGUUUGACAUUUUGUCUAUUUUGUGUACUUUGAUCUUCUGCUGAGGUUGUGUUCACUACCCGGCUUCCUAUCAAUGCCAGUUUAAGUCUGAUUGACAAGUAUCUAUAUGAAAGAAAACAAACAUCCCCAACCAACUGUGUUGUCUACGACUGUAGUCUGACUAUGAGAAGUUCAGUUCAGUAGGUUUCAGUCGCACAUACUGUAUGUGUUUACAUGUAUUUGAAAGUCUAUUUGCUGAGAAUUAAUCACAGUGUCUAUGGAGUUUUUAACAAUGUAAUAUAAGCGUUUAAGCCUGUUGACUCCUCCUGGAAUUUCUCUGUUUUGUCUGUGUGUGGGAGCAGACAGUGAUUGUUUACCACUAAUGGAGGUUACAUAGACUAAAUCCAUUCUGUUAAUGUUUGCACAGUGAAGGGACACCAGAUAGCUGAGCUCAUUUGACCCCAGGCCUGCUAACCAUCUGCUCAGGCAGGCAGACAUACCCUAAUUAAUGCCUGUUUACAUCUUUUCACUUCAUUUCCUUGUUUCAGUGUGCAAAUAUUUCCCCCAGUAGGUGUAGUUUGACUGGCAUGUGUGGCCAUAAAGCUUAUUUCCUCAGCUGCUAUUUAGACUCUGUUUACGGUCGGAAACAUCACCUAAGGGGAGGCUUGAAUGAAAUGUUUUUUAGAUUGAUUUCAGAUCAUUAAAGCACCAAGACAACAAACUAACAGAGGAAAUGUGGUGCUGAAAUGACAAGUAUCCUCUCUAUGCUCUUAUAUAUCAAAGGUCAACAGACUCAAAGUUCUCCUGAAAUUGAACUUCCCCCUAUUUCAGUUCCUUUAUGAGAGUCUGUUCUUGGCAUGGGUGUGUAAGUGAGUGUGUUUGGUACACUGAGGCUCUAGUUUUGUUGCUGACACGAAAACAUUAUUUCCUAUGGAUUAAAAGAGAAAAACAGACAAGGCCAUGGUGCCAUAAUCAUCUAAAAAGUGUUGUAGGCUUCACUGGGGGAGCUUAACGCACCAGCAACUGUGGGACAGAGGGGCUUACAGGUCAGCCGUGCCUGGACAGACUGCCCCCGCCUCUGCACACAUACUAGAAAUGCAAUCUCCUUACAUAUCUGGAUUAAGGGCUUGUGUACGGUACAUUCCUGGGUUAAACACCCUCCGUCCUCCCCCAAACUCCUGUUCAUCCUACAUGAACAUACUUCAAGUGUUCUCAUCUUGUGUCGUACAAUGUGCCUGUUUUCUUUGCGAUAUUGCGUUUUUGACCCAGUUGUAGAUUGGCAGAAAACUAAACAGUCCCCUUGCAGUGCUUUUGAUCCCCCAGGACUCUCCGGGUGAGCAGGAGGGUAUAUUUGCAGCUUGGUGCCGUGUCUUUAUUGUUCUUUAAUUCACACAUUCAUUCUCCUUCCUUGUGUCCCUGGCUUGAAGCCUCAGUUGGUAAUUGAAAGGCGAGUAAUUUGUCUUUUUAAGAGUCGGAGGGGGUGACGUGGCUGCUCUGCGGACGGGGCCAGGACCCCUACCCCGCGGCCAGUUGAGAGGUUUGUUGUUGAUCUGCCAGCCAAUCCCCAGGCCCUUGAGCCCGUAUUGAUCUGGAAUGAGAGGGUGUUUGCAGCCAUGGUAACAUAUUCAAAUUAGACCACAGCUACUCCAGGGUUCUUUGGGGCUGCUGUGCUUUGGAUACAUUCAGCAAGAGAUGAUGUUUGAGGAUCACGUAGUAGAGAAAGAAGCUACUUGACAGAAAGACCCUUGGAUCUGGUCAAGAUGAAAAAGGAUGAAAGAGGCACCAUUAUUUCUCAUUAGAGGAGAUCCUUUUUAAAUGCAUUAGCUCUAAAAAUGGACGAUAUAGGACACUUGUUUGCUGCUGUUGAAUUAUUUAUUACACUGGAUGAGCUGCUUAUGCAUUCCUUAAAAGAGAAAUACAUAAGUCUCCUGUAUGAUCUUUUUGAACCAAUAGAGCUCUGCUGGCGUGCUCUGAGUGGCUGUGAUUAGUUGGUAGUACCAUGAUGUUGGCUAGCUCAAACGCAGCACUUCAAACCCUGAGACUGUUGUUCAUGCCCUGUCUGAAACCAAUACUUGGUGUUGGGAUUAAUAUUUGAACCCAUCUUAAGCUUCUCAGGAACUUUUCCAAGAUUUUUCUAUAGGUGUUGAAAUGAAAGGAAUCCUCAUUUGGAUUAUAACUAAAGUUAACUUUAGGGCUUCUGUGAACAGUGUUCGGUUUGUGUCAGUCCUGGUGCGCCCCCUGUGGACAAAGCAGUCUUUCCUGAUCUUGCUAAUCUUGCUCAUCAUGUAUUGUGAAUAUUUUAUAUGUAUGUUGUUAAAGCUGGGCUGUUUCUCUGGCUACUUGGCAGACAUAUGCCUUCUCACUCAGGUUUUAGGUCUGACUUUUGUUUGUUUAUCAUAUAAGGGCAUAAAUGUGAGCCAGUUUUAAAAAUGCCAGAAAACUCCUUACAUGAGCUUUAAUAGUGGACACAGGGCCUGAUACCCACACGUUAAAGAAGACCUAUAACAUUUUUUUAACCUUUCAUGAUGUCAGUUUGACUCCUAUAAUCUGCAAGAACCUCUAAUUUAUUUUAUACUGGUAUCCAUUUAAGUAUUGUUCAACCUCUGGCUAAAAUGCAUCAUCGUUGCUGCUUUUCCACCAAUAUAAAGUUAGACAACAAAGUUUUAGAAUAAGCAGAUUUUAGCUCUUAUUAUUGAUUUUGCUGUACUGAUGUUGUUUUACUUUGAGACUUUCUUUAUCAUGAUUUUUUUUUUUAUGUUUUAGUCUUUUAAUUUUCUAUCGAAUUUUCCCUCAGGGAUAAAUAGUGUGUCUUAUCUUCUUCUUCUUAUCUUAUGUCUGUUCUUUUUUGUCUGCCUGUUCCCAGUUGAAGCUCUCUAAGCUGCAUGUGUGUUUUUAUAAAAGAGGUUACACAAAGAAAGUUGUGUUGUAAUUUUCAGACAGACUUGUUUAAGGAUCACACCAUCAUCUGUACAUCGUGUUUUGAAGCUUUGCUCAAGUGAAGUAUAUGUAACAUUGCAGUGGUUGAAUGGUUACAUCCUAGUUUAGCCAUAUGUGGCUUCAUACAACUCAGUCUUUAUAGUUCAGAUCAAAAUACAACCAUGCAGCUUUAGCUAUGAAACACCAUUCAUCAUCUGUGCUUGUUUAUUCCCUAGUAGUAGAGCGUCAUGACAGUCGACAUAAAUCAAAGCUAUGGGGGGUACAGGAAGCUGGUGCAGCUUGGAAACAACCUGCAUUUUGGGCCAGUAAUAAGAAAAUAAUUAUAAGUUGUGAAACAGACUGGUAGUUUAGAUGCAGACUAGUAAAGAUGAUGCUGUAUGGUUGAGUCCAUGAAAAGAGAUGCACUGAUUAUGAAAAUCAGAGAUGAUACCAUUGUUUAAAAUAACAAUUCAGAUGAUACUAGGGGUGGGAAUCACUAAUGGCCCUUCGAUAAAAUAUUAUCAUGAUACUUGAUAUCAUCUCUCUGAUAUGAUAUCAUUGUGAUUUUUCACAUUUUGCAAUACAGUGAGUAUUGUGAUACAGUAUCUUGUGAUUUAGAAAUAAUUUUUCAACUGUUUGGCUAAUUUAGCAUUUGGCUUUCCUUUAUGUUUGAACUACAGUAUUUUAUUUCCAUGUAGCAAAUCUAGCAAACCUUAUAUAUAUUUGUUGUACUAACUUUCUCCUGCUCUAUGAUGUCUCCUCUGCCAACCUCACUGGACAAAUAGUUGAUUUUAUUUUUCCAUUAUCAUAGAUUUGACUUCACAUAUUGAUACUUAGUAACUGAGACGAUAUGAUAUAUCACCAGACAAAGUAUCGCAAUACUGUGCUGUAUCCCCCCCCCCCCCCCCCCCGAUGAUACUGAUGUAGUUUGCAUAACUACGUUGUCAUUCUCUGUGUCUGAUUUUUAAAUUAGCCAUGAGAUUUCGUAAAUUUAAAAAGUUCCUAGCGACUGACACAUCAGAAUUUAAAAUCAGUGUUUAGCCAGUCAGGACACAGCAAUGUAGAACUACUCAGCAGCUACAGAAAAAAAACAAAAAAACACACACCAAAUGUUUGAGCAAUUCAAAAGGUUCGUCUCAUGGACGUCACAGAUUAAUUAUUUCCUUGAUUUGUUGGAUUUAACAUUCUUAAUUAAUUUUUCCAUGAUGGGGCACUGAGGACUUUUAUAGCUUUAAGCUUCUGCUGUUGUUGCUUAGGGACAUAGAGUCAAAGGUAUUAAACAGAGCGGUGGGCGCUGACGCCAAAUCCAUUCAAAAUUGACCCAGAAUCUAAAUGGAAAAUGAUUGAAGCUGCGCAUCUGUCCUCUAAAAAGCACAUUUAUCAGGUCCUGCUUACUGUCAGUGGAGUAUAUGAAAGGAUGUACCAGUCUGUUUUAUUUGUGAAGCCAAAUCAAGAAUUGAUAAAUCUGCCCCAUUGACUCUGAAACAUGCACACCCUCUAACCCGCUGUGUCUGUAGACCUGAGACUAACACUGACAAGACACUGAUGUUAUCUGACACAGUUUUUUUUAUUACUUGUUCUGUUUACAAAGACAGUCUCUUUUUCAUCCAAGCCUUUGAGGUGGCAAUCUCUGUCUCUCAAUAUUGAUAAACCAUAAACAAACCCAUCUGAAAUAGCCCCUGCCUCCACUGUAUUUGCUUUGUUUUGCAUUCCAUCGCUGAAAUUCAAAAGCCCAGGCCCACAAACUGGACCAGUCUCAUCUCAGCUUGUCCAAACAACCUCUGAGCCCAUUUGGGCCCCGAUCCAGUGUCCCUUUGUUACCUCAAAGUAAACCCACUGACCCUGUCUGCCACCAUCCUCCAGCCUAGAGGCACGACUGCUCCAGUCCUGUCAGCAUUACUCAGCAGGAGAGGACCACCUCAUGGCUCCAGGUUACCAAGCACCCCUAGUUCCUGCCCUGAUCGGUGCCCAUUUUGUCAAUGGAGCAUGGACAGUUUGGCAGACCGUGUUGCCUUUACGUGCCAUUGCUGGUUCCGCCAAACAAUAGCACCAUUCUCACUAAUGUGGCAAGUCAUGCCCAGUGGAAAUUGAAUUGCUUUCUACACAAGCAGCCCUGUGACGAUCAAUUACCUAACCAAGACCCUUUUAUGGGUCAUUUAGAGGACGAAAGGGAACAAGACUGAGAUAUAAGAGCCUGGGAAAGUGUGGGGAAGAGGAACCAUGUACCUGGAUCUGGUCUGUUUUAAAUCAUCAGUCAAUGACUGUUGAUAGAAAUGAAGCAAAUUGACAGUCAGUUGUUGUCCCAGAUUACUUAUGAGACAAAGCAGGUACACAGUGUACUCUAUUUAAUAUUAUUACAAAAUAUCUGAAGGGUGAAACGUUGUCAUCCUGACUUGUGUGGUACCAGUAUCGACACACAGGUAGAAAUGAUGAUCCUCCAAACUGAUUUUCUUGCUGCUUUAUUUUCUUUCUUCUACUGUAUAGUGAGUAAAUAACAUGACAGUUAGCUGAAGAUGUUGACUGCAACAAAAUUAAAGAAGACAGUAAAAUAAACUCUGUAGAGAUGUGCUAGCAGCCUCAAAAUCAAAAAGAAGAAAAGAAUUAGGAAAUCUAGGGGCUCUAUUUUUGUGCCAUGCCGCCGGCGGUCUUUAUGCUGAUACAAAAGAUAAAACUGCACUGAUUUGCAAUGAUCAGACCCCAGAAAGUGAACGCUGGUAGGUUAAAGAGUGGAAAAUCAAAGCCUUCCGUGUUAAAUCACAUUGUAUCAUAGUAUCAUGUCAUGCUGUAUUGCAUCCUAUUCUAUCAUAUCAUAUUGUAACUAAUCUUAUCACAUCAAUUCAUAUCAUAUAAAAUCAAUUAAUAAUGUAUUGUGCACUGAUUGUAUUGUAUCAUAUCAUAUAAUUGUAUUAAAUCAUGUAAUUUCCUAUCAUACCAUGAUGUAUAAUGCAUAAUGAUGGCAUGGUAUGCUGGACCUUUUUGUAUUUGCAAGUCCCCUAGUAUUUCUUACCUCUAUUAUUUACAGAGGUCCAACUAAAUCUAUACAUCAGCAAACGGUUGUUAAUACUGAUUAAAAAGAUAAAACAAACAAACAAAAAAAAAAUAAAUAAAUAAAUAAAACUACUUCCUCAUUAUGGGUUAAAGAGCUCAAACAUAAACAGACUUGAGAACAGCCAUAUACAGGAACCAACAGAGCAAGAAAGCAGGACAGAAUGGAGGACAGAUAGAGAAUGCACAGAGAGUAUCAGUGAGACUUGUAAUAACAAUGCCUUUAACAAGAAGUGAAAUAUAACUGCUAAUACAGAUGAUUGAGGUUAUAACCCUCCAUUAUUAAAACAGUCUCCUGUUCCCGUUACAGGGGCAGCAGGCUUCUGUGGUUUCACAGGCCUGUUGCCUCUCAAAGUAGACAGUAAAUCCCUCAUGUUAAGUUUACAUGUAAAUCAGGAGGUGGCAGUUUGUCUGGAGUUCAGUAUGUGGUCAUGUUUUCAGACCUGUGGCCAGCUGAUGAUGCAGUUCAUUUCUCUAAAGAGCCCGGACAUGUGACUGGGCAGUAUAGAUGACAAGGCAGCCCUCUCUCUGGCAGGGACAGUGCUCAACAAUGGCUUUACAGUGGCUGCUCUGCUGCUGGAACUUUUCUCCGGACGGGUACAGAGAGGGACGGGGGGCACAGAGAGGGUAGAGCUGGCUGGAUUGGCGGUCUCUGGGUAGUGGGCUGAACGACCCAUGACCUGCAGGAAUGGGACACAAUGGGCCUUUCUGUCACUGCAACUCCUGCCUCGCUACACCCAAACACCCUGAGUCAUGGUAUGUAGGUUAAUAAGUAGAUGGGCCAGACAUUUAAAUCUGCCCUUUAAUUCUGUAAAGCAUGGUGGACUGGACCUCUGUCACGUGUCAGCUGGCCCGGACACUACAAGGCUGUUGUCAUUAUCAUUAACCUAUAAUGAUCAAUCAAUUCGUAUGGCCCAAAUCAUAUCCAGUGACAACAGAAGAAAACAUCAAAUCCUCACAUUUACUUUGACCUGACAUGACUAAUAUGUUAUUCCCAUCAAUGAGUAUCUGUCAAAUGAAUACCAGCCAAUAAAUUGAUUAAACAUGACAAAGUGAGGCCACAGACCUUGACAAACGAUCCCUGAUUUGACUUGGUUAUGCAAGGACAUAGCCUUGAGUCUUUGUAUGGAUACAUGUCGAUAUAAGAGCAACUGUCUGUCAUGUCAUUGAUUGAACAUAGAGAAGGUUGUGUUCAGUUUAAAGGGUUUUAAUGUAAAGGCAUUUGACAUAUUAUUAAUGUCUGAUUAAAGUUGGAAUGGAUGUCCAGAAAAAUCAAAGGAUUACGUUUCUACUUAUUUUGAUGAGAUUGGAGUACAAUAUAUUAAAUCCUGCAUCUUUAUAUCCAUAUUUACAUUUUCCUUUUUGCUGGUUGGAGCAUGACUGUAUUUCUGAAUAGGACAAAACUUUUUAAUCAGCGUUAGCCUCUUUCCCCGGUUUUUUAAUCACCGGGUCUGUUUGUUUUGGAGAGGAGGAGACCUCUGGAUAAUCCAGCUCACUGUAAAUCCUUGUGAAUAAUGAACACUGAGGGGUCAUUUUGAGACUCGCUUUGUAAAGUUUUACAUCCUGACCUGCUUUUGAAUGGCUCCUAGAAAGUGCACAGACGGUAAAUUGGUCUUAUGCAAGUUGUCAGAAAAUUGGACACUGAGAGUCAGAAUUAUCUUUCUAUUCACCUCUCUUGUUGAAGUUUCCAUGUAUAGCUGUUCAAGCAUCACACCAAAAUCCUUAUCACAACUAAUAACUGCUAAUAUUUCCACAGAUCAUCCAUGAAUAAUAGCUUGAAUUUGCAUCCUUAGGCCAUGUACACACGUAGCUGGGUAUUUUUAACAAAUAUCCACCCCCCUGCAUUUAAAAAAAAAAAAAGUCAUGUACACACAUCAUUGUUUUUCAAUAAAAUUCCAUCCACACAUAACCGCAUAAGUUGGAGUUGGUAGCAUUUGCCAAAAAGGUUAGAUCCAUUCCAUCCAUUCAAUGCAAGCUUCCCUCUCUCGUCAUCACCAAACAUGAAACAUAGUGUUGUGUAGUUCUUUCGUGUGGAUUAACAAAGAGAUGGAAGCGCUUUUAUGGAUUGUUUUGGAGUAUAAAGUCAACAAGACACUUGAAAGGUUGAGGAAGCAUUAUUUGGUGUAGAAUAACCGACUGUAAAGCUCUCCUUCUCCUUUGCUCCUCACAAAAAUAUAUAUUCUGUAUAUAUCUGUGCCGUCUACUGACAUAAACAAUGGCAACAAUGUCAUAAUUCAAGAUGGCAGUGCAGUACAUCAACUGUAAAGCUCUUGUAAUACAACAUUUAUUAGCACUACUGUUUUGUUUUUGUGAAAUUAAAUAAGUGGUAUGUUGUAUCGCCCAGUGUCUGUGAACACGGUGCUUUGGUGUUUGUAUGGGUGAAAUAUCGUAUUUUGUGCUGUUUACAACUGGUGUAGCUAACAACAUCGAACAACAGCUGACAACAGUUGACAACUGCUAACAACUAGCGAUUGCAGACAAUUGUAAACAACAGCUAACAAUGCCUAAUGUCGGCAUCCAUCUUGGUUUUCUGACUCGGUAACUGAAAAGUUCCCAGUUCCGAUAACCAACUUCCGAGGUAACUGGAGCACAGCGUAUGUCCACCAAAAGCACUGUUUUUUGACGUAUUCGCGGCUUUGUGUGGAGGACAGGCCGAAUCGCACAAAAUAUAUUCAUUUUAGCAGAUACCCGGCUACGUGUGUACAUGGCCUAAGCUUGAUGAAAUGAAAUACUAUGCAGCAGCAUCUGGCCGUGGUGCUUCUCGUGUUUUCUUGCCUGCUGUCGGCACUUUGGCAGCACUUAUUUUCACUCACAUGGAAGCAUGGUCAUGUUUUCAGGAGCAAGAGGUGACGUUUGACUGCUCUCAUUUAUAGCUCAGUGUCGUGUCAAGGUUUUUAAGUGGCAAACCAACAGUUCCUGGAGUUUCAUUGCUGAAAGGCAACAUGUUGCACCAUUUAUUUGCAGUAGCCGGUAUUAAAAUAAUGAGUCUGGUUUAUUUGUAACAAGACAGAUACAUUGAUCCUAAACGACACCCCUUUGUUUCUAUGCUGUUGUUUAAUCGCUGCAUACAUUUUAACAGCACCGUGCAUCCCACAUGAAUUGCUCUGCCAGGUUUUAACCAGCAUUAAUUUGCUUUUCUGUUUAAAUGUCUGAGGCCUACUAGGAGAGAAACCAGUCUGGUGGUGAAUAUGUGGUUCUGAAGUCUCCCCCUGUUCAUGUUUGAGGCAGAGGAAUAGAUUGAGUUGUUCAAACCUCCUGCUGUGCUUUUGGUUUUAUCUCCCCGCUCAGGUAAUUCCAUUUUCUCUUUGUGGAUGUGCUUUCUCUCUCAGCGGGGGGCUCUGCUGUCAGUCUCUCUCAGUGCAGAUGUGCUGUUUACUGUCUGCAGGCUCCCAAAACAACCAGCUCCCUCUAUCUAACCCCAACACAGACCUUCUUCUUCUUCUUUUCAUGCCCCCGUCUUCUUUAAGCACUGUUCUCACAAUUCCUUGUUAAUGCAAACUGAUUCCUUUCCAACUAAACCUACCCUGGUGUUAAAACAGAUAUUAAGUGUUUAAGCUCUUGGAAAAUUGUGAUUAUGGAAACCAGGCCAUCCCACAAGUCAGAAACUUUUAAUUAAGAGUUUGAAAGAGGCCCAGUAAAUAUGCAUUUUUCAGUUCAAUCGCUUUGAAAUAAGGUUUUGCAGAGCGCUGCUGGAGAAACAGCAAUUAAAUCCUCUUCUCCAAAACAGGCAGAUAUUAUAAUGAAAGCCAAGCUUAGCCGCCUCUAGCUUGUUUGAAGGUUCUCAGUGAGUUUUUAAGGGUGGGAUUUCGGACAGGGUGAACAGGGUUUUCCACAAAUAUCCCCCCUUUUCCCCCAAACAAACACCCAAAACUAAAAGUACCAACCCUCAGAGGAUGGACUGCAUGUGAUCUUGUGGUUAAUUAAGAAUUUAUUGUAAGUGUGUAAACUAACAAGUACUCACUUUGAGGCAGGGAUGCAGGUUUCAGAGUCAGAUUGACAAAACAGUUAAAAAAGACAAGAAUAUUUACACAACAUGCCUGUGCAGUCUGCACAACAAAGUUUUCCUUAUUCCCCAUGCAGAAGUUUGUGGAUGAAGUCAUAAUGAUAAUAACAGACAAAAAGCUUCACUAUGAACUAAUUCAAACAUUAAUUGCACUGUGUUGGUCUUCUCUAUCUCCAAGCUGCUUGUUAAAGAGACUUCACUCCCCUUAUAAAAACACUGCAGUUGCAGAGCAGGAACAAUAAGUAUGCAUAAGUCCAAAAAUGCAAGCAUUGAGGGAAAUGAGAGAAUUUAAUCCAGUGAGACACAGGACUCUCAGUAUAAAGGCUUCAUUUGACUCUCAGAGCACGUAGCUGGAUACCUGACACACAAACACAAACAAAUGACAGAUUAUUAGGUUGAUUCCUGAAUUAAAGCUCCUGUAAGUUUUUUUUUCUUUUAUGUGGUAGACUUAAAUUGAAGGGAAUGUCUCCUGUGAUAUCAAAAAAUAAACAAGACCAACCAUUUUUAUAGUAUGUUUUUUAAUGCCUGAAAUCAGCGGAGUAGGGUAGGUGUCAGGUGAGCAGCUAAAAGAACAGAUUUUACGAUGUCAACAUAAGAUAAUCACAAUAAAUGUCCAUUUGACUGUCAGAAGUCAGCAGGAUGAGAUUCUUUGUUGGACUCUAUUUAAGCGAGCUAAAAUUGACACAAACAAAAAGUUCCUCACAGGAGCUUUAAGUUCAAGUCCUAUGGAAUUUGAAGGAGGUCUGUAACGCUGAUCCAGAUUUAAAUACAUAUACUGUAACAAUGUUGGAUGUCCACUUUAAAACCAAAGUUCCAUAUUGGGAGCUAUAAAGGUGGUGGCACUCAUCUUUGUUUAAUGUAAUUUAAAGUUAGUUUUAUUGUAAUUUAAAGUUCUUCUUGUUCUUAUUCUUAAUGAGGCUUUUUAAGGCUUUGUAACAUGAUGAUAGUGGACAACUCUUUUACCCAGAUGCAUGAAGAGGCAUUUUGAUUUGUUUGAAUGAUGGCUGAGAACUGUAAAGAAAAUGUAUGGGAAACUCUGAGCAUUGACAUCCUAUGGGUAAAACCCAGGACUGAUAUAUGAGUUCAGUGCAAAGCUGAACCCAACAGUUUCUCACUGAAUUGGAAAAUCUGAUUAAACAGAAGGCCUCAGGGUCCUCAGAGCAUCUUCUUUUGACAGAGAGAUGCUUUACUUAGCAACAAGAUGAUAGAUCAUAGCAACCAGGCCUUAGUUUGCUUGAAUAAAUUUGAGCCUGUUUGAGUGGCAGGCUGCACUUAUUUCUGAAAGUACAGCAUCUUCCGGACCGUCUUCAGAGAAACUCGUCGUCUGUCACCUGAUGCUGAGGCACACUUCCUGUGUCUGUCAGUGUUUUGAGUUUGGUCAUAUGUGCGCACUUGUGUUGGUGUGUGUUUUAUGAAAGGGUUACUGGUUUGGGGAGGAAGUUCCCAUAUACCUUGCGGGUUCUUGAGUCCACAUCGCCCCUUAGCGCUCAGUUUCACCACAGAUUUCAGAGGAUGGCCUAAAUUACUCAACCUGUGUUUACAGGCUGAUAUGAACUCCAACACACAUGUUCUCAUUUCUCCUGCAUACAUGCACUGAAGUAACCCACUUAGGGUUUAAAGGUCACAUUGGGGUGUGACAGCAGAAGAGCAGAGAGGUGGAGAUGUGUGAAAAUAUGCCACUUGGAGCUGCAGGGCGGCAGGGUGCCGUUAUCUGGGUCACAUUCUGGAGAGGAGGAUCAUUAAAUUCGGAGCGUUAGACAUCAGCUACAUAAGAUCAAACCCUCUGUAUGUUUGCAUAUGUAUGACUUAAACACAACAACACAGCUAAGAGUAAGCUAUACACUUACUGACACACACACAACUUUCACCAUCCUCUUCCGUCUCACCACGCCGUACCUACAGCAGGAACGACAUUGUGCGAUAAAAGCGCUCCUCGCCGUGUGUUUGAUUUUCAAUUAACCUGAUUCUCCGGGGUUAAUACCCUGAUGCGCCUCAAUCAGCCUGCUCAGCGGCUCCGAGGCAAUCCCACUCCGUUCUUAGCAGAAAUGAGUCAUCAGCUGGUGAAGGCAUGCAGACACACUCGUCUUUGUCUCUGCUGAGGGCCUUUUGUGGAGAAAUUAUGCAGAAAGUAAUGCAAAGAGGAGGAAAAUUUCAGACUUGGCUUUUAACUGGAAUCAGACAUGAGCCCCUUUCACACAUGCACUGCCUCCUAAAAUUCCCCUUUAUUGUCUGAUGGAGGUGCGUGGCUGAAUGCUAAUAUCCAACCUGACUUGACACCGACUAUUCCUGCCGGGUCGAAGCAGGUCAAAGUCUCGAAAAUUCAUGUCAAGCAAAUGAUAUGGAGGAAAAAAUCUUAGUUUGUAGGCUUUCUUUUCUUUGCCGCUGGCCUCAAUCAUCUGUGCUUUGUUUAUUUCUGUUGAGUUCAUAUUGCAGAAUUAUUAUUUACUGUACGUGUUGUACUCAUGUGAAGACAUUAAAGGUGCUGUGAGGAGCUUUAAGUCUCUAUUGACUUUGGCGCCCCCUGUGGACAAAAUGGUAACUCCUAUUAUUGAUGAUUUUGUCUGAAAGUGAGUCUUGAAUAUUUUGCUGUGGGUAAAGUAACUACAGCUGUUUUUUUUAGCGUACCUACCCCCUCACAGCACUUAUAGGCAUUAAAAAUUAUAGUAUAGACAUUGUCAAUUUUAUCAUCAUUAGCUUUUGUACAUCAUAGAGUUGCAUUAUUGUUCAUUUCAGCCCAUUUCAUAGCUGAUUAAAAACUCCUUACAGAAGCUUUAAGCUUGAAAAGCUCUGCCUGCUACUCCUCCACGUUUUACCUGCUGCUCUCGAUCACCUGAACCAAAUGCAGUACUCUUGUUGGUGCAUGCGUAGAAGGCAAGUUCCUGCAGUUAUCCAGGUCUGGAUGUCCUGAAAUUCUCUGGAAAUUUACUUAUUAUUUUCUAAAAAUUGUUAAACUGCAUUUCUUUUGUUAUUUCUGGGGUUUGGGGGAGAAUUUACAGCAAAAUACUGUAGUCCUGACCCGCUUGUUAAAAUUAUGGAUAUGCUGGCACUGAAUACUGAUUAUUUUUAAUUGGAUAUAAUACAGCCCUCAAAACAGAUUUUCAUCCCAGUUUAACUCAGUGCGUCACUACUUCAUGACUCAACAUAUGAAUGACGGGGACAUGAGUGUAAGUCCAUUGGCUGCAGCAGAAUUUGACUGUUCGUGUGGCAUUCGUUCCAGCAGUGUCUGAGUUCACUCCAUCCUCUCAGCAGAAUUAAAACUCAGCAGACACAAACUCUCUCACUGAGUCUUUCUCUCACCUGACUCACCACAAUGAAACUGUGACGUUCCCAUGACAGAAAAAUCCUCCCACCAAUCUGCCGCCCCGCUAACGAGGCAGAUAAUGGCUGUAAUCUGUCAUCAUCCUCAUCUAUUUUGGCUGACCUUUCCAUUGACAGGCUGAGGGUGAACGCUGGGAUCAGCUGUGAUCACUUUGUUUUUUCACACAGCUGGCAGCAAACUCGCCACAUCUCCAAAAUCUAAUCACACUAAUCUUCUUCCUAACAUGCAACAAUGGAGAGGAAACACGCUGGAUUCUGGAGAUUGGAUGAUUGCAGUUUGUUGGAUGUUGUUGCCGCACAAUUGAGCUGUUUUUUGUUUAUUUGUUUGGGCUUUUGAGAUGAUUUUGACUUGUUUUUUGUUAUAUUCAGAAGAGUUUUUGUGCUAUCUUGACAGUGUGUAGCUGGAGCGUGUGAACCGCAGACUUUACGACCCCAGGAGCAUGAACUCCGACCUUUUAUGGCCUGCUGGGUGAGCUCUGAGUGUGGCCACCCGUCAAGCAAUCCACUCUGUCUGGGCCCCUUUCAUUCUCUUCAUCUGCUCUAUAUAUUCUGUCUUUCUUUCUCCCCCCUUCUCUCUUUCUCUCUCUCUCUUUCACUCAGGUCAUUCAGCUAAUGAGUGCUCCUAUUUAAGGCAAGGACCAGAGCCCUAAAUAGAUCUCCUAAGAUCCUUUAAUCGGCCGCUGAGGCCUCUUCUGUUCUCUGUGACGACAGUAUAGAUGCAGUGAGUCAUACAGUAGUUACAGUAGCCACCACCUGCUACGUACCCUCAUUCACUUACCUGUCUGGGACCCCCUUCAGCCCCAGCUGGACCUCUUUCUCUCUUUUGGGGACCAUGUUUUCCUACCUGAGGAGCCCACACUACAUUGUGAGUAGCCGUCUUUGUCUGAGUGAAUGUGACUGGAGGUGUUAAGGCUUAGGCUGCUUGGCUGAGGGCAGAAGUAGAGCAGGUGUUAGUGGGUCUUUGUUCUUACUGCGGCCUCUGAUAGUGACUGCAGUAUUGCGCUUAGAUACUGUGUUUUUGAUUGAACAGCCUGAAUACCAUGAGGGUGUUGUUUGAUGACAGCCAGUGGUGGAAGUUUUCUUAAUGCUUUGCUUUAAAGGAAGUUUGGCACCGAGAAUAUUCCUGAAGUUUUCCAAAGUGAUGAACUCAGACAUCCUGAUUUAUCCAGCAAACAGCCCAAAAGCACAAGACACUUAAUUUACUGUCAAACAUGACAAAUGUUAAAAGGCUGUGUUAUGGUUUGGAAGUUUUAUUAACUCUUGAAAGACAUCACUUGUUAGAUCAUAGUUAACAUGCUGCUCCUUUGUGCUGACUGCACAAAGUAGUUUCUAUGAUGUACAGAUAAGACUGCUUAUAUAAAAGUAGUAACUUUGUAUGCAUGUGUAUUUUGCUCUCACCCUGACAGUAAUUUUCAAAGUAUAUAUAAAAAAUCUCAGAGUGUAGCUUUGCCUCUGUUUUGGCAAUGUAUGAAGAUAUAUUGAACUGUCAUUCCUCAGUUUGUAUACUUUUCUUAUAAUGUUAGAUACUCAUUAAUACACUGUGGAUGAUACCGCAAUAUAUUAGUUCUCAGGAUUAAUUUAAACCAGACAAGUGCAGAGUAUUGUUGUGAUAAACAGUGAAGAUAUUUUAAUAAGAUUGUUAAACAAUUAUUUGGAUCUGUAAGGUUAUUUUUGGUGAUUUUUAAAGGACACAUACACCCAUUAAAUAUGACUGAAAUAGCACUAAAGGAAACUUUCUUGUAGUCAGACUAAUACAUUUAAAUAAUUAGGGGUGGGAAAGAGAAUCGAUACAGCAUAUUAUCGUGAUAUUUUGUCUAGAGAUGUAUCGUAUCGUCUCAUAUACAGUACAGGCCAAAAGUUUGGACACACCUUCUCAUUCAGUGCUUUUUCUUUAUUCUCAUUACGAUUUAAAUUGUAGAUUCUCAGUGAAGGCAUCAAAACUGUGAAUGAACACAUGUGGGAUCAUGUGCUUAAGAAAAAAAUGUGAAAUAACUGAAAACGUAUUAUAUUUUAGAUUCCUCAAAGUAGUCACCCUUUGCUUUUUUGAUAGCACUGCAAACUUUUGCUGUUCUCUCAAUGAGCUUCAUGAGGUAGCUUCAAGGUGUGCCUUGCAGGGUUACUUCGUGACAGACAGAGUCAGUCACUAGGUACUUCUGUCAUCAAGAGCAAAGGGUGGCUAUUUUAAAGAAACUAGAAUAUAAAACAUGUUUUCAGUUAUUUCACACAGUACAAAAUUCCACGUGUUCAUUCAUAGUUUUGAUGCCUUCAGUGAUAAUCUAAAAUGUAAAUAGUCAUAUAAAAAAAUAGGUGUGUCCAAACUUUUGGCCUGUACUAUACCAAGUAUCGAUUUUCCAAAUUAAUCGCUUAUAUGAACAUAAGUUCAUAUAAUGGAAAAAUAAAAUCAACAGUUUGUCCAGUGAGGUUUGCAGAGGUGAUGUAAUAGAGCAGGAGAAAGUUAGUAUAGCAAAGAUAUAAAAGGUUUGCAUGAUGUGCUACAUGAAAAUGAAAUACAGCAUAAAUAAGACAAACAUAAAGGUCCUACAGACAGUUGAAAAAAUUGUAUAAAUCACAAUAUAUUGUAUCGCAAUACUCACUGUAUUGCAAAAUGUUGAAAAUCACAAUAACAUCAUACUGUCGCCCAAGUAUCAUAAUAAUAUUGUAUCGUGGGGCCACUAGUGAUUCCCACCCCUAUAAAUAAUACAGUGUCAUCAGCAAUUUGAAUGAUGUGUACAGUCAUGUCUUUCUGCACCACCAGCUCUGUGGCAGUGACUUCAAAUUAACAGAAAACUCCCCAUCUUCUUUUGCGAGUGAUCCUCACAACACUUCAUUGUAUGUACAGGAGUUAAGACUGGGUGUAUAGGGCCUUUGGUUUUGUCAGCCAUCUCUACAAACUCCCACUAUGUCAACAAACACCAGGGUGAGCAGGAACACUUAUUCUUAAAAUCUGUGCCUAUUAAUCAAGUGUUUAGGGGGGAAUCUGACAGAAGCACUGCUCGUGCAAGUUUACAUUUUUAAGAUCGUGACACACAGAGAUGGACUCUGCAUGCACAGCUGUUAGUUUUGGAGACUUAAUUUUGCAUUGGUUCGAAUACAUUGACCUCUGAGGUUGAGUGUUACGCAACAGUUACUGGUUUAAUGGCUGUUUCCAGUUUCUUCUUCCAGCAUCUAAGGAAGUCCAUGACUGACUCAUACAGAGGGAGUAAAAAGAGGCCCUGACCUUCACUUAACUGCAGGGCAAAUGCAGUUCAGCUGGAACGCCUCGCUGAUGAGGAUGGAGUCUGUCAGUGAACAGAGCUGAUAUUGUGAGAAGUGACAGAAGCUCCAGGUUGUGUGUUCGCUCAUGUCAGUGCACAAAGGUGAUUGUAUCCACGCUUAGAGCUUUUCCUGGAUGUUGAAUAGGUGAAAGGAUCUUUUUCCCUCAGCUGUAACACACCUGCCCACCUUAAAAAGUAAAGACUGAAUGAUUUAAGCUAUGUUAGCUCCGCCUCCCUAAUCACCGUGGUAACACAGCUGUCAAAUCUACCUACUGUGACUUCUUUAUUCUCUAUAGCUCUGGUAUUUUUGUCUUUCUCUUUGUGCCCUUUUCCACCCGUGUGAAUCUCUACUCCUUUCUUCAACCCUCCUCCUCCUCCUUCUGCUCCUGUUGUUGUUGUUGUCAGCUGCUCUGACUGAAGGCUGACUGACCAUUGUUUUCCUCUGUACCAAGAGCCCUUGUGUCCCGCGCCAUCUCUGCACUUCAUGUGGUAGAGCAUCAAUAGACCUCAGGCCUUCUGCCGCCAGGCCCCCUGAGUCUGCUCCAUCACGCCUGUUGACCUCAGAUCUGACAGGCGGUCGGGAAUCAAGUAAAUGAAAGCCUGGUUUAACAGGUCACUUCACCUGAAGACCAAUUAAACAUGUCCUCUUACCUGGACUUCUGGAGAAUAACAUAAACCUUAACAGCUCUCUGUAGGGUGACAUAAGAGGGCCGUGUAGUUUUGAGAUGUAAAUGUAUUUUCUAAUAAGUCGUGUUUGGACCAAAACUAGAACUUCUUUUUAAUAAUUUGUUUCCUGUGUUGGGGAUACCAGACUUAUGCUUUGAGCCUCACUACAGCUGAAUAAACCCCAAACAUACAGAUUUAGUUUUGAUUUCAUACAACCAAAUUCCAAAAACCACUGAGCACUGUGUAAAAUAUGGAUAAAGACAUUUUUUGAUAGUUUGGGAAUCAUUUUAAACAUUUCAUUGAGAAUAGUGCAAAGGCAACAUAUUUAUUUUUGAACUGGAUAAUCUCAUGAAUUCUCUUAUUUUAAAUCCAAUAUUAGCAGCGUGUUUCAUAGAAGUGAAGACUGAUUCAUCAGCACCUUUGACCAUUGCGUUUACAGUUUUUGGGAGAGAUUUUACACUCAUACAGUGAUUUUCACUCCAGUCAAGCCUGUUUAAUGCAGCACUGCCUGUCAUAGCCAUUCAGUAUUGUAUGUUUGUUUAAAAAUUUUAUAGUCUUAAUUUAACACUGUGAAAAUUUAACAUAACAUUUCAUAAAAUAACAACAAAGUAAUUUGAUAUUACAUGAGUCAUCACAUAACAACAGAGUGACUAGAAACAUGAACACUAACAAACAACAGAUGAAGAAAUAGGAAUGGAGACUAGACCAAGAAAAAAAAAUGAACAUUUAAUGGACAAAGGUAAUUCUGAAACUGUUGAACUGUUAGCUUAUGCAGUCUCUCACAGUCAUGUAACUGUCUGGUUAUAACUGACUAUUGAAAUGAUGAGUCAACUAAUCCAAUGAUUACAUGCCUUCUCCUUAAAUGUUCAUGCAUCACUGACGUGUUGCCAUGAUAUGCAAGAUCUGCAAACCUUGCAAGUUUUUUUUUAUUUUUUUUAUCCACCUUGUCUGGGCUAAAGUGCUCCCAAACUUAGGAGCUUUUUAAGCACAUACUCGUAACUGCUGUAUUGGACACCAGCGCCGCCAUAUUUUAAUACCCUACCGCUUGGCGGAGACGCUAUUGUGCAUGUGUGACUCUAUGCAGAGAUCGUAAUGAAGUAAGAUGCCUCUUUCCAUCGAAAAAAGAAACAGCCCUACUCACAGCUUCAUAAUAUUUUGAAGACUGUCUUACCUGUAUAUUUGCCGUUAGAAAUACAUGGCUUAUAUUCAGGGUUUGAUUUUAAUUCAAAGACUGGGAAACUCAUCAACAGUCAAAAGCUGUACUCAGUAGAUGAGCAAUGUUUUCCUCUACCACAUAUGCUGUUCAGUUUCUACAUUUGAUAUGUUGUUUUGUGCUACUUUCCAUUAAAUACAAAGUAAAAUCAUUUGUAACAGAUUCUGCUUUUUUUCAACAUUUUUCACAGCGUACUCAACAGUUUAGGGAUGGAGGUGGUACAGUUAAGAGGUUGAAAGGAUGCUGAAAUAAAUGUGCUCAUGCUUUGUCAGACCUGUCUGCAAGACACAAGUGGAAAUACUCAGAGUAUUUGUUGCUUAAUGAAAUGGUUGGUUCGAACAGUGCUCACAAGCUGUACAAGUCUGUGCAUAAAAUGGUCAAAAUUUGCAUCUAAAUGUAAGCCUGUUUUUGCAUAGACUGUUAUUUAAUCAUCCAAAAGAAAACCCUCAGUUUUGGACUGAGCGCCUUUUUUGCUAGUUUGACUGCCAACUCUUGUUUUUAUUCUCUAACAUAUCAGCCAAGAACUCUCUUGCUGAAUGUCACUAAAUGGAGCAUUUUUUAGCUCCUAUAAAACUUAACAUGCAUCAACCUCAUAAUCACAUAUACUUCCAGUUUGGGGUCCAUUUAAACAGCAUUAUUUACAGUCUCAGCUCUACUGUUUAAGUCCACCGCUGGGUGCAAACAGCUUUUUUUUGUAAGUUUAACAAUUCAAAAUAUUCUGUUUUUUCUUUCCCAGGAAGGAAAGAGUCAGUUUGGUCUUAGCAGCAGCAGAAGUGACUGAUGUAAACUGAAGGGAGUUCUUCAGAGAGACCUUGCUUUGGUUUUCAGUCCUCAACUGAAACCUUAACAAUAGUCAGCUCCACCAGAGUGUUUUUGAGCUACUGUCACUACUCGUGGACUCUAAACUUUGACCCUAAAAACACAUUUUCUCAGUAAAAGUACAUUUUAUCAUCUCAUUUAUGAAACUUGAUUGACAUAUUUCGAUCUAUCAUGUGAUCAGCGUGUUAUCAGCACAUGUGAAGGCCUUGGUAAUCUGAGGAACAUUUAUCAGUGUGAGGAAAUGUUGCAGAGCGUCCCUGUUAUCUAACAUGUUGAUGUCUCAGCUCUGCAGCCGUUGACUCUUGAUAUAUUUGACAUUUCCACUGUGCAGACAGUAACUGGAUCUGUUUUUGUCACAGUCUCAGCUUGAUGUGCUGCUGAUGUGUCAGCAGGAGGGAGGAUAAAGGGAGGAAGUUUAAACACUCUUCAUCAGAAUCAAAUGACCGACAUGUUCUUGUUUCAUUUUGAUCAUUUGGUUGUUUGUCUUUUCUUCUGCAUUUACAUUCAAGUUGAAACUGAUUCCUGAUUCUAUAUCAGCAGUACCUCUUCAUGUCAUGUUGUCAUACUGGCAGCAGUAGUGCACAUCACAUCCUGUUAUCCUCCUCUAAGCUCUUAGCCACGAAUGAUAAUGAAGGCAUUGAGAUUUAUUGACAAUGGCGACAUGUUUUAACAGUGAAGAAGUUAAAAGCUCAACAUGAGGACCAAACUAAUGCGGGCAAUCUGAUUGUUCUGACCCAUAAUCCACUAAAACAUAAAGUACCAGUGGUCCUUGUUUCCUGUGUAAAUGGCUUUUGCAUCGUCACGAUGAAGCUUAUCUGCUCUCGUGGUUUCAUUGGACACAUGAAUGAGGACUGUUGUUCAUAUGUGUGUUGAAGAAACAUGUGAACCUGCUUGACUCUCCUCUUAAAGCCACAAAGAAGCUGCAGAAGUCUAAUCAGUGCUUCAAACAGCAGAGGUUUUGCAGAGAUUAUAAGCAGAAAAGGAGAAUGUUUCAGCUUUUGAGCUUCAGAGAGGAGAUAUUGAAAAUGAGAAUGUGCCGGUUAGGUCUGGAGAAAUGACAACACAUCGCAGAUUUAAAAUGAACACUAUAAUCGAAGCAUUGGCAACUGUUAUUUUUGUCCAAGUGUAGUUUUAGGGACAUGCACACCUGGUCUAUCAAUCUAUCACUUUGCUUUUCAGCACUACCAGCUGAUUGAACAAAUCAAAAGUAGUUUAAUCUUAUAUUAGGUCUGAUUAUUGCUCCCAUUAUGUACAAAAAUAUUCAGCCUUAUGUCUUAAAUGUUGUCAUCCUCACAGCCCUCAUACUGCCGUACAACUUCAAUGCCACUAGCAGCUGCUGUUUCUCCAGAUAGUGUUGACUCUGCCAUGCAGCAGUAAUGCUCUACUACCCAGAUGUAAACAAGCACAGAUGAAGGAUGGCAUUUUAUAAUGUGGCAUGCUUUUGCAGUAUUUUCAUUAGGAGUGUGACAAAAUAUCGAUAUGAGCAGGAUGUUUAUGAGCAGUUAAAUAUCCUGCUCAUAACUAUCAAGAUAUUUAACAUAGUGAUGGAUUAUCGAUGCCUGUUCGCCACAUAUCGAUUGUUUAUAUUAUCAUUAAACUAUAUACACAAUACACUUUCAUUGUUUCUCUUUGGUGAUUCGAGUCUGCAUUUAACAUGUCAUCCAGGGGGCGCUCCUCUCGCGAGUGAAUAUUGCAAACUAUGAAAUUUAUUUUACUGUUUGUUUUUCUUUCAGCCUUCUAAAUACACAGAUAUAUCAUAGGUUACCAGGAGCAAUGUAUCGAUAAACAUUAUCCCCACAUCAAGGUAUUAAUGUUAUCAUGAGCCAUGUAUCAUGUAUCGUAUCGUGAGGUACCCUGAGAUUCCCAGCCCUAAUUUUCAUGUAGAAAUUAAUAUAAGCUAAAUCUGGUUCUCUGGUAUGACCUCUCAUUGUAAUGUAUAACCAUCACAGGCAUGUGGAUGUUGAGCUGCAAGGAGAACUGAAGGCUAGUGGUGCAGAUUCUGUAAUGCUGUGUUCAGUCCAGUUAAAGAAAUUGUUUUUUGAGUUGUUUUCUUACUCUUAGACUGGUUUCUUAGUUAGCAUUUAAAUUUCUGUUUCAGUUGCUAAAAAAAUUGUCAUUUUGCAACAUUUCUGAUCCACUCUACAGGUCCUGUCUGACUUGGCAGUGUCCUGCUAAGUCUCCCCCUACUCCCUCACCCCUCCAGUCUGACCAGCCAUUCAGCACCCAGGGGAGGGAGCUGGCCUAAUUAGCCUGAACCAAUCGCAGUGGAGUCAUGGAGCAGGAUUAGACAUUCACCGGGGGCUUAGCUUUUAGCUGUCAGCCACAGAGGAAUGUUUCUAAGUCUUUGCUUCAGCCCCUCUGACAGAAAAUGCUGAGACAUGAUACUGUGGCGGUAAAAUAAAGUCCUUUAAAAACAGUGUUUUUGUCGACUUUUGGUGGUGUAGGACAGGCAGGAACCUUCUGUGACAUAAGUAGCUCUUUCAUAUACCAAGAUGUAUUUCACAUACUGAAGAAAAGCUGUCCUGAUAAUCUGCACCGAGUCUCAUCAACACUGCAGUGAGACUCAAAUGUGUAAAUGUAAUGGUGUCAGCACAGAACAGAGCUGGUGUUUGUUUUGGCCCUGCAGUGGGAGAAAAGCCGGUGGCAGCAGGUUUGCACACAGAGAGUGUUGUACAGCGAGGACCACUGGAAAUGAGUAAUAAGAGAGACAUUUGGCAGCACAGCUUCCAUUAAAGAAAUUGGAUUUUUCUUCGGCAUGUCGUCAAUAUUUUUUUCCCCUCGAACCUGUCCGUGACUAAACAGAACAAAGUGAUGCUGUCAGAGCACUGGCAGGUCGUUUGACUUCUGCAGCCAGAAUUCAUUUAUCGGGCCCUUCCCGCUCAGUGCUCUCUCAGGAGUGUACGCACAAUCCAUCACAUCCUGUUCUGCUUUUUUAUUGGAUGGUUGUGUGGGUAACAGAUUGCAGCGCCGCUCUGUCAUCCAGUCCCACUCGCCUGGAUGUCCGUCUCACACUUUGAUCACAGAGCACAGAUUGUUGUGCAGCUUUUGGAGAAGAAAUGUGAGAGCAGGGUGGUCAGGAGAGAAAGGGAGAGAGCCGAGCCAGGAGGCAGCAGACUGCACAGACUGCUGGGGGUCUAGAAGUCACUUCUGCUGUGUGGAGCUCUGGCCUUUGACCCCUCUUCAGAGAACUGUAGGAGUCUGCAUAGCAUGGCAUGCACAUGUGCACAUGCAGUCUCUUUGUCUGUGUCACAGCCUUUCACCCACACACCCUGUGUUUCAUUCAGUGCGUCUCACAGGAUGGAGCUUUUCACACCAGCUCUGAGUGGUUGACUUGGUGACAAAUUUUUUUUUUUUAUGGUACUGCUGUGAUAAGUCAAAGCAGUCAUGGGUGAAGAGUAAAGCAAAGAAAUGUUCUGCAUUAAGUCAAGUCAAGGAAAUAUUGACUUGCAGAUACUUUAAAGUUCUGACUUACAAAUGGAUGAAAGGAGGAAACAGUUUUAGCUCUGAAGGCUAAAGUCAGACUCAGGGCUGAUGCAUGGAGGAUUCUUUUCAGCUUCUUUAGUCAAAAGUGUCGUCAGCAUCUUAAAAAAAAAAGAAACACCUGCAAAGGAGGAGAUAUAGUUAGAAAAAAAGAGGAAAUGUUAAAGUGGAGGGAUGCACUUAACUGUUAAUUUACUGGUAAUUUUGUUUAUAUUGUGUUAUAUUAAGGUCUGUUUAUAUAGUUUCUUACCAUUUUUAUAACUGCAUCUUUUUCUAUUUAAGGCUCAUUGACAGCUUUACAACUGCUGUAACAAAGCUUUGUACUUAUUUAUAUAUCUUUCCUUAUUUCUAUUGUUCUUUUUUCUUUGUUUUAGCACCAAGACUUGACUACCAUCUCGAUUCUGAUUCUGAUUCUGAUCCAGUGUCCCUUUCUUACCAGUAUCUGCUGUUCUUGUGCAGUUCACUCAUCAGUUUUAUUGUGUGGAUGCAGCUUGAUUUAUGUGCAUGGUGUAGAGGGGAGCUUAAAGGUAGGCAGGUAUAUGUAGGCCAUAAAAUAAUGUUACAUGGCUGCCACAAUGAAAAAAAUACAGCAUUUUACUGUCAAAUAUACAGCAUUGAAGGGUUUUAGGCAGAAAGGACUUUAUUCUUGUAAAAUUGCAACCUAAUUCUUGAAAUCUCAGGGGGGUUACCCUCAAUAUGGUCCUAAUCCUGAGCUGUGGAGUACUAAAUACUAGAGAAAAUUUUUCACUGGCUGAUGCCAAAACAGAUACUGAAAGAGCAGGUCAGCUGAUGGCCUAUAAAGAAUUCCGAUUUCACAUUUUUGUUGUUUAUUGCAUUUGAGAAAUACAACAAUCCAGGAAUAUCAAAUAAUCAACAAAAUUGCUUCACUUGCUUUUCAUUAAAUAAAUUAACACAGAAAAUGUUUACUUCAGUAGAACGUGUCCACAAAGAGUCAAAUAAAACAUUUGCAUGCAGAAAGCCCGGAUUACAGACUUCUCAAAGUUUUUUUUUUAAUAAAACAGAUGUCUUCAUAGAUGAAAAUAAUCAACAACUGAGCUGGAGAGCACUUAUAUCAGUCCUAUUGAUUUAGAAAUAUAGAGAACAAUGUCGAACACCAAUAAACAAGAAAAAAAUCUCAAUCCAUCAUGAUGCUCACUGUCCAGGCUGUGAAGACUUUGAGACGUUCAUGUUCAACACAAUAACAAAAUCAAGGAGAGGUAAAAGGAGGACUCAACAAGUUUCAAUAUUACAUAAAAAGAGAAGCAGGACUUAUUUAUGUAUCCAAAUAGAUCCUUCAGCUUUUUGGUAACAUUAAUGUUGUCCCUCUAAGUCAAACUCUAUUAUAUUAAAUAUUAUUAACUUCUCAGCUGGCUAAAUUUUUCCCAGACGAUGCUGUUUUUACUCGUCGUUGAGAUAUAAUGAACACGGUUCCUUUGACACACCUAGAUCUUCAAAUGGCUCAGCCUGCCCUGUGAAAACAGUCAGCUCAUACCAAGCUUCAUCACCGGGGACGUUCAGAUUUGUUUUAGCGGCACCAUUUUGCAUUGCUCAUUAGAUGGUGUGUGUGUGUCUGGCUGCACAGAUCUGAUGACAAGAGAAAAACACACAGGUGGACGCUGAGACAAAGCUUGCCCAGGUGCAGCAGGGACACAGGUGGUGCCGCAGCUUGUUACACAAAUCAUAUCAUUCGCUCUGACAUUCAGCAGCAUACACAAAAACCUGUGCUGAAGUCCUGUUUUGAAAGUGUGCAUCCCCAGGCGCACAAACACACACACAUGCUGAGCUAUGCGCUCAUGUGCUGCACACAUCUGAGUAUACUUGAGAUGUUCAGAUGCUCAUUUUCUUAAACCCUCCAGGAAUGUCUGCAUAUUCUGUAAAAGUGUAGAAAUGGACAAAAAAGGAAAUAUCUGCCUGAGCCUGGCCCGUCUCUCGUCUCUGCUCUUUCACGCUCUGACUCAAGUUUAGCCUCAAAUAGAAGCCAAACCCUCUGAUCCAUUUGGUGUCUACAAAAUAACCAUGGAUGUGUUGUCCCAGAUAUGAAUUGUUUGAUUCCCCCGCUCUAGUUAAGCUCUCUUACUGGCACACUUGUCCCACAGAAUCUGCAGGCCAGUAUGGCAGGCUGGUUCUUGGCCAAUAACUGCGACUCCCAAUAAGCACAUGAAGCUUGUCAUGAGCAGGGAGGCUGCAGGCUUCCCCUUGUUCUCCGAAUCCACCCGCUCCCUCGCUCAUUAACAUACCAAGGAUUGUUCAAACAGCAUUUCUGUUGUUUUAAUUUCAUCUGAUUUAAUCAAAGCAUGGAGCAUUAUGUAAAACAGAUCAUGCUGACAGAAGAAUCCUCAUGUAAACCACUCCCUGCUCUAAUGAAGGCCCCUCUCUGCAGCCUUGAAGCUUUUUUCGUCUGCAGUAUCCAAGCGGCAGCAGCAGCUCCCAUCAGUUCAGUCACUCUUCAUCACACUACCAGGAGUUUAUUUGGAGCAGGGUAUAUGCCCACGCACACAAACUGACAUUUCAGUUUGACGCUAUCAGCUCAGGACCCAAAGGUUAAUUGCUCUCGUCUCUGUCAGGUUGCAUGCCUUGCCAGAUCCUCUUGAUCUGUGAAAUGAAAGUCGCUGUCGUCAUCCUGUCCGGUGGAAAAUUUCGCUGACUCACUUUUAUUCCUGGUUAUUUUUUGUGCUUUCACUCACAAACCCUGCCCAUGUUUUGCUGACCUUAGAGUAGCGCAUUUGUCUGAGUCUUUCACAUACACUCUCAACUCUCUAUUCUCAUCUAAGCUACAUACUGAGUCAUGACUGAACACAUACUACAAAUGUGUUAAAUUUCAUCGAGACACUCUCUGGAAGUAGUUUGAAGUUGUAAAGUUGUCUCAUUCUUGGCUGAUUCAGCUGCUCAGAAGUUUGUGAUCAUUUCUGUCAUAGUUAUCAUGUCCUGAUGCACCAAAUGUUUGAAAUAGUGGACAAAUUGGGCUGCAGGCAAGCUAGCUUAGCACUCAGACUCUCCUACUACAAAGUCAUGCUGCUCUAACACAUGCAAAAUGUGGUUUGGUAUCUCAUCGCUUCAUUAUGCAAGGCUGUCCUUGAAAGUCAUUGUCUGGAUGAUAUCAUAUGUCACUGUAUAUUUUGGGCACUUAUGCGUCUCUACAAAGUCGUCAGUUUUUGAUUUUUUUUGAGCACAGGACAAUUUACACUUUGUGUCAGUCAGUCCAUCCAGUGAAUUUGGGCCUAGAGAAGUAGUAUAUAUUUUCUGAAUUGUGUUUCUAUGUUUUCCUAUUUGCAUGGAACAGUUUCAACCUGCAUGAACUGUCUUGACAUAUUUUUGAAAGUGAUGCAGUGAUUUCCACUGCAGAGAGUCAUGCCUGUUUUAUUUAAAUGCAGUGCACUGUUUUUUGGCCUUGUCUCUUUUGUGUAGAUUCCUCCUCCUUCUCUGAUAAUCUGAUAUUUAAGAAUAAUAUGUAGUCGAGAUGAUGAAAUCCUCAAACUCUUUGCAACUUUACACCCUCAAAUUGUUGUACUAUUUGCUCAUUCAGUCUCUCACAAAGUGGUGCAUCUGUAUCAAAUCUUGGCUGCUGGGAGACUCAUCCUUGCUUGAAUGCCCCUUUUUUUUAAUCAGCUAAGGGAACGUUGUUCCAGUCAUUUUGUUAGCAUUAAACAACUUUUUCAGUAUUUGCCCUCCCUGUCCUAAAUAUAUAUUAAGAUGUGGUGCUAGCAUCAAGUUCUAAAUUUUGCAUAAAAUGACAUUUUCCAGUCUGAACAUUCAGGAGGUUUUCUUUUCACUAUUUUGGAUUAAAUAAAAGGCUUUAAAUCAUUUGCAGAAUAUCCCUAUGCAUUAACCUUUUUAGCAGUAUCCCAUCUCAUGGAUUUGAGCUUGUAAGUCUUGUCUGAACACACUACCUUCCUGCAGUCCAAGGCUGGUCCUGGUUGCUAAGGGAAGUAGGAAGCAGUGUGUGUUUGUCCUUGUGUUGAUGUUGAUACACUUGUGCGUCAGAGAUGGGGGGAUUCGGCUGGCGAAAUGCCGCAAAUGUGAUGAUGGGCGAAUGGGCAAAUGUGGUCUGACGCCCAGUGAGGUGGAAAUGUAGGUUAAUCUGGUCAUAUGGAUUCAACCAUCAUGAUCAGCAGCAUACAUCCUGGAGCACAUGGAGACAGGGGUGAUGGAGAUGGAGGGAGGUAGGGGGGUGCAGUGGGGCGUUGGCUGAGCCUGGAAGGUUUGAUGCGUGAUUAUAGAAGGAUGCAGUGGAGGAAAAAAAGGGGCAGCGAGUGUUUGCUGUGUGUGUGGACACAGGAGUGAGGGAUGAAGGAGGAGGGGGCGGAGGUCAGAGCAGGAAGAGGAGAGGACAAAAGAACAGAGGGAGAGAGGAGUGGAUUGAUGCAUUGGCUCUGAGGUGGUGUACCUCACCUCCUCCCUCUCCCCCUCUCACCUCGUGGUCUGCCUUCAAACGCUUUUAUGUGGCCGGCUGCCUGAUUGGCUGGGUGUCGUCAUGGCCACGGAUGUAGUUCCGUCAGUCACCGUGCCACCUCUCCCCCCUUCACCUCACCGCACUUCCUUAGCCGGCUUUCAACUAAUUCAAUUACACAAUCACUUAUGUAACACAGUAUGGGGAAACGCACACACGCUCUGAGGUGUGACAUUGAUGCAGUGGCCAUCUGUGAGUGGCAGAGAGACAGACCUCGAUUUAUUUGUGUUUGCAGCCUUUAACAUGGAACAUAGCUCUUAUAGAUUGCAUGUAGGCUCCAUGAGUUAGCGUAACUCAGACUGAAGCCGCUUUAAGGAGCUCUACAAACACUUUGAAAUAGACAGUGGUUGGCUAAGUUUACUACUUAAUUCUCUUUAUCCCAUAUUUUAUUACAGGUUGCAGAUCUAACAAAUAAUUCAGUCUUUUCAAGUUUUUAUAAAACAUCCUUUAUAAUAUUAAAACAUGGACUUGCAUUUUUUCAGAUUCUGAACAGUAGGGGUGGGAAUCACAAGUGGCCCCACGAUACAAUAUUAUCAUGAUACUUGAGCCACGAUACAAUAUUAUUGCGAUACUUGAGCCACAAUACGAUAUUAUCACAAUACUUGGGUCACAAUACGACAUUGUCAUGAUAUUUGGGCCAUGAUACAAUAUUAUCGCAAUACUUGGGCCACGAUAUGAUAUUAUCACAAUACUUGGGCUACGAUACGAUAUUAUCAUGAUACUUGGGUCACAAUAAGAUGUUAUUGUGAUCCAGUGAGUAUUCUGAUACAAUAUAUUGCGAUUUAUAUAAGGUACGAUUUAUCACCAGACAAAAUAUUGCAAUAUGAUGCUGUAUUAAUGUUUUCCUCCCACUCCUACUGAACAGUGUCUCAUUUUUUCGCGCAUUAGAUGUUUGCUUGUUUGGGCUCAUGUUAGGGCUUUGGCAGUUCAAAGUUAUACUAUCAGGUCAGUAAUAUAACUAGUAGCUAGUUGGGUUAUUUUGUAUACAGGCAAAGCAUUAUGUCCUGUUCUAUGACUCAAUAUGGGCCAUCAUGGAUCUGGAGAACUGAUGUCAUGUGCUCCACUUUCUUUGUCUCAGUCAGCAGCUGUAGUUGGAACAGCAGCAGCAUGGUGAAUCAGCUGCAGCAGCCUGUAUUACAUCCCAGCUCUGUCCAGGAAAACCAAAAGGAUAUAGGAGCGGCCCCUGUGUGCAGCAAAUGAAGAAAAGCUUUGUGCAUCCUGCUGCAAGGAGACCCAUCAUGUCUCAGAGUGCAGUAUGGAGAUGCUGCAGAGUGUGUUGCCAUGUGUUCACCAAGUGAAGUCCCUCCCCCUCAUGCUUCUCUCCUCAUGGCCUGAUGCAUUUGAUGGAGACUCCCUCCCACUCACAAGCGACCCCUCUCCCCAUGCUCCCCCCAGCUCCCUGCUAACGCAAGAGAGGCACCCAGUGGUCUCUGGGUGCAACUGCAACCUUGCGUCACUGCUGCCCUCACCCUGACCUACACUUCUUUACACAUGGAGUAAUUUACGGUGCAUGGCAUUUUCUAGUGAUUGUACAAGCACAGUGGGGCUGGAGGUUAGAUAGACUGGGGGAAGGGGAGGAGGGGCUUGUAUUCCCUAAAUGGUGAUAAACAAAAGAGCUACAGUAAGCUGUGUUCUAUGCUGCAGAGUAUAAUCUCAUUGGGCUCCAUCAGAAAGACAAGUCUCAUCAGUUCUUCUGCUCCGUAGACCCUCUGCCUUCACUGACUCUAUUAGACCUCAGAGCUGAAUUAAUCUCACACUCCAUGCUGGGUGUGCCUACACACUCUACACACUCUCCAGGCUGCAUAAUGCAUCCUAAUGCAGUUUAUAGGCAUUCUAUACUGUCCCAGCCUGUAGUCUGAAACUCAUUUAUCAUGACUGUUCUGCAUGCAACAGCACAUCUUUACCUCUCUUCCACUCCUGCCCUCUGUCUCUCCCUCAAUCCACGCCUCAUAAACACCCCCUUUCCCCUGAGCUUUAUGAGCGAUCCCUCUUGCCCCCUCCAGUCUUUUCUAUUUUUAAUUACCUGUCAAAGACCCCGGGUCUCAGCCCCCAGCCUCUGUGCUCUGUGCCACAUCUGAUUCAUGUCAAACUAGUCAGGAAACUGCCUUUGAGUAUUUACUGAAGGCUGAUUUACAAUUGGGUGGACAUUGAGAGGGAUGGUGGUGAAUUGUGGAAACAGCUCUUCAUGAAUGUCAUCAAUAGCGUCUUAAAUUAUUUUUUUCAUUGAUGAUUUCUUCAGCAUCUGUCGAUGAGUGCACGUCCACUGCAGCCUGUUUGUGCAUAUGUGUUAAUUUCUAUAUGUAGCAUGAUCAGAAACAGAGGGUAAAAAUUGUAUUUCUCUUUAAGAAUCAAUGAAGUUUUUUUCCCUCUUAUUAUUUUCUGUUAAUUUACUUUUAGAUUUAAUGGAGUGAAGGCAGAAAAACGCCAGUUUAUGAAUGGAGGGUGCAAACAUGCCAGAACUAGCAAGACUGCUGAUUGACCUUCCAGGAUGCUGAUGUUGUGGUCAGUGUCAUGUGUUUAGAAAAAAUGUUAACAACAUUGCAAUGGAGAUGAGAAUUUAUGUAAAUAAUUAGUUUUUGUACCUGAAUGUCCCAGUCUAAUUCCAACUGUUCUUCAUUAUUGUUCAUGCACCUUUAGCUAACUAAAUCGUCAUCAUGUGCACUCGUCAGAAGUAGAAAUACAAGUUGGUUAUACCAAAAUAUUCAUAUUCCUGUUAUUGUAGACCUUAGAUGUUGUCACAUUUUGUGUUUAUGCUGUAAUGCUGUCAAGUCAUGCUACUAAAUGUAGCUACGAGAGGUGUGAGGAAAAAUCAGUACAGCAUAGUAUUGCAAUAUUUUGUCUGGUGAUAUAUCGUAUCAUCUCAUUUACCAAGAAUUAAUUGCUAAUAUGAAGUCAUUGUAUUGCAAAAUGUUAAAUAUUACAAUAAUAUUGUAUUGUGAUAACAUAGUAUCAUGAGGAAACUGGUGAUUCCCAACCCUAGUAGCUAUGAUGGUAUAUAGCCAAACUGGCUGGAUGCAAACAAGCACAGAUAACAAAUGUUAUUUUGCACUGCUGCACAAUUUGACCGUAUUUAAAAGUGAAGAUUUAGUUUUGUUUAGGUGAUGUAUCUUUAAACUGACAUAUAACCAUUCAACCUGAGCAAUCCAUAACCAGCACAGGCAUGCUAAGGCUGUUGGUGUGAGCUCUGCUAACUUAAGCAACACUCAGGAAAACAAGUUGACGUUGUUUACCUCUGUGGUCCAGUGUUUGGCAACCUGUGCUCAAUCUUUACUGUUUUCUGAUCUGUAACUCAUUUAGUCUAGAGGGAAGAAUAUGUGGCUAUGAAUCAAAAAGCAUAUGAAAACCAUAUGCUUUUAGAUCCUUAAAGGCUCUGCAGAGGUGAGAGGAAGCUGUGAAGUAAAAAUAACAAAGGCAGCUGUAAGUUGAUAAAAAGACCCCUCAACGUACUUGAGCACUUGAGUCUCACUCUCUGUGUUUGUUGUUGGCAGUGACGCCUAAACUUCCUUUUUGAUUUGGUGUUGAUAUCAGGUAAUUGGAUAUCCCUUAAGUGUUUUUCUAAUGGCAUAUGUUUAUUUCAGGAAGAGCUGAAAGAAAACCAAAGCAGCCAGACUUCAGCGAAAGUAGAGCAAAGGCACACUCUCAGAUCUCACAUUCAUGCAUCUUGACAUAUCUUUCCUCCUGUUGGAUAAAAAGGUGUAAAACUUUUAAAUAUUGAGUAGCGUCUACCUCUGCAGAUCAGCUAAAGCAGAAACAAGCUUUUACUGUCUGCAGCCUCUAUAAGAGCAGAUAAGGAUUUCUGCUUACAUAAUAAUGUGUUGAAGUCACAUGGUUUUUGUGUGGUUAAAAAAUAAAAGCCUCUUUGUGAUGAUUGUAGAUUAUACAUGGAUUAGCAAUACAACCAAAAUAGGAUCAAGUGUCUGUAAAGCAUGUGUUUUGCAAGCCCUUUAAUGCUGAAAGAUCUUGUAAGGUGAUCACACAAAUGUUGCAAAAUCUUGAAGGAAAUGUUGAAGUUGUUGGUUUUACUUUGAAAUCUGAUAAAGAAGUCCUCUGCUCGAUAAAGCAAGAGUUUCAUUGAUAACACUUUAUCCCUGCUUUGACAGGGAGGGUUGUCUUUUGUUCUGCGGGCAAAAAUCAUUCAUGUUAUGGUUUUUUUACUUCCCACCGCAAGAUUUUCUGUCUUCCUUCCUCUUCCUUCCUGGUGCUCUUUCUUAACUUUUAUUUUGUACGUGAAACCAGGCAACAACUCCAACAACACACCGUCUCAGCACUCAUUUGUUUACCUGAAAGAUGAGAGCGGGACCAGAGAUGGUUUCAGUCGAAGUUUUACAUUUCCUCGACACACAGAGUCACUCUGCUCUGCUGUGUUUAGAGAAGCGUCCAGGUUAAAUAUAGAGUUUGUGAGAGCAUGUGUCAGGGCCUGAUUUGACUCAAAGAGAAACCCACACUGAUAGAGGAAGCUCUUUCUUUUUCAUUGUCAUUUCCUGUUGUGUUAUAUGACUGUGGGUUUGUGAAGUUAAAAGAUCCAGUUCCCCUUCGCCUCCGUCACAGUCAGUCUCAAAUUCCUGUGCUGCUAACCUGACCGCUGCAGAGCCAGAAGCAGAGAGGAAAAAGAGGAGUUUAGGUGUGUGUUGUGAGGAGGUGAAUCCACAGGGGUCUGCGUGUGUCUUCUCACAAUUGAUGGACGGCGUGCAUCACCAUGCGUCGUGCAUUAAGUGUUUUCAGAGGUUACAGGAGAGCCAGCGAGGACGAUGACGAGGUGUUUGUGGGCAGCCCAGGAUCCAAGGUGACAGAUAAAACUGACACAUAAUGGACAUGUUUGUUUUAGACGGUCAAAGAGGUGAUAUCUUAACAUGCAGGUGUCUUUUUGCCAUGUCAGGCGUAGAUUAAAUUAGCACAAAAGGAUAGAUUUUCUGUCCUGGAACUAUUAAUCUCCUUUUUAUUUGGGAAUUUUCCAUCUGAUAGCAGCAGACACUGGCAGCUUUGUUCUGUUUAAACUGCUAAAUUGAAUUCUAGGUGACGUUAAUAAUGUUCUAAUGAGAGGUUUCGGUGUGACUGCAGUCUGCCAGGGAAAUAUUUGAUCUCCACUUCAGUUAAACAUUAACUGUGGAGACGUUCCUCCCCUGUCCUCUGCUUCUCCAGGUCUGUGUUGAACCCUUUCUCUCUCAGCAUAUGGUGCAUGUUGCAUAAGGCUUUUUCUGUCUGGAACAGAAGAGUCCAAUUUUUGCAAAGAGGACGCCCAUUGUCUCUUGACAUCACUGCUAUUUUGGGUCGGUUGCUCAGUUUCAGGGGAGCAGUUAGUCAUGCUUUCUCCGGUCCAAAGAGGUUUUCUUUUGAAGGUGAAGUGCAAAAGCCUGAGUGAUGUGUGGACUGGGUCAGUGUUUUUAUCUCUGAUAUCCGCAAACUGCUGUAGGAGGAUAUGUUAAAGAGCACCCAGAAGGUCCUUCUACCAUGCUCGUAUUACAAUAGAGCCAUGAACUGAUACUUUGGAGUGUUUUCUGUGUAUAACAUUGUCUGAUUCAACUUUGUUUGACAUGCUUUAUUUCUAUUGUGCUGAAAGAUGGCUGAGGCCAUAGGGAGUGUCACUGAUAUUGUAGUAUGGAACAUGGAAAGUUUUUGACCUGAUGGUCAUCAAGGACAGUCAGAUGAAUUGGCAACACAUCCUGAAAUAAUCUGCACAAUUAAGUCUGAUACUUCCACCUCAGGAAAAAAUGCAGCAUCAAUUCAAUGUUUGGUCAAAAAGAAGUCAUGCCUUAUUGUUGAUUUGACUUAAUUUGUCAUACAAACUUAUAGACUUAAAUGCACUACUAGCCUUAAACAGACUUUGCAGGAGUGCUAGAGUCUAUGUUACUGUCUGGCCUCUGCCAGGCAGCAUUGUUUACAGUUUGUGUCAUUUGAAACUGUUUUACACACAACUUGUGACCAGGGGUGGGACUCACUAGUGGUCCCACAAUACAAUAUUAUCACAAUACUUGGGCCACAAUACGAUAUCAUCACGAUACUUGGGCCAUGAUACGAUAUUAUUGUGAUUUCAAACAUGAGUAUUGCAAUACCUUAUAUUGCGAUUGAUACAUUUUUUUCAACUGUUUAGCUAAUUAAGCUUUUGGCUUCCCUUAAUGUUUGUCAUAUUUACACGGUAUUUUAUUUUCAUGGAGCACAUCUAGCAAACCUUAUAUGUCAGGUCCACCUCAUUUGUGCCCUGCUUGCCCCUCCCCAGGUCCUGCUAUAUUUGUUGCACUAACUGUCUCUAUGAUAUCACCUCUGCCAACCUCACUGGACAAACAGUUGAUUUUAUUUUCCCAUUAUAAGAGAUUUGACUUCAUAUUAGCAAUUAAUUUGAAAAAAUCGAUGCUUGGUAAAUGAGUCGAUAUGAUAUAUCACCAGACAAAGUAUCGCAAUACUACGCUGUAUCAGUGUUUCCUUCCACCCCUACUUGUAGCACAGAAAACUAUGGCUGUGUUGUUUUCUGUACCUAAGCAGCCGUCAAAACCAGGCUGACAAUUUCUGUUCCUUUGUAGUGGGUCCAAAGAUAGUUUCUUAGAAAGCAGCCCUCUGCACAGCUUAAUCACUGCACGAGUCAUAUCAAAAUCGGUUAAGUUCAAAAUUGCUUUAUAUGACUUCCUUUAUUGCAGUAUUUGCAGAUUCUUUAUUCCCCUGAAAUCGGUGUUAGUAAACCAAACAUACAUGCCAUCAGGCUGUGCAGACUUUACACAUCGACAAAGAGUUGAAAAAUGUUUCAUUCAGGUGUUUUGGAGCUCACAUAUCAAGAUAAAUCUGCCUAAGCUUUGAUGGUACUUCUUUGACUGUGAGUCUAUCAGAUCUUGACUCAACUGAUAUGAGAAAGUAAAAGUUUAAAUUUAACUUCAAGAUCAGUUUAAAAAAAAGGCAUAUUUCCCAGGAGAGCAGUGUCGAUAAUGCAAGUUUAAUGAUGGUGACAGUGAGCUUGUGUUUCUCUGCUCGCUGACAGGCUCUGCAGACAGUUCGCUCAGUCCUCGCUGAUAGUUAAAUUAUUGUGUAAAUGAAAGCAGAGGCAGCAGGAAAGUGUUUUGUUCGAACAUGGAUCAAACUGGACAUUACUGCUUGUUAAUUCCUCCUCCUGCGGAUGCAGAUUGCUUUUUCUUGCCUGAGCAGAAUCUAAAUAGAUUUGACCCCCGCCUCACUCUCAGGCCACACUCCAUCAUGUGCGUUUAGACUUGAUCAUUACCACAUUAUUCCCUAAAAACCCAAUUAAAGCUGCAGCACACUGGCUCCAUUCUCCAUGUGACUGAUGAGUCUGAACUCAGGUUCAGCCAAACUAUCAUCUCUCAGCGGUUCGCCUCCGUGCUCGAGCACUUGCAUCGUGUUGGACUGAGGAGCAGCAGGACCCAGUCGCGGUCUUUCCUUUGCUCCUGCAUGUGUGCAGGAUAUUAAACAAUAAUUGAUGUGAAAAAUAUUCCUGUUAUUCCAAAAACGGCAGGAAGUCCCAUCUGUGUCCUGAAAGUGGUUCAGAUUGUCUGUCUGAAGUGCGUUUCCCCCCGCAUUCCUCACCUGGACCAAACAGAGAGGGGGGAGGCGUGUGGAGCUGGCUCAGGCCCUGAUAUCUCACUCUGCUCUGCUCUGCUCGGCCAUUUAUCUGCUCGCUGUUUUACAGAGUGUUUGGUGCUGGAUCUCAUCUACAGAGACACAAAGCUGGCAUCAAAAUUUCAGCUCUGCUCCAAAACCACAAAAUAUUUUUCAGAAGCAUUCAGCGCCGUGUUAAAUGCCCAGAGCUGUAGCCAUGGUAACGUGGCUUUCUGGCUUUGUGUGCUGUGACCUUCGGAUGCUGCCAAGUUUUCAAAGACCACUGUUAAAACUGACUUUGAAGUGUUUCUGCAGUGAAACUGUGAGGCCCCGGCUGUGAUUGAGUUUAUUGUGUGGACUCUGGUCUCCUGAUAUAAUGAAGAAAAACUUGAGCACAGUUUGUUCUCAUCACAAAGCAUGCCGUUCAAUAGGUCUUUUUACUUCUGUAAUCCAAACAACACAUCAACGCUUUAUUCAGCAGGGAAGUUUUAUCUUAAUCUCUUCUUCCUCUUCCUCUUUAUGAGGGUCACACAUAUUCUGCUCUUCUCUUUUUAUUUCCUAUAAUUUCAAGGGUUACUUAAUGUAGCACAGCUCCGAAGAAGAUUGCUUUUUGUGACAGAUUGAGGAUUCAAUCCCUGCAUCAUGCUCUCUGUCAAAAUAUUCAAUGUGCACUCAUCACAGGUCUCUGCAUCAGUAUGUCAGGAGAAUGAACACAUUGAACCCAGAUUAUUUUCUAAUCCAUCAGUACAGUUUAGGGCUUUAACAUACAAAUAAUGUAUGAAUGCAGAUAUAAAUUCAUAAAUCCAAUGUCAAAUAAAAAUGUUGGAUUAUGUUGAAUUAAAGCAUAAAGUUUGAGGUUCCAGCACUAACCAAGACUGCCUGCUUUUGUAACCUAUGGAAGAUGCAUUUUCUCCAUCAUUGGGAGAUUAAUUUAUAAGGCGUCUUUCAGACACAUUUUCAGUGACAACAAUCAGUUGAAAUAGGACUAGGCCUGUCACGAUAACAAAUUUUGCUGGACGAUAAUUGUGCUACAAAUUAUCGCCGAUAAACGAUGUUAUUGACACCAUUUUUUAAAUUAUAGAUAAUGAUAUUAUAUGGCAUAAUAAUGCGAGUACACCAUGUCAAAAGUGAUAAACUUUAAUUUCCACACGAGAACAACACUGGUUGUUUUCGUUGACUAAAAUAUUUCCCUUUUCUCCCACGACGAAGACGUAACGUUGACGAGCUAAACAUAAGUCGGAGAUGACUAAAAUGUGACGAGACGAAAGUGCGUUUACGUUGAUGGGACGAGACGAAAAUGACGAACAGAGUUGCAAAACUCAGUCAGUUAAACGCUAAACAUAUAGGAGCAGCUUCAGUCCGCUCUGACAGCUCUCAUCAGCCUGCUGUGCUCCUCCAACACACAGACACACACGCACGCGCGCGCACACACACACGUGGAGUUUUGUGGUUGACGAAAACAAAACUGGUUUAAAGCCGAAAUAUUUCCACACUUGGGCUGUUGCGUUCGGUUUAGACACCAAAGCUGUCGUGUUCAUUCUGUUUGCUUGCUUUUCACUCACGACGCUCACUUGCAGCACUGUAUCCAAAAGUCUGUGUCUGUGUGCCUGUGCGCGCCAGCCCCCUCGUGACAAAGACACUGAAUGACUGACAGGAGGGUUCACUAACUCCGUUCAUUCCACUAUAGAGCCAACGCCCCCAGGUGCCGAGAACAAUGCGCAGAGUGAGACCUCUUCUCUCAUCCAGCGUGUUUGGUAGCGAGAGAGGAGGAAAACAAACGCACGUCAAUUAUCGAGGCUGGCAAAGUUAUCGACCUCGUUUUUAUUUAUCGAGCGAUAAGGCGAUUUAUUGAUUAUCGCGACAGGCCUAAAUAGGACUUUUGACAACUUUUAAGGAUCCAUCUAGAGACUGAAAAACAUACACCACUGGCCUGAUACCAGCAUCAGGAGAUACAUGAUUAACAAGAGACAGCUGCUAAAACCAAGCCCAGACGGAGGCUGAAAUAAUGAUAUUUAAUAUACACCACUGUGAGAAAGGCUUUUAUUGAUCUGAAAAUCAUGUAAAGCUAUUCAAGGGGUAUCAAAGAGAAAGUAUAGUCUGAAAAAAUACAUAACACCCCCCUUUAGCGAGACAAAAACAUCAGAUUGUACUAUAAAUGUAUUUGUUUUAACUAUAAUACAGACCACUUAAAAUACUGCCAUACAGUCAUUCCAUACACACACGUUGGCAUGUAGACUCUGUCAUCGCGUGCACAUAUCUAAUGCACCACUUUUAUAGCUUAUACUAAAUUGACUGAUCAUAGUGUCAUAUUGACAAACAACAAUGUGAUAUCAGAAUUAUAUUGGCCAACCUACUCUUUCAUUAUCAGUAUUGUCAACGGCUGUUGAAAAACUGAUAUUGGACGACCACCAAUCUGUUAGCGAUAUCAGUGACAGGUGCAGGUUUCCACAGACUUAAAGGGACAUUUCAGCGUAGAUUUAUGUUAUGGUCAAACACUCUGUAACACUGAGUUACACACCUCCUCAAGAGAUGAAUGUUGCCGACUGCGAGUGUUUGUGGGGGGAGCCCUGACGAGUCCAUCACUAAGUGCAGCGGAGUUUCGCAGCUCAAAGAAGAACAUUUAUGAUCAUUUCUUCAUGGAAAUACAAUCAGACUAAGACGCUAAGGCAGAACUUCAGCGUCUGCAGUGCCAAAUGAUUAUUUUGAUGACUAUCACUUUAAGGAAAUGAUCCGCUGCACUCGGUGAUCAACUCGUCAGGGCUCCCCCACAAACAAGCGGCUGCUGGAGGAGAGUGGAUGAGUUGUGGUUGGUCUCUUUGCUAAAUAAAAACAGGCAAAGUUAAAAAGAUGUUUUAUGGCUAGAACUAUGGCUGUAACGCUAUAUGUACUGUUGAUGAAGUUAGGUGCUGUUCUGAGCAUUAUUUGUGGCUAUAGAGUGGCUUUUUGGUUGAGGUUUGCACGUGGAGACAUUGACCGCUGUGUAUUGUGCUCGUUGCUGAAGUUGCACAGUAAGGUGUCAACAUGUUGUCGACACCUUACUGUGCUCUACUUAUUCUAAUACAGAAUCAGCCUGCUGUUCCCUACAAUGAAAUAAGGGGUGAAAAUAUAAAAUCAUUUUGGAAAUAUCAGCAUGUAGAAAUUCAGCAAAAUAUAAUUUUGUGCAUCCCUCGAAAAUAUAGCUGACUGCAGAUUGAAAAGUAGUAGUCUAUUGAGUAAUUUGCAGUGAACUGCAUUGUUUGACCUCGGCAAACAAAUCAACUCCAAAAGCUGUGUGAAACCUGAGUAUUUUCAUGAAGACUACAGGAUUUCAAAUCUGUCCUUUGACUCACAGAAAGCUAAACAUCCUUUUACUCCAUCACGACUUGACCACUCAGGGGUCAGGUUCACACUCACUGUAGCACUUUGUGAAAAAUGCAGCCUCCUCUUUUCAUUUAGUUACCAACAAAAGGGUCACCUGAGAGUAAAAGUUGAGCCUGGCUCCACUUUUGUUGCAACACAAUAAAAUGUUAUCAGGCGAGGUCUGCUUUGCAUACAUCACUGCCUUCACUGAGAUAGCUGCUGCUACCAUGUUAGCUUUGGCGGUAAACUCCUGUCUGUUUGUCUGUGUGUUUCAAAUGUUGCAUCUGUUCCCUGCGUUCAUCAUGUCCGGGCUCAGAGCAGACACAUCAGUGAUUAUGUAACUGUGCUGAGUCCAUCUGGUUUGGGAACUUGAUUUGCAUCAGUCUGAUAUGGUUCAAAGUAUCUGUGAGCCACAUGUGGCAUCUGAUUGGAUCAGCAGCUGCAUCCUGCCGUGCAAACCGUCAGCCAGAGCGGUAACUCACCAGAGCUCAUCUCUAUGAUCUUAAAAAUAGGUGCUUUUUGUGCAGCAACAGGUCUGUUUUUGCAGCCAUGCAGUCAACAUUACAACUGUUUUAUUACAUUUUAUGUAUCCUAGUGGUUUCUGGACUGGAUGGGACCAACGUUCCUGCAGACACUUGCUUGUCUGCAGACUCUGGAGGACUUUCAAGGAUAUGUGUGGUUGUAAAAGUCCUGGAACAUCACUAGAUGUUCAUAGUAAAUCAAGACUCUCAAAACAUCUGGAGAAGUGAGAGGAUACUUGCUAAAAACAGUGGAAUGCGUUGACUAAAACAUGACCUGAUCUCCUCUCUCCUUUUCCUUUCUCCAUCAGACCACGUCACCCACAGGUCAGGGCCGGUCAGACUCUCCGGUCUACACAAACCUCCAGGAGUUGAAGAUCUCCCAGUCCAGCCUGCCGCCUGUCCCUUCUGGCUCCCCUCUUCACAUCCUGGGCGACUGGGAGACCCACAAAGAUUUAAGCGGACGGCACUUUUACUACAACCGAGCUACCGGAGAGCGGACCUGGAAGCCGCCAAGGACCAGGGACACCAGCGGCAGCACAAGCAGCAUUCGAGGGGACAGUCAGGGCACGGUGGAGAGUGAGGUGAGGGAAACGUGUAUAUUUUUUGCCCUGUUUAAAUGCUGCCACAGAAGAAAUGCGUAAAUAUUUGAGGUAUACCUUUAUGCCUGAAAGGAGAUGUGAUGUUAUGCAAAUUUUAGCUUUGAAGUUUGUGUACAAAAGUCUCCUUAAAGCACAUAAACAGUUUUCAAGUGGAGUCUGGAGGUCAGUCUGAAACAAAGAGACUGUGGUGAAGGUGUGAAGGUGUGGGGGACCUCAGAGGACUCUGAAAACACUGUUGUGGUUACUGCAGGAGGGAAAUGAGUGUGUGUUUGAUACAAGGAAGUUAUGUUGCCUGUCAGGCUGCCUGUCUCAGUCUAACUAUCCAACACUGCCCCCAUUUGGUGGAUUGAAGUAAUUGCAUGGCAAGUUUUUUCACAAACCACCAUUCAUACAUAAACUGAUCAUCAAAGAAAAAAGAUAUUAGAAAUGAAGUUCUUAGACCAACAUAUAAGUGGAUAAAUAAUGGUGGCAGUAAAAAAAUCACAGUAACGUUUUAAUGUCUUUCUCACACACUAAUUUGAAAAAUAUAUCAUCAGGGAUUGUUGUUUUUACCUCUAUUAAAUACAGACACACUGUUGCUGAAGCAGCGUAUUGAUGGUUUUAAAGUUUUCUUGAUCACCUGCAUGAGAAUGUUUCUACUGUUUUAAUGUGCGUCCCAAAAAUCUAAUGCUAAUUCAACAGGUGGUUAUGGUAGUGUGGAAAUACCAGAAAGAAGACAUGGUCUGGUCCUUUUUAAAAUCUGCUAACAACCCAAUUUAAGUUUAGUUACUAAAACAAAUCACUGUCGCUUUAAUUUUUCUCUUAUGAUUCAUGUAAAAGCAGAACAGUUAGAGAAAUCAAUUAGAUCUAACUGCAGUCUUUGAAAAAUAUUGAACUCAUUUGAGGUUUGAUAUUGUUUUCUUAAUCUUUCUUCGACUGUCUGAUCAUUAUGCAAUGCAGUAUUUGUUCUCAACAGAAUGAAAAAGAGCUUUCCCAAUAAAUCCUCAAAUUACAUAUCAUGGUAAAAGUCUCAUUAAACUGGUGAGGAUAUAAUAUAAAGUACUGGAUAACUACAAGUCUGAAAUAAGUGGACCUCUGAGGCUAAUUGCAUGUUUAAGAACAGUGGUAGGGUGCAAACAGCGAAGACAGAGUUCAACAUGCAUGAAAACCUUCUAAAGAGGAUUGCUUGUUGAAGUGUGCAGUUUGAUGCUGAUGUGUGAAAAGCACAUUUAUAGACCAUAAAAGAAAUCAUUUCAAGUUAAAGUAACCAGAAUUUUAAAGUUUCCAUUACAUUGAAAAUGUUCAGUGUGGAUGUAAAGUGCAGAAGUAGCAACAGGUAAUGAUGACACACUACAUUUUUCACAUUUUAAUUUAUUUUUUCCCAGUUUCAGUAUUUUUAACAACAAUUUUCUAAUAUUUUAUUCUUUCUUGAUAUUGACCAUUUUGAAAAAUCCCCUGAAAAAGACCUCACAAAAUUUUAUUUGAAUUAAGGAAAGGUCAAAGGUCAAAAGCUUGUCAAUUUCUCAAAGGUUUACUAUAUCCUCUAACAGGAACUGUCUGAGCUGUCUCUGCCUUUCUUUUAAAGACUUGAAUAUGAAAUGAUUUUUCAAAAAUGUUGUGUAUUUUUUAGAUAAGGAGUGAUAAAAAUUAUGAACUGUUAUGAAAGUUUGUUAUCAGUUAAUCAGACUAAAAGUGUGAAAAUUAUCUCCUAUCUGCAUGAAUCAGAACAAAGCUGUGUUAAAUCAAAGUGGAUUUAUGUCACUUAGCCCGGCCUUGACCUGACAACUCUGAUCUUAAUUUUGAGCUGCCAGAAUAAAGACUUUCAGACUCCACAGCAAGAUGAAUGUGUUUACACAGUCAAAGCUCAUCAGGACUGCUGGAAUGUUGAUAAUUGUUCUGGAAAGUUUUGACUAUUUGGUUUUCUGAGCACAUUCAUACUCUUAAUUUAGGAACACAUAUCUACAGACUAAAUAACUUUUACUGUACUAUUGUAAGCCCUGCAUUUUUAGUGACACUUCCUGGCUUUCAUACCGCCUCACCAGGGUCUGUCUUUGCAUUAUGAAUCAGUCUGUACUGUAGGUUUCUCUGUUCAAGUGUCUCAGUGGACCAGCCUGAGUAAGACAUGAUGUUAUUACAACAUUUUUGACUUGUUUUCUUGUUGAUUUGAAUUAAAGCUCCUAUGAGGAACUUUCAGUUUAUUAAAGGCGUCAGUUUUAACUGUAGUUUGUGUUUGAGAUAUAAAAAAAUUCUCACUGGAGCUUUUGAAAUGUACAUCUGAAGACCAACAUUUAACCUGAAGACUAAAACUUUCACCCAUCUGUCUCAGCCACUGUCCUCAGAGGAAAACUGUCACAGCACCCACUCCAGUCAGUCUGACAGCCAGUACGGGUCGCCCCCUAGAGGCUGGUCCGAGGAGCUGGAUGAACAUGGACACACUCUUUAUGUCUCUGAAUACACACAGGAGAAGGUAGAGUCUAUAAACUGGUGGAUUUUCUCAUUUAAACAUUCCCACUCAUUUUUUUCCCUUAUCUUGCCAUUUUCCUAGUCUUUUGAGUGCUGACUGGUGUUUGUGUUGCAGUGGAUCAAACAUGUGGACGAGCAGGGCCGGCCCUACUACUACAGUGCUGAUGGAUCCAGGUCAGAAUGGGAGCUACCUAAGGUGAGAGGAUCUCAUACAUAUUAACUGUCUUUGUCUUCUUUAUUCAGCCAGUCAUUUUGGGUUUAAAAAGGUCUUUAUCUAUACAGACUUCUAUUUUUUGUACAAUGAAGUUUUUGGUUUGUCAUCCUUGUUUAAGGGAAAGGAAGGAGGAGGAUUCGUUCUGGUUAAGAGAGCAGCUCCAUUAAAAAUAAAUGUGUUUGAUCCCUUUAGGAGUUCAGAUUCAGGAGUGAUUUAAAGACAUUCUCAUAGAAACUCCGAGUGGGUUAAAAACAAAGAAAGUUUGAUCAUAAGGAGGAGCUGUGAUUUUAAUCACUCAGUAGGUAUGACACAUGCUUUCAAAAGCUGUGAUGGGUAGAGUCAGUCAUCUCCAGUCUAAAUGACAGAGCUGGAUCCCAGUGCUGUCCACAUGCUGAGGUGUGCUUGGACAUGACACUUAUCCCCACCCGUGCCUGCCGGCUGUGCCCAGUGGUGUGUGAAUGGGAUUAGUCAAAACUGAUGGGCUUUAUACACAGCAGCCUCAGCCAUCAGUGUGAAUGUGGUGUGAAUGGGUGAAUGUGACAUGUGAUGUUUAAGUGCUUAACCAUCACCUCUUCUUUGAACAGCACUCUGUGAAUGUUAGGGAGCAGAGGAGAACAGUUUCUGGGGUUCUGAAAGUGAAAUCUUGUCCCACUCCUGCUGGUUAACUCUUCGGGUUUCCUUUGCUGUAUUUUCAUUUCAUCAUUCGCCAAAUAUUUUUAACCCUGUGACAUAUUUAGGACUUGAAUUCUUCUACUGCAGAGCCACACUGUUGUAAUACAUGCAGAAAGAGGUUUUUUAGCUGUGAGCUGAUGACAAGCUGGGUAAUUCUCCCACUUGGAGCAUCGUCUAUGAUUUCCAAAAUGAAUAUCAAGUUUUUGAAUCAGACCACAGUAAAGUUUUUCACUCUGCCUCAGACCAUCAUGAAUAGGCGUGCCCAUAGAAGUCACCAGUUUCUAGAUCAUGUUUAUAUAGAUUUUGUGCUCUUUGCAUGAUGCAGUUUUAACCAACAUAUGAAUGCAGAGUUGAACUGUGUUCACUGCGAUUGAUUUGUGAUCGUGAUUUUGAGCCCAUGCAGUGAUUUCCACUUCAGAGUCAUAUCAGUGUUUGAUGGUGUCAACCAAGGGCCCAAAGAUCACAGCCACACAGCUUUAGUUUUCCAGCUGUGUCCCUCUUGAAUAGAUUUAUCCAGAUUUUUGAGUCUUUUAAUUUGAUUAUUGUUAUUAAAAUUGUUGAACUAUCUGCUCAUUCAGUCUCUCACAGAGUGGUAAACCUCUUCCAGAUUUUAAACCAUGUAAUGUUAUUAACCUGUUGCUAAUUAACUCAUUAGCUGAGGGAUUUUCCACAAGACGUUUUAUUCCACAACACUUUAUCUCUGUUUCGUUGUUCCUAAACCGACUUUGUCUGGACAAGAACCUAGCGAGAAAAAAAAAAAAUAAAAAUCAGUUCCAGCCUUUAAUAUUACCCAAAAUUCAAGUGUAUAGUUGUGGAAAUAAUUUCUAUGAUGAAAUUAUAUUAAGACCUGGUCAAACUAUUUACAGCUCCCCUCUCCUCGCUUUGAAAUGUUAAACCUUCCCACAUUAUAUCACCCUUAGCUUUUGCCCCGUAGCACACUUCCGUGCGACCUGCCCUCCCCUAGCAGUGGUCCUGUUAAUGUAAUUGGAUGAGAGUCUGAGGAGCUAAUAGGUGCCAAGUUUGUGUGAACUGUGGUUUACAGACUAUUACCGGCUCACUUACCGCUAAUCUGGAUAGCUGGUCAAAAUAGAAUCUAGCAGUCCAGACCAGCAGAAGUGUGGACAUGGAUCUGUGUGCAGCAUGUUAGUGUUGCUGGUGUGUAACAAAAGCACUGUGGUCCAAUGGUGCUGUGGAGGAUAAAAGGAGAGGUAAGGGAAUUGAAGUGUUACCAGGUUUAUUCUGUGAUGAUGCCUAAACUUCAUCUCUGUCUUCUGUCUUUGCAGUACACUUUCUCCCCUCAGUCCGGUGAGGUCCCCAAGAGCCGCAGUCUGGAGAGGAAGCAGCCGGAUCCCAUCGUCCUCACCAAGUGGAGACACAGCACCUACGUCCUAGACCUCAACGACAAGGUAAGAUUCAAGCGGGCUGGCUGGUUUGAAAUCUGGAUGUGGUUACACAGGCUGUUCAGGAGACACUUUUUGCUUUUGGUUUACUUGUCCCACUGACAGGGGGUUCAUCUUGUGCUUCAAGAUCCUCCCUGCAUGACCAGUAAGAUGUCUUGGAAGAAAAACAAUACGUACCUGAAACAAUUACAAAGAUGGAUUGUAUUUUUCACAUAUGCAACAGAAGCAUGUACUGUAAUGCAGUUUUUUUCAGAGCUGCUCAGACCAAAUACUCAAGAAAAGUAUCUCCUAUCUCUGCAUAAAUCAAAAGAAAGCUUGAUUAAAUCACAGCGGAUUGACAUCAAUGAGCUUGGCCUUGACCUGACAAGUGUGAUCUUUAUUCUGAGCAGCCAGAAUGAAAGCUUUAAGGCUCCACAGUACUAUGAAGGUGUGUCUGCAUAAGCAGCUAAAGCCCAUCAGCACCACUGUAACAAUGCAAUUUGUUCUUAAAGCUCUCAGCCAUGUGCUUCAUGCUGUUUUCUGUUCAUUCAUUUUAAAGCAGCUUAUUAAUCGAUACCUUCCCUUUUAUUAUGCAUCAUUUAAAAUCAGGCAGUUUUAAGGACACAUGCUGUGCUUCACACCUCCUAAUACCUUAUACUUCAGUCUCUGCUACAGCUUUCUCAAACAUUUUUCUGUCCCAGCAACUGUAAACCAAAACAGACUUAAUUGUUUGCCAGGGGGAUGCACAAUAUAUCCAUGCCAUAAAUUAUUAGCUGGUAUUAGAUUACAUGCAUCAGUAAAGACUUUAAAUCUGCACCUCCUUAAUAACAGCUUCUUUAUUUUUUAAAAUUGCAGGAAAAUGUCCUUUAAAAAACAACAAAUGAAAUCACUCAAUGAGCUUUGAUUUAGUGUGAGCAUUUCUUUCUUUGUAACACUUUUGUUAUUUGCUGUUGCCCUGAAAGAUUUUAGUUGCAGUUGUAAACACAUUGUCCAAGAACUAUGGAAGCUAUUAAAAUAAAAUAAAAAAUUUUAAAAAAACAUUUACUUCAAUUUUUGCAGCUUUGACAUGAAUAUAAUUUAAAUAAUAUUAUUCUUAAAGAUAUAUCUCCAAUUUGCACAAACAUCAUUAUCAAUAACCAACCACAUAGAAACGCUGUUGUUUACUUUUUUGAGUCUUUUCUAUAUGUUUCUCCAGUAUUAGCCAAAUUUAAUGUUGCUAGUCUGUUUUAUUAAGAAGUAGUAAAAGACUAAUUAAUCCAUUAGCCCUCAGCUAACAUUACAGGUAGCAAUGCUAUGCUAAUAAAAUAUGAUGGAUUUGUGCUUUGUGUCUUUGUUUUGACCAACUACACAAACCAGCUUCAGUGUCAGUAAGGUCCAAAACUUGUUAAACUAUCUGGUUUAAGCGAAUUGUGCUAUCUAACUUGGUAUAAAGGAUUUGGUCACUUCCUGCUCGUAGUUUUGAGCAUUAACUCAACAUUUUAGUUUCCAUAGUUACAGAAUAUUCUGUCAGUGAAAAACAUGCUCACAAUUCCAACUUUAUCAAAGUGUGAUUACAUUUUUAAAAAGAUAUCUAAAAGAUUGCAUCAAAGAAAUUAAUCAUUUUCUGGUUUGUAAAUUAAUUCAAGGAAAAAAAAAUCCAUCAUUUUACAUAACCUUCAAUAGUGAGUAAAAUGCCGUUUGAGGUAUUCCAGCUUUUUUCUGAUCACCUCCCGGAUCAGACAUUUUGAUUCACUUGUUUGCAGGUCAACCUAAUGGAUUAUUCCAAUCCCUGAACCUUUAUCUGCCAAAUACAAACCAGGCCUCUCACCUCCACUGAAGUGACCCUGCUUCCAACCUAACAAGAUUGAAACAAUUAAAUUAGCAAACACUGUAAAUGGGUUCAUAUGUAGAAAUAUCACCUCCUUUAUUUCCACAGGGUGAGAUAAAGUGAAAUGAUCAUAACAGAAUUUGCAGUGAGUUGGAGGUAUUUGUCUGCAUCAGCUGAAAAGACUUAAAACACACUUAAGUUGUUUUUUUGUUGUUGUCAUUAUUAGUGUGCCUCACUCUUAUAAACGCAUCACCUUGUAAGCUUUCGAGGCUAACUUUGGGCUGCCGGUUUUAAGAGUCAGUGUCAUAUGUUGGAAGCUAAUAAUUGUGGCGGUUUUGUUGCAGUUCUCUUUCAAACUGCGGCGCUUCACCUCCAACCAACACAAGAGGAGGUUUCGUCUCUCUCUUUACAGUGAUAAAGUUGGUACCACACAGAGCCUCUCUGCUUUCCGAUCAACAUAUGAUCUGAUUCGCUGUUAGUUUGUCGUGCAAAUCUCGUGAAAUAGUUGAUUGCCAAUCAAAGCUGUGCGCUUACUCAGUCAAAGGUGUCUGAUUUGAUUUUAUCUUGUACAGAAGUGAAGGAAUAUUGAACCUGAAAUAACACAAUCUCUAUGAAAACUCAAGUGCAUGUUGUUUCUUACUGUAAUCCUAAACUGUCUUCUCUCCAUCAUUUUCUGCUGAUCACUUUUUUUAACAUCAAACUCAAUCUAAUGAUUCCUCUCCAGGUUGCUGGUCCAUCCUCCUCUUCUCUCUAACCUCCGACUGACUGUCUCCAUGUGCUUUGUUGUAGUUAGCUGGUAUUAGACACUCAUCAUAUUGUGCCUCUUGUUUGGUAGGAGUGUGCUCCAGCGCCCAAGCAGAGCCCUCCAGACUCUGAUUCCUGCCCCUCAUCUCCUAAGCACCCCUCUACCGUUAGUAUCCCAGCUUGCACCACACUUACCAAAAUCAUCCUACCUUCAGCUGCAUCCAAACAUAAACACAUCUCUCUUCUCAUCGUCCAAACUCUCUUUUUUUUUUACUUUUCAUUGCAUCCAGAUUCUCUCAUUCUCUGCAUGUCACAUCCAACAUCUAACUGCACCACAUCUAACACCAAGCUAUAACAUGCUCCGACCAGAGGAAAUGCAGAAGUUUGGAUACUCAUAAAGAGAGUUAGAGAGCCCUCUGCUGGUGAUAUUUGGAAACAGCACUGAGCUGCACAGCCACUUCCAGUCUCAAACAUUGUACCACUUUCUUUUAUCUGUGUAUAAGGGAUAGAUAUUGAGGAUCAGUACUUAUUACUGAUUCUUCUUUUAUUCUGAUAAACUCCUUGACAAAGUUUGAUUUGAAUUUGAGGGACAUUAACCCCUACUAAUGCUGCCUAAAGUAGAUGAAUGUAGCCUCAGUGUGUUUUUGAAGUGUUUUUCAAUCCUAGUUUAAACCCACUUUACAAAACGUAAUGAAAUUGCAGCAAAAUGCUAUAAAGCUCCAAGAUUUGUGUGGAUAAAGAGGUAAUUUCAGCAACCUCAAGAAUGAAUUUGACUCUUUCCCACAUGUAGAUGAUACUUGGCAGGCCUCAUGGGUGUAUUUUUGACCACACAAGUAUGUUUCAUGUUGACCCUUUUUCUAAUAUUAGUUAAUUGCCAUCUACGAUGAAUUAGCCAGACAACUUCUCGUUGCUUUCUGUGUCUUGCUCCUGAUAACCUGCAACUCCUGACUCAUACUCUGUAGGUGAUUCGAAAGAGAGAAAGAAAGAGAUUAAAAUUGAGGCACAAUUCCUAAUGUUAAUUAUGCUGUUUUUGAAGUUAUGUGCAGCUGAUGUCAUUCUGCGCCAUCUUGGUUCUGAUUUAUUGCAAAGAGUUAUUGACAAAUCCUGUCCCCACAGAUCUCCUGUUGUCAUAUAAAGUGAAGCCUUUUGUAGUGCUAGUUGAGCCUGGUGUGAUGUGGUCUCAUUUCUUCUUUCCAGUCCGAAUUUUGAAUGAAGGACAGGCGUUAAAAGAUGGCUGGUCUUAGCCCAUGUACAAAGUUACAGUGGAGAAUUAGAGAGUCAAAGGGAUAUUCUGGUGUAAAUUGAAGUUAUGGUCAAACACACCCCACCGUAACACCGAGUUAGACAUCCCCUCAAGAGAUGAAUUCUGACGACUGCGACUGUUUGCCAUGACGAGUCGAUCACCAAGUGCAGCGGAGUUUCGCAGCUCAAGGAAGAACAUUUAUGAUCAUUACUUCAUGGAAAUGCAAUCAGACUGAGACGCCAAGGCAGACGAACUACCGUGUCUGCAGUGCAAAAUGAUUAAUAUGAUGAUUAUUACUUCAUGGAAAUGAUCCGCUGCACUCGGUGAUCGACUCGUCAGGGCUCCCCCACAAACAAACGGCUGCUGGAAGAGAGUGGGUGAGUUGUGUUUAGUCUCUUUUUUUAAAGAAAUCAGGCAAAGCCAAAAAGAUGUUUGAUGGCUAGUACUGUGUCUGAGACCCUAUAUGUACUGUUGAUGAAGUUAGGUGCUGUUCUGAGCAUUAUUCGUGUCUAACUCGGUGUUAUGGUGUGUUUGACAGGAACUUAAAUUUAUGACGGAAUAUCUCUUUAAUGAAUGCAUGGACCAAUGCUCUUUAAAGCGUUGGUGGCAUUUGACCCAGCUAUGAGUUGCAGAAAGUUCAGCUUCACAACAUUAGAAAUCUGCUGUAGCGAUCAAAUUUUCUUCCAAGGCAGCUUAGUUUGAGGUGAUUUUUCAGACUUAGUCUACAAAGUUUGCAGCCUCCCAUGUGGUUUCCUCAGCUUUGUUCCAAGUACAAUAACACAGCAGAAAUAUAUAAAAAAGCAGAGAUUCAGCUUCUUCUGUAGUCCAUGAUCCAAAGGAUAGUCACGAAUCCUUUUCAGGAUUUCAUAUUUGUGGUCCUCACAUUUCUACAGACACAGUCAGUCAUGCAGCAGCUUCUGCCAAAUGACAAAACAGACUUUUUUUUACACCUCACACCUAUUUUUUGCACCAAAUAACAUAUAGUAUCAGUUAGUGUGAAAAUAAACAGUGUUGGCAUUGAUAUUCCUAUCAAUGAAUCAUAAUAAUACCCAUCCUUCGCGUGUAUGUGUGUGAUGGUGUGUGUGUUUAUAUGCACGUGUUUGGCGGGUUCUUACCUGUGUCUGUGUCUUCCUCCUCAGCCCUCAGAGAAGUGUGGAGUCCUGAAUGUCACGAAAAUCACAGAGAAUGGAAAGAAAGUCCGGUAAGAAUCUGACCAGCUUCUGAAUGUGACGCAGAAAUAUGAUGGUUGAAAUCCUGGACCCUUGAAUCUUGUUUUAAUGUAAUCCACAGGAAGAACUGGACCUCCUCAUGGACAGUGCUGCAGGGUUCCUCUCUGCUCUUUGCGAAGGGUCAGGGGGGCAGCACUAGCUGGGUAUGUAUCCCAUCAGCCACUAGAGGCUAGUUUAUCUACAAAUCUAAGCUUUUUACCUCUAUGGUAUCUGUCUUCCAUAUUUUGGCACAGUCUCCUCCUGUCACCUCAUGUGCUGUUGAAUAUCCAUCCUCAGUUUACUGUUCUUCUCCAUUCUUUCUCCUCCUCUCCUCUCCUCUCCUUUUCUUUCCUCUCCUUCUCCCUUAAGUCUUACUACCGCAGCGGCUCCAUCCCUGAGCUGCUCCUCACUCUUCUUAGCAACUGGAAGCGCUCAGUCAAGCCCCGCCCUGCUGUCUCCUAUGUGAACUGCAGGCCUGUGCAGGCUGCUGCUGUAUGUCUCCUCUCUCUCUCUCUCUCUUUCCCUCUGCAUGUCUGGCUGCUCCUGCUCGUCUCUCAUUCUUUCAUUCACUCCUUCCUUCUCUAACUCUCUUAAUGUUUCAUGAGUGUGUGUGAAACUUGACCUUUUUGAUUUUAAUGUUUCAGCUGCUCAAUGACAAUGUGUAAUUUGGGAAUGGAUUUAUUAACUUCCCCAGCUCCGAGCUGAUUCUUGUAUGUUAUUUGAGAUGUUAGAUAUGAGAUGGAAUGAUCAGUAAAAACAUGGAUGUCGUAAAAAUGAGGAUUGUUAAAUAAAAGCAUCGGUCAGGACAUAAGUUAGCACUACAACCACCACCUAGCAACUGGAGACUGCACAGCAUGUGUGCAGAGAAACUUGUCAAAAAAGAUGAACCCUGUGGUACUAUAGGGAUAGAGAAAAGCUUUCCAAACCAGAUCCCUGCACAGCUGAAUUUAAAUGUCUCACCGUGAGGAAAAAGUGAACUUGGAUUGAGAGGAAUAUGUAGUUGACCAGUCAAAAUUAAGAGUUCCUUCCUGUAAUGAUAAUUAUAAUAAACGUAUAAUAAUAAUAAUUUUAUUAAUAAACAACUCUUGGUAAAAAUAAGUUGCAACAAGUGUUUCAUAAAUAAGAUAAGAUAUUCCUUUUUUAUCCCACAAGGGGUAAUUCCAAGAUUUACAGCUGCGAUAAAUACAAAAAUGAAAUAAAAAAAUAAAGAAAUUUCAGAUUUUAAAAAAUGAGUUAAAAAAGAUAUAUACAGCUGUUUUGUAGUUUUUGCAGUUAAGGUGAUGAAAAUCGAAAACAAAGCAGCUAAUGGAACCAUGAGAAGGGCCCUGUUAGAAGACCUCAGGCUCCAGUCAGGCUCAUAGAGGAUCAGCAUCUCACAGAUUAAGGCUGGAGCCAUUUGAGGCUUUAGAAAAGAAGAAAAAUCUGAUAAUUAUUCUAAAUUCACGGACCAGUGUUAUUUGAUCAUUUCUCUUACUAACUGUUAGAAAUCUAUCAGAAGCAUUUUUAGUUGAUUGUUGAUUCUUUGUAUGUUGUGCUUACUGAUGCCAGAAUAAAGUGCAUUACAGUAGUCCAGUCCAGACGAAAUAAACAUAUGAGGACUUUUCUAAGGAGGAGAAAGAAAAGACCAGAUUUUAGUUAACUGUCCGGGCCGAGCAAAGUAGGCAGACAUAACUGUGUUCCCUGGGUGUCAAGGUAAAGGUUGAAGGUUGAAGACCUGGAAAGUCCUUUAAUCACUAGAAUCAAUUCUGAGACUCGAAAUCAUUUCUUAGUUUGCUCAUAAACAACUACUAACACUGGUUUUGAUUUUCAUGUAACACAAACUAAAAUGUGUGUCUGCACAUGAACAUGAAGCACAUGAACUUAAAUAACAUCCACAGUGUUGAAGGAUGUGACUCCUCCUCCUCUUGUAUGCAUUGAAAUUUAAUCAUUUAACUUUAUCUUUUGAAAAGAAUGAGGAUGCUCUGCAAGAGCUUUCCCUCCUGAGUUUUAUGACAUUUUUGUAACAGGAUGAAACUAACAUGAAAAGAAACUUCUUUUUAAACAUGUUGUCUGUGUUUGAUUGUGUUUGUGUUGGACUUAAACUCACACUGCUCCCUUUAUUCCAGAAGUUUGGGAGCAAUCAGUCAAAGCCGGAGUUCACCGUCGAUCUACGAGGGGGCUCUGUGGACUGGGCCUCCAAGGACAAGUCGAGCAAGAAGCACGUCAUCGAGGUAUCGAGCUCGAAAGACUUACUGCCAAGUUUCACUUUUAAUCAACCCCAGCAUCAUGCAUUUUAAAAUAAUGCUGAAUUCUCCUUUUCCUCAGCUGAAGACCCGUCAAGGGACAGAGCUGCUGAUCCAGUCGGAGAUUGACAGCGUCAUCAACGACUGGUACCGGGCCCUGACAGAAACCAUCAACACACAUGUGAGGAGACAUCAUUCGUCAAUUUUGAGAAGUCAGGAUUAAACCUUGUUGCAGAUGCAGCAGAGCUCUGCAAACGCCUGUGCAGCUGGAAGUUGGACCCCCACUUCUCAGCUGUUUAAAGUUGUUCCUCUUUGUGUCCUUUUCACAAACUUAAACAGUAAAAAAAACUUUUGUGUUAAAAAAAAAGUUAAUCUGCAAACUUUAUUAAGAAGUAUAAUUCAUAAUUGUUGUCAAAUGUAUUAUUUUUUUGGUUUAAGAUUGAUCCGUUGAUUAGAAAACAUCAGAAAACAUGACUGGAAGGAUUCCCAGUUCUGAAUUAUUUUUCAUUAUCUGAACCAUGGAGAUCUCAAGAUCUUGCAUCAAUUUAUGGUCAAAAAAUUGUUAAACUUUGAAGACUUACUGGAGAAACUUUGUAUUACCCACCUUAGCAGAUCUGUAAUCACAAACCUCUGGAUUUAAAAUAUCCAAAUAGAUUUUAAACGUUGCAUUAUAAUGUGAAACUCAUAGAGUCUUCAAACCAUUUUAACUUUGCCAUUUAAAAUAUUGAACUGUUAAAAGUCUGUUGACUUUUUUUGGUGUUUAAAUUUGUGAAAAAGACGUUACGAAGAACAACUUUUGCUGGUGUUUCCAAAUAUCAGCUGAGAUUCAAGCAAAGGCCCAGCUUCCAACUGUGCAGCAGGUGCUCACAGUGGUCAAACUUUUACAAGCUCUAAAGGAGCUUCACCGUGUCUGCAGCCAGGUCCUCUUGUAUCUGGACCCGCUCAUUUUAUAAGUCUUAAACCAGAUGGGAAACUUCAUUCAGAGCUGAAGUGGCUGAUUCUGGCCAAGUAACAAGGUUCCAUACAGCAUGUAUCUUCUGUUUUACAACAGGAGCUUUGAUUUAAUCAUUGACACCUGUUCAAGAAAAGAAAGUAAAGUGUGGUAGAGGCGGUUCAAAUCUGAAUCCAAACUAAUAAACAUGAAGCAUGCUGUACAUCCUAUAAAAGAAAUGGACUUAGCAACCAUGACAUCACUCGGUUCUUUUAAGUCUUGACUUGGACCUCAAACUAGGGGGCCUCCCUAACUUGUUGUGGGGAUCAUUUCAACCUGAAUUUCUUUCAUGACAUAUUUGCAUCCCUUUCAUUAGGCCUGGGAGUCAGACGAGGCCAUCGAGGAGGACAUGCCCGAGUCUCCAGGAGCUGAGAAGCAGGACAAGGAGAAGGACCACAGGGACUCCAAGAAAAACAGAGGUGACCCAAACACAGACUUAUGUCCCCUCAGUGUUCUGCAACCCUCUUUAUAAAGUCUUGAAGAAACAUGUUUAUUAAACACUUCUUCUUCUCUUCAGCGAUGAAGACCUCUGUGAGCAUGGACGCCUCAGACCAGAAGAAGACCAGGUUGAAGCUGAAGAAGUUCUUGACCCGUCGACCCACCUACCAGGCUGUGAGGGACAAAGGAUACAUUAAAGGUAUUCAGAGCAAAUACAAGUUCUGUUUUUGAGGAAAUCUCCUCAUGAUGACAUGUGGUUUGGGUUCUUCAUGCUGCACAGGUGACAGGAAGUGAUUCAUGUGUGGUUCGUGUUUCACAGAUCAGGUGUUUGGCUGCAGUAUGACCAGUCUGUGCCAGCGGGAGAACACGUCAGUGCCCAAGUUUGUCACAAUGUGCAUCGACCAUGUGGAGAACACAGGUACGAGACGACCUAAGGGACUUGAUCAUAGCUUGUUUGCAUGGACGAAAUGUUGAUUUCAAAGGUUGGGGAGACACAUGUGACUUGAGUACUGUUGAGACAUAUAGCCUAGCAAACGAAAUGUUAUGAAUAUAACUUCUGUUCCCUGAAGGAGAGGAACGAGGUACAACACAUAUAGUAUGGGAUAUCACGCCCCUGCGUGACCUGACUGAAGACACCUUUAUUCACGCCUUUAAGGCAGAUGAUCUGUGGUGACGUCUGGGAGGCUCCGCCUGCACAUAUAUACGUGUAACACCACAGUCAUCCUUCAGUUCGAUAGCCGCUCUUCACCGAGCUCUGCCGCGCAGCGGGGCAACCCAGUGUUGUACCUCGUUCCUCUCCUUCAGGGAACAGAAGUUAUAUUCAUAACAUUUCGUUCCCUUUCAGUCGAUUCACUCGGUACAACACAUAUAGUAUGGGACAUAUAUACACGCCCCGCAGAGCAGCCACCGAACCGAAGUCAAACCUCCAAAACUUUUAGUGCAUUGUAGACCCAGCAGAAAGGACAGCGUGAGCCACCGAAGGUGCUGUCACAUCCAAACGGUAAAACCGAACAAAAGUGUGCGGUGAUGACCAACUGGCUGCAGUGCAGAUAUCACUCACAGAAACCCCUUUAAACAAGGCCCAAGAGGCCGCCAUUCCCCUGGUUGAAUGUGCCUUCACACCUUGGGGCAACGGGAGACCCCUGCUGCCGUAUGCUAAGGAGAUAGCCUCCACAAUCCAGUGGGAAAGCCGCUGCUUAGACAGCGCCUUGCCCUUGGCUGGAUUAGCAAAACAGACAAACAACUGGUCACAUAAACGCACACUCUGAGUGCGGUCUAUGUAAGUGCGUAGUGCACGCACAGGGCACAAGGAAUGCAACCUCCUCUGCUCCUCAGAUGCAAAUGGAGGGGGGCAGAAGCUCAGCAGUUCAAAACUCAUAGAGCUAUAGGCUGUGGGGAUAAUCUUAGGUAAAUACGCCGCGUUUGGAUGCAAUGUAGCCUUAGAUCCAUCCGGAGUGAACUGGGUACAAGAGGGAUGCACAGACAAAGCAUGAAGGUCGCCCACUCGCUUUGCAGACGUCAAAGCAAGUAGCAGUGCAGUCUUGUAUGAAAGAAAUUUCAUGUCUGCUGACUCAAUAGGCUCAAAUGGGGGUCCACCAAGAGCCUCAAGCACCAACCCUAAAUCCCAUGAGGGGACACUGGGUUUAAGAACAGGUCUUAGCCUGCGGACUCCCUUUAGGAAGCGCAUAGCAAGAGGGUGAGCGCCUGGCGUCACACCAUCAAAGCCAACAUGGCAUGCAGAUAUAGCCGCCAAAUAGACCUUAAUUGUUGAGAAAGAGAGACCCUUAUCCAGCAGGUCCUGAAGGAAUGUUAAAACAUCCACAAUAGAACUCUGAAAUGGGAGUACAUUUCGGUCCUGACACCACUGCUCAAACGCCCGCCAUUUAUAGGCAUAUAGGCCCCUAGUAGAUGAUGCCCUUGCACUCUGGAUUGUUGCCACCACAUUUGGGGGCAGACCCUGAGCCAUUAAGUUGGACCUUUCAACAGGUAAGCAUGUAGUUUCCACAGUUCUGGGCGCGGGUGAAUCACCUCUCCUCCCGCCUGGGAGAGGAGGUCCCUGCAAAAAGGGAGCUGCCAGGGCCUCGCUACCAGCAGACUGAUUAUCUCUGCGUACCACGACUUCGCCGGCCAGCGAGGAGCCACCAGGAUCAGGGAGAGCCCCUGCUGGCGCACCCUCUCCAGAAUGGGCAGAAUCAUUUCCACUGGGGGAAAAGCAUAUAGCAGCGUGUUGGGCCAUGGGUGAGCUAGCGCAUCCAUCCCCAGGGGAGCAUUGCAGUCUGUUAUGGAAAAGAACAGGGGGCAAUGAGUAUUUGCUCUGGAGGCAAAAAGAUCUACUUCUGCCUUGCCGAAGCGGUCCCAUAUCUGAGCCACCACUAGUGGGUGCAAUCUCCACUCUCUCACAAGAGGACCCCCCUGGAGAGAAGGUCUGGUCCAAGGUUUAAGUGACCCGGAAUAUGUGUGGCUCUGAGGGACAGAAAAUGAACACUGCACCAUAGCAACAGAUAGUGAGACAGUUUUAACAGGGGAAGAGAGCGUGUCCCUCCCUGCUUGUUUAUGUAAGAAACCACGGUUGUGUUGUCCGUCCUGAUCAGAACAUGAUGGCCUGUCAGAACGGGACGAAAGUGCUUCAGAGCUAAAAGGGUAGCUAGUAGCUCCAGGUAAUUGAUGUGGAGUUUGCAUUGUGCUGGCGUCCACACACCUCUCACUGCUGCGCCCUCGCACAGAGCCCCCAACCCCUCAGGGAUGCGUCUGUGGACACCACCUUGCGAAAAGACACCCUCCCUAUCGGAGAUCCCUGUUGUAGAAAACCGGGUUCUCUCCACGGGAGAAGAGCCGACAUGCAAGACUGAGUUAUCGUCAGCCUCCUCUGGAGGUGACGCUGCGCGCACAGCCGGUGAGACUGAGUCCAGCGUUGAAACGCUCUCAUUUUUAACAGUCCGAGCGGCACUACAGCGAUCAUAGAUGCCAUCAUGCCUGUCAGCUGUAAAAUCGUCCGGAAACACAGUUUGCGUCCCAACUGAAAUUGUGCAAGGCAGCGGUGAAACGCAGCCACCCUGCGUUCUGACAGACGUGCUCGGCUUGAAACGGAGCAUAUUUCCAGCCCGAGAAAUGAUACCUGUUGACUCGGAGUCAGUGAACUUUUCUGUAAAUUUACUGAAAAGCCCAGUGUUUGGAUGUGCGAUAGGGUCAAUGACAGCUGAGCCGCCGCUCGCUCUCUGGAGCUCGCGAUUAGCACCCAAUCGUCCAGAUAGGCUAAGAUGCGAACACCUUUCUCCCGUAGCGGAGCUAAUGCCGCCUCGACACAUUUGGUGAAUGUUCGGGGGGCGAGUGAUAAGCCGAACGGCAGCACCAGGUAUUCGUAGGCUAUGCCCUCGAAUGCAAACCUUAGAAACUGCCUGUGGUCCGGAUGAAUUGCUACGUGAAAGUAAGCAUCUGUCAGAUCGAUAGUUGUAAACCAAUCUCCCGGUCUGAUCGCGCCCAGUAGCUGUCUGAGUGUUAGCAUCUUGAACCUGUAGGUUCGUAGGUAUUUGUUUAACACUCGCAAGUCUAGGAUAGGACGGAGCCCUCCUCCUUUUUUCGGAACAACGAAAUAGCGGCUGUACCAACCUUUGUUCGUUUCCGAAGCGGGAACAACUCGUAUCGCCCUCUUGUUCAACAAGUUGUUUAUUUCUUCCCUCAGCACUGCUGCUGCUUCCUCUGCUACAACUGUGUGUAUUACAGAGUGAAAGCGAGGCGGCCGGACCCUGAACUGUAAGCGGUAGCCGAUGGCAACAGUUCUCUCUACCCACGGUGAGACUGCGCAUGCGCGCCACCGAGAGAGACGAACAGUCAGUCGACUGACCUCCAGUACUGUGGGGGAGGGGUUGUCGCCCCCUAGCGUGCCGGCUGGGAACGGCAACACUUUCUCGCCCAGACUUGAUUGAUUCAUGAUGUUUUGAGAACAAAACGAAACCUUUAUUUGAUUCAAAGAACGUACAUUUGUGACAUUCACACAGUGAACAACAGGCGCCAUUAUUGGGGCAUGUGUAUGUGAGGGGGGUUGUGCUUGGGAGACUGUGUUAAGGGAGUGCAGCGCCUCUCGGGACCGGACCCCUGAACGAACUUUAAACGCGGCCUCUUUGGCGGCAGAAAAUGAAGGGCGGCAGUGUCUCCGUGCUGCUGGCCCUCUCGAGUCGAUCCCGAAGCUAGGAUGACUGCUGCUUCUUCUUCCUGGGCGCCGAGUCCCUCCGGAAGCUCGGUGGCGGACCCUUGUUCCAAGCCGAAGGGCGUGGGUUCUGACCGGGUACAUAUCGCUUCACCGGCUGGGGCCCCAAGCUGGCGGGCGCUGCAGUCCUCUUAGGGGGAGGCGCUGGUGCCGGUUUGUGCGGAUAACCCUGUUGUUUGGGCCUCGCAUCACGCCUGGGGAUGAUGCUUCUCAAAGCUUCGGUUUGUUUUUUCCUCAGCUCAAACUUAGCUUGAAUGUCGUCGAGGGACUGCCCAAACAAACCGCUGGCCGACACAGGCUCGUCCAGAUAAACCGCUCUGUCCCUCUCCGGAACGUCGGAGAGAGUCAGCCACAGGUGCCUCUGCGCCACCACCGUGGAAGCCAUGCCUCUACCGAGAGACAGCGCUGCACAGCGGGACACACGGAGGAUGUAAUCUGUGGCGACCCUAGCUUCAUUGAGGAGAGGAGUAAGCGGACUGUCAGGAGGCAUACGCGAGCCGAGUUCUGCCAGACACAUAGCUUGAUAUGUCUGAAGCAUAGUGACGGAGCUCAGUGCACGAGCCGUAUUUGCCUGUGUCCUGUAAAUUUUAUCCAGCUGUGACGCUGAAAAUCUACAGUGCUUGGAUGGGAGCGUGAUGGGGCCACCGACACCGUGAUUCUGGGCCGGGGCCAGAUAAGCUGCCAGGGACGCCUCCAUAGGCGGAGGGUUCACCAAUCCAGCUUUUUCAGCUCCAUCUAGAUCCAGAAACUGUCCACAACCGGGCACUGUGGCGCGGGUGGACAGCGGCUUGUUCCAUGUCGAGGUUAGUUCCGCGACAAAAUCCGGGUACAUGGGCAAACUGUUCUUAACAGUCGUCGGUUCGGGUGGGAGAAAAAACCCUGUGAACCGCGACGGUUUUUGAGCUGGAGGAGGAGAGGGCCAUUCUACCUCCAGUUUCUCAGCUGCACGGCGGUACAGUGAGAGGAAGGAUGUGUCGUCCAGAUCAACCGGCGCAGCAGCGGCGGCAUACUGACCUGAAGACAACGGCUCCAGCUCAUCUUCCGAAAAACCCUGCACGUCCAGGCCGAUGUCCAGCACGUCAUCGUCCUCCUGGUAACAAGCUAGCCCGGAUAGCGGCUGGCCAGCGCCCUCGGAGGGGCCCGGCUCAAACCCAGCUGACCCGUCAGCACACUCCACAUGGUCUGCCCAGCUUCCAACUGAGCCUUCGACCAGAAAGUCCUCACCACCGGACUCGGACGAAGCCGGGUCUCUGGACUCGGAAAGGAAGGGGUCGUGCAGCGCAACAGCGGUUUUUCCAAGAAUUUUCUCCACAAACUUGACCCGCCUUCCCAGGGUUGAGCUCCGAAGCCGGUGACAGGACUCACACGACUCGGGCUCAGUCAACGCCCUCCUGGCGUGGACAAUCCCCAGGCAAACGGGACAAGCCUCGUGAAGAUCCUUCUCGUGAAGGGAGAAGCCGCACCCCUGAGGACAGGGGCGAACAGAAGACUUCGCCUUCACCUUCAUGGGCUUAGAGCUCAUAACGAGACUCAAAAGCUGAACGAAAUUAGCGCUCCGCGGGUAGCCGUAGGCUAACACCAACAGGGGCAGUUGAGCUAAAGUCGAUCAAGCAGUAGCCAGAGACAAGACCAGGCUAAUUUAGCAGCAGCUAGUUAGCCCGACUCGGUGUAGGUGUUCUCAGCGAGGUGAAGAGCGUAAGAACUGAAGGAUGACUGUGGUGUUACACGUAUAUAUGUGCAGGCGGAGCCUCCCAGACGUCACCACAGAUCAUCUGCCUUAAAGGCGUGAAUAAAGGUGUCUUCAGUCAGGUCACGCAGGGGCGUGAUAUCCCAUACUAUAUGUGUUGUACCGAGUGAAUCGACUGAAAGGGAACAGCACAUCUUGCACACACAGUAACAGAGGAGGCCAGCUGGUGAAUGGAAGUACAAACCCGAUACAGGGAUGUAAAUGAAACCUCCAAUGAAUGUGACGUUACGGAGGGAAAAUGAAUGCUGCCCUCCAGUAAACUUCCAUCAGGGGAAGAGCAAUUUUCGCGGACUGACUCUUACGAGCAACUUGCAAAACACCAAUCCAGCAGGCAUGGAAUGACUGAGAGCAGGAAUAGCCAAUCACACAAAAAAGUGACCCUGCGGCAGAGCCAAUCAAGGACCUUGUGGGCGGUCCAAACCGAGGGAAACCAGUUUUCGGCUUGAGCGGCCAUUUGGUCCUAGUGCCAGACGUGUAUCAGUUUGCUAUAGCACAAAGUAACAUUGUUUCAGAUGGUUAAACUGCAGGGGACCAAAACAGGCUUUUGAAAAAGUGGGGGGGGCAUGUCCCCCCUGCCCCCCUCCCCACACACAAAUUACGUCCGUGCUUGUAUGUCAAAAAAAGAGAUCAAGAUCAUCAGUUGAUCAAGAACUACCAGCUAGAAUUGAGUUUGAUCUGCUGCCUCUGGAUGAGUUUUCAGUGUGUCAGAUAUGUUGGUAGAGUGAGAGCAGGACUACAAGCCAAUCCCAGACUUCAGGGUUUUAUUGCUCUGUUCAUCUGCAGGUCUUGACCAUGCUCAUUGUUUGAUGAAUUACCAACACCCAACCUUAAGAUGGGACUGAUUCGACCCAUCUUAUCUAACAUAAGUGACAGUGGCGAGGAAAACUUCCUUUUCACAGGCAGAAACCUUGAGCAGGACCAGACUCAUGUUAGACAGCCACCUAGCCACAUCUGUAACUUCAGCUUCUAUGUGUAGCAGGUGUGAUUCACAUCUCUUCUGUCCCUCUGCCCUUGCUUCAUCCCUCUCUUGCAGGUCUCAACAUUGAUGGUUUAUACAGAGUGAGUGGAAACCUGGCUGUGAUCCAGAAGCUCCGCUUUGCUGUAAAUCAUGGUAAGAGUCCAGUUUGCCAUCUGACCUCUAACAGGCCUGUAACACACACUAAACACUAAUUCUACCCAUGAACAUCUUGCUACAUGAGUGUAUUUCUCUGUAGGUCUUGUUAGGUGCCCAUUACUCAUCUCCUUUAUACCUUUUGAAUUCUUCCUCUCAGAUGAGACAUUGGAUCUAAAUGACAGUAAGUGGGAGGACAUCCACGUCACCACCGGAGCUCUGAAGAUGUUCUUCAGAGAGCUCCCUGAGCCUCUCUUCACAUAUGGAUCCUUCAACGACUUUGUCAACGCCAUCAGUGAGUAACUUUACGAUUCACCGAAGGGAUGAAUCCUGAUCAGUGAUAAGUUUAAAGCAUGUGUUUCCCUGAUGUUGCCACAAGGUGGUGCUCUGCACCUGUGCAUGUCUGACCAGCUGUCUGUUCCCCUGCCUCAGAAUGCUCCGACUACAAGCAGCGAGUGAAUUCAAUCAAAGACUUAAUUAAGAAGUUGCCAAAACCGAACCAUGACACAAUGCAGGUCCUCUUCAAACAUCUGAGGAGGUAAGAAAAGAGCAUCCACAACUCACUCACACCUUUUUAAGCCUAACAGUGCAGCACUUACCCUGAUACCCUGAUGUUUAAAAACUGUUGUCUAAUCAUGUGACUUCCACCAAUGACAGCGUCUGAAAUCUCUUUUCUUGUCAAAUAUGGUUUAAAAUGUAGACUGAAGAAAUGUGAAGGGUGGUAAAUAAGGCAUUCUUGUUUAUGACCUGAGGCUCCUAUAAAUCAUGACCUUCCUAAGUGUUUUUAUUUUUAUUUAUUUUAUUCAUCCUUUAUUUUAGUUACUCUUCAUUUGUUUGUUAAUUUAAUUUGUAUUUUUAUUCAAUGUAUUUUUAUUCAAUGCCUCUUUUAGUUAAAAGGAAAAAAGGGAUGGCGUGUUUGUUUUAUGAACCUCACAUCACUGAAGUCAAAGUUCGAGUUGUCAAAAACGUUCUUUUGUUUUCUUCUCGUUUCUGCUUACCGUUCGAAAAAAAAAAGAAAUGCCAAAAAAUAAAACAAAAACAACACUCUUGAGAUAUAUUAUGAACUACAAAAAGUUCCUGAAUACAAAAGAAACGUCAUAAAAAUAUGACUGCACAUAAGACCUGUGAAAACAAUUUGUGCAGCUACUGCACAGCGUGGCACAGUGGAUCAAUAGGCGGCUAUGAACUGAGCUGCAAUAGGCUCACUUUGGGUGCUCAGCUUUUAUAGUUUCAUACUUUGAAAAAGGGUAAAAAAGAGGCUCUUUAGCAGGUGGUUCAGGGGCUGCAAGCUGAGCUAUCACAAGAUCAUUUGUGGGUUUUCAACUUGUUUUGUAGUUGUGCUUUCACUGGUCAAAGUGAAUGAAAAUAAAAACUGUCUAUGAAGUGAAACCACUCAAACAAGCAGAUAUUUCAGAGGCUGUGAGCUGAGCUACAGCUUAUUUUAGUUUACUCUCUGGCUGCAGGUCGUCAUCAAGUGGAGUUAUAAUGUUGGAAAAUGUCAAAUAUAUUAGAAUUGUCUAGAUAAACAUUCAAGAUGAGGUAUGCUCUGGACACAGGAGUCAGAGUAAUUGGCAUUUAGAAAUGAUUAUUUCACAUCAUGAAAAUGCCUCCAUUGAUAUUCACUACAUUAUCUUUCUUCUAACUUUAUAUUUGUCUGAGGAUUAGCUGGUGUGUGUGCAACACCUGAGUGUCUGCUCAUUCUAAUAUUAUGUGUCUGCAGAGCCAGUGUCAGCAUUUUCAGGACUGCAACUCUGGGACCUCAUCUCUAGCGUCCUUGUGUUGUUGAGACAGCUGUAGUUAGGCUCAAGGUUGGACCUUAAAAUUAAAACAUUAUGCUCUGAAAACGCGCUCCUUGGUUAACCAGUGCAUGUGAAGGUGAUGUUGCAAACAGCAAGAGUCUCUGAACUGUGGUUCCAGAAAUGCAGUCCUAAAUCUGCAGUCCCUGGUUCUGCAGACACAUACCUCAACCACUUUUAAGUUGUGAGUGUUGCAGCUUUGUUUUAAUGCACUCUGAUCACAAACAACAUCUCUCUGUAUUUAAAGCGGCUGCUGUUGGAGUCUGUGUGUUUACCUUUCCUGUGCCUGCUCAGCCUGUGGGCAAACACACUCCAGCCAGCUUCAACAUGUAUUCUUAGCCCACUGCAGCCGGUGGCAAUAUCAUAUGUUCACAAUGACAUUUGCCUAGCUUUCCAAUUUGCAUUUAUAUGGCGGUGUGUUUGCUGUAAUUCAGUACCUAUGAAGUGGUGUUUCUUGAGGAAAUUUAUAGCGUGACAUUCAGUGUAUGGAGGUCUACGUAUAUCAGCAGGCGGAUUUAAUCUUCUUUUUUUUUCUCUUCCAUGAAUAUGUUAUUGUUUGUGCAUCUGCAUGCAAGGAUGUAGAUUCUAUUUAAAAAGGCUAUUAUGCUCUAGCCCGGAGCGUUCAGCGGUGUUACAGAGUGUGUGUCACCAGGCUACACCUCCGUCCCUGAAGAUGUGUGUAAAGACAUUAAUGUUGUUUUUCAAGAUGAAAGCCCGCAGCAGCUCUGAAUCAAAGGAUUGUCAAACAAACCCGCUCUCCUAAAACCAUUUACGACACACUCCAUCUUUACAUCUCUUUCUCUUCCCCCUCAGGGUGAUUGAUCACGGCGAGGCCAACCGCAUGACCACCCAGAGCGUGGCCAUCGUGUUUGGACCGACGCUGCUCCGGCCUGAGACUGAGACGGGCAACAUUGCGGUCCACAUGGUCUACCAGAACCAGAUAGUGGAGCUCAUACUGCUGGAGUAUGAGAGCAUUUUCGGCAGGUAGAGGCACCCGCUCAGAAAAAGGACACCUGGCUUCUUUUUCCUGUUUCCCCCUUUUCUUUGACUGAGCUGAACAUUGCUGUGGACCAAGCAGUCAGGAGAAAAAGAAAGUCAUUCACAUUCACUUUGGGACAGAUUCUGAACAUGUUGCACUUACAAAUGAGUUUAAAAACCGGUGUACAGAUUCCUCCCGCUCUUUCUGCGCUGCGAGCGGCGGGCCGGGCCAUGGACAGUGUUUCAGAGUGAUGCCGUGAUGACGUCUGUGUGAUUUGGUGGAUUUUAAGUAUUCAGGUGUUUUCACAUACACUGGAUCCCUGUGGCCAGUAAUACAAACUUUAAAGCAAAGCCGGGGGGGCACCCUUUCGCCUCCUGCUGGGCGCCGACUCGACUUUUUCUGCGGCAUUAAAAGUCAAAACCGGCAACCUCAUCACCUCGCUUGAAGGCUUGAGCUAAAUCUGAACUGGAUGGUUUCUCUGCGUCGUGGAGCUUUUGUCUGUGAUGUUUAAGCCGUGUGUGGUAUUGGAUCAGGUGGAGAAAAUAAUCAGUGUUAUAUUAACAGACUGUCUCUUGGCACUUGAUGAUGAUGAUGAUAAACUGGAGUUACAGAUUAUGUCCCCAAUUUCCCACAAUCCCACUUAUCUUCAUCACUCCCUUUCCCCAUUACCCUCUCUCCCCUCUUUGAACCAGUGUUAAGCAUUGACCCUGUGACAUGAGCGUCCUGUGACUUGAAUGAUGGAGGACAAACCCUCUUUGUGUGUGUGUGUGUGUGUGUGUGUCUGUCUGUGUGUGUGUGUGUGUGUGUGUGCGUGCGCGCGUGUGACAGAGAGUGUGUGCGUAUGAAUAAAUUAACCUAAAUGGAAUAAAACCUGAGCAGAAGCACCCUCGUCUUGCCACUUUGUACAAACAUGUGUGUCGUGUCGUCUUUGUGCUUUUGGUAAAGUUUCAGUUAAGCUAACAGGGUUCAUCGUCUGUGCUUCUUUAUGAACUUCAGUGUUUGUGGGAAAUGUCACUGGCUUCCUGGUGUUACUGGAAAGCAACAAAGUGGAUUUGUGGAGCUGCAGUUUUUACAUGAAUUGACUGACCGGUUUCUUUCCCCUAAGCUAAUAUUGAAGAGGAUUGUGAGAAGGGAAGCGGUACAAAAGGUCGAUGUUUGGGAGCGUCUGGGUGUUAGAAUGCAAAGAAGAGCCUUUAAAAAACCUUUCAGAGCAUAUGUACAGAAAAACUAGCUGUUAAAAUGUGUUCUAGUGACUGAGGUAUGUAUGCUUUGAUGGUGAACUAGUGAAAGCUGAUUUUGAUUUUGUAAAUUUGAAAUAAAAGAUGAAAAUACACAGAUGUGAAAAAAACAACCACAUGAUCGACUGUUACUUUUGUUUGAAGGUGUAUCUGGAGUGUUUGCGCAUGGUCAGCUGCACAUUUUGAAUGUAAUUUUCAGGCUAACUGCUGUUUGUGAAAAUGCUACGUCUAAUAAAAAAAACAAACUAAAUGUUUGGACUCUGAAAUGUGUGUCUUUUAUCAGAGGUAACGAUGCUGUCAGGGUCGGGACGCUGUGUUAAAUGUUGAGAAAGUUAAAUUUAAUGGUUUGAAAAGAUAAAUGUUUAAGCUGAUAAUGGGUUUAUGAAAAAUACUAAAUUAGAUGCAGGCAACAUGCUUUAAAGACCCACGCCGAUAAAAAUCAUGUUUUUCUUGUUGUCUUCAUGCUCAUAUGGUAUUUUUCUGAUGCUACAGGACAUAUCAGAGAAAAAUAAGUGCAAAAUUGCAUUUCUGAGUAUAUCUGCAUUCAAACCACUGUGUUUCUCUGGCAGACCCAAACGACAGCUUCAGACAGAGUGAGAUCUCCUAUGUCAUAAAUCCAAACUCCGCCCCCGGAGCCCCACUAUGCAGGCCACACUCGGAAAAAUAGAGAGGACGAUUGCAGAACAAGUGUGUGCGUUAGCCGACUGCAAUGCUCGUUAGAAAGCUAAUUAUAAUAUUAACUUUCAUUAUGUCCUGUAAGACAUUAGUGUCUAAGAGCUGAAUAGCUUAUGUUACCUGUUACUUCUACAACAUUGACAAUGUUAGGCUACAAGCUAACGAGAAGAGGAGUGUACAGAGCAGUGCUGUCUGCAAAAGAAAAGCACUUGAAAAUGACUCAGGUAACAUGAUCUUGGCUAAUAACUUCAUAAUCUCAAUUGAAAGACCACUGAUAACACUUUAAGUAGCAAAAAAUAUGAUCAGAGUGGGACUUUAAAACAGUUAGGUAGGAGCUUUUUCACCAUUGUGUCACAUCACCAUUUUCUAAGUAUUUUGGAACUGAGGAGGUCAGUUUCUGGAGUUUUGAAUGUGAACUGUCUCAUUCUUGUCUAAUAUAAGAUUUAAGCCACUCAACACUUUUGGUCUCCUUUGUCAUAUUUUUGUUGUUUGAUUCCCAAAAUGUUAUCAAUGUCCGCAUAAGGCAUUGUCUGGAUGGCAGCAUAUGUUAACCUGCAUUUGGGGAUGCAGCAUCAUAUUGUGGUAUUUGGAUGUGAUUUGAAGACUAUGCAGUGAUUUCAGCUUCAGGGUCAUGUCUGUUUUUCAUGCAGUGCUGCACAAGGGACCAAAGAGCACAACAAUCCAGUACUUUUUUUUUGACCAUGUCUCUUUUGUACAGAGAUUUUAAUGCUCUGCAACCUGGGUGUCUCAAGAAUGUGGCACAAAAUGUUCUGCACAGGAACGUUAUUCUGAAAGUUUUGGACUGUUUGUUCACCCAGUGGUCAAGCUCUUCCCAACUUUCCAUCUGAGAGACUUAAUUGCUCUCUGAUUUCUGUUUUAUACCCAAAAAGUUGCAGAUUAACUAAAAUAGUUUAGCGAUGAUUUGCUUUUUUAGCAUUACACAGAUUUUUCUGUGUUUCGUCAUCCAUGUUGUAACUUUUAUUCAUUUGUAUUGUUAACAUCAAAUUUUUAAGUUAUAUUUCAAAUAUGACAAGUACAUUUUCCAGUUUUUUUUUCAAUUGAUUUGUUGUCUUUGCACUGUUUUCAUUUAAUUAAAGGCUGUAAAUGCCCUGCAAACCAUCAAAUUCUGUUUAUAUACCCAGUGACCUAACUCUGAUGGAAUUUGGGUUGUAAAAUAAAACUGAGACGCCAGUGAACAAAAGGUGAGUCUGCUGUUUAACCUUCAAUCAACUCUAAUGCUUCACCUCUUC